CCUCCCUCCCCGCCCCCCUCCCUGAUGACGUGCGACGCACGGCACCAGUUCCCCGUCCCCAAGAUGGCGUCCAUCAUGGAGGGUCCGCUGAGUAAAUGGACGAACGUGAUGAAGGGCUGGCAGUACCGCUGGUUUGUGUUGGAUUACAACGCCGGCCUGCUCUCCUACUACACGGUGAGGACCGCCAGCACCUGCUUUACGGCCUGCGUUCCGCGCUGGUUUAGUCGCCAGGCGGGGAGGGGCGCGGAGCCUCCCCAGCCCGGAGCCCAAUCAGCACAGCUUUUGUUCUGGCGACUUCCAGUCUGCGCGUGUGCAGCCAAUCAGCGCUAGCUUCAGCCGGAGUUAUCCAAUCAGCACGCUCGGUUGCUGCAAAGCAGCCAAUCAGAACGCGGAUACGCCUGUCUGCUGCCCAGUGAGUGGGGCCUGUGCUGGUCCACAGUCAUGGGACAUGUCAGCCAGGAAUGCUGCUGGGAGGGGGUUCAACCCCCUCUGUGAACAUUGGGGGGCUCUGUUGGCCCAACUAUGGUUUAUGGUAGCCCUCAGACAAAACAUACACCUCAUAGUAAGACUUUAUAUGUCUCCACCCUCUCUGUGAACAUGGGGGGCUCUGCUGGCCCAACUAUGGUUUAUGGUAGCCCUCAGACAAAACAUACACCUCAUAGCAAGACUUUAUAUGUCUCAACCCCCUCUGUGAACAUGGGGGGCUCUGCUGGCCCAACUAUGGUUUAUGGUAGCCCUCAGACAAAACAUACACCUCAUAGUAAGUCUUUAUAUGUCUCAACCCCCUCUGUGAACAUUGGGGGGCUCUGCUGGCCCCAACUAUGCUUUAUGGUAGCCCUCAGACAAAUGACAAAACAUACACCUCCAUAGCAUGUCCCUAUAUGUCUCAACCCACUCUGUGAACAUGGGGGGGCUCUGCUGGCCCCCAAUUAUGCUUUAUGGUAGCCCUCAGACAAAUGACAAAACAUACCUCAUAGCAUGUCUCUAAAUGUCUCAACCGACUAUGUGAACAUGGGGGGUGGGGGCUCUGCUGGCCCCCAGUUAUGCUUUAUGGUAGCCCUCAGACAAAUGGCAAAACAUACACCUCAUAGCAAGUCUCUAUAUGUCUGUGUAUAAGAAAGCACUCUCCUACAUGCUGCAAAUAACUGUAUCUCACAGCAAUAAAACAAUGUGUUUUGAGUUUUAAUUUUGUAUAGAUUUUUUUUUUUUUUUUUUUGAAUUUUUACUUUUUUGGUCUUUUUGUAAAUGGGUUUUUCCAUUAUAUAACUUAUCUGGGUAUCAGUAAGUUCUCUGAAAGGUUCCCGAAUUGCCCUGCCACUUAACACGCCAGUAGCCAGACUUAAGGGGAGACUGUGGUCACUGAAACAACUUUAGCUUAAUGAAGCAAUUUUGCUGUGUAGAUCACUAAACUCAGAAACCUACGAAAAAUAUGAGGUUAGCGAGACAGUACCUGGCAAGAUUUAAGUUGCUUAAAAUACAUAAAUUAGGAUUUAAAUAAGUACUUUUAAAACAUAGUAUUUAUUUAAACACUCUACUUUUGGGUGUUUUACUUACAUUUUAAAAAAAUAAACGCUUCAUUUUAAAAUUACUUAUUUGAAUCCUGGAGCCUCCAAGUUCAUUGCGAACAACUAAUAUGGUGUCUCCAGUGUCAGCUGGUUUUUGAAGCCUGGAUUAUUAAUAUGAGGACCUGGAUAACUGCUGCUGACAUAGGUGGGAGUUGUUUAGUCAUACUCCUUUAUCAUUUUCUGUAUGUGGUUACCUUGCAAUAUCUAUCCGAGCAGACUUGCUGUAAAAACAGAAUCACAUAGCUUGUUACAAAUGAUGUAAUACUGUGUAGUCUCUAUUACACAACCCCAACAGUUGUUUCAUCAUACAUUGAGAAAGCGGCGCCAUUGUAUGGAAUUUCUUGAAUCCUAUUUUUUUUUUUUUUUUUAUCUGGGGAGAUUUGUGUUUCUGAAUGACAAUAUAAUUUGUAUUAUUCCCAGUUUGUUUGAGUGUUUUAGACAGAAGGCUGGUGGCAGGUGGUUGUAUAUCAGUAGUAGUGGGUAGUUACUCAGUUGAAGCUCUAUAUGUUGAACAUUAUCACACUGGUAUUUUUAGGAACAUUUACCAUGCAGAAGGGACACUUCAUUAAUAAUAAACUUUAAAGGAACACUUUAGGCCUUGCUGUAACAACCAUUUUCACAUAUGUUGAAUAGCUAAUGCAUUUUAAAGGAGGAAAAAUAUAUUUGCUUUAAAAUUCCUCCCUCUUCUGCUUAUGCACUGCAAGCAGAAGCAGCUAAUAGACAAACGUUUGCCUAUAUUUCAUAAAGUCCUGUCCAGCAGGAGUUUAUGGAAUGUUUAGUUCAACCCCCUGUUCCAGUUAAUAAGAUCUGAUCUCAUAAAUCGAAUUCUUCACCACUAUAACUGUAAAGCUCUACAGAAUAUGUUGGUGCUAUACAAAUACGACUCCUCGAACGGAUGUUCGUAACAAUACUGCUAGGCUCUCUUUCCCAAAACAAGGGAGGGAAGCAUAGAUAUGCUGUGCAUGCACCCCUGCACGCUCUAGUUGAACCGCAAGAUCAAAGCAAAAAAACUUCCUUUCGUGUCCGAGAGGGCAGUCUUAAAGGGCACCUAUAGUACCGAAAAUAACAGUAGUUUAUAGGAUCCCUUCUAUCAUUGAUCACUGUCUACCCCGCUUUGCUUAAAAUGAAAGAUAGAAAGAUACGACCUCUAUAAAAUACUAAUUUUGACUGUGGUGAAAUUUCACUGUAUCGGUCAGUCUGUAUAUUUUCUCCGCCUGACUUUCUUAGACUCUGGGCAGGAGCUAUAGGCUCAAUCCAGAUGGAAAUCACCUGUGACGACUGUGGGGAAUUGGCUCUGUCUAUGGAGGGUCUUGCAGGUUCAUCCAUAGAUUUGAAUGCUAUACUGUCAUUUCCAGCGGCCGCGAGCUGAGCUGACAGCUCAGCUCGCCGUCUUUUCCUGCCCCCUCUCCUCUGCUGACAGGCAGGAGAGAGAAGGCGCGCACACAGUGCCUUCUCUUUCCUGCACACAUCAGACGUAUUUUAAUACGUCUGACGUGUACAUGGCCUUUUUAGGGCCGUACAUGAUAGGAAGUCUCUCUGGUGGCAGUCUGAGUGACGGCCACUGGAGGUAUUCCUAUCAAUCAAUGUAAACACUGAAUUUUCUCUGAAAAUACAGUGUUUACAUUAGAUUGCCUGCAGGGAGCUAUAGAUCUCACCUGAACAACUACAUUAAGCUGUAGUUGUUCAGGUGACUAUAAUGUCCCUUUAAGUAUCCUAAUAAUAUGCUGACACACAACUUUCUUUAAAGGAUUUUUUUUUACCUUUUGAACUGCAUAUUGAGGGAAGAGGUUUAGUGAUUUGGAUGUAGGUUAAAUAUUCAAGCCAUAGACAGAGGUGAACUUUUCACCCGCAAGUGUUUACUUAUUUUAUUUCCAGGCUAAUGUGGAAACAUUUAAUGGACCACUAUAGGCACUCAGACCACUUCAGCUUAAUGAAGUGGUCUGGGUGCCAGGUCCAGCUAGGGUUAACCCUUUUUUAAAUAAACAUAGCAGUUUCAGAGAAACUGCUAUGUUUAUAAUAUGGUUAAUCCAGCCUCUAGUAGCUGUCUCAUUGACAGCCGCUAGAGGCGCUUGCGUGCUUCUCACUGUGAAAAUCACAGUCAGAAGACGCCAGCGUCCAUAGGAAAGCAUUGUAAAUGCUUUCCUAUGAACUGGCUGAAUGCGCGCGCGGCUCCUGGCGCGCAUGCGCAUUCAGCCGAUGACGUCGCUAUGAAGGAGAGGAGGAGGAGGAGAGCUCCCCGCCCAGCGCUGGAGAAAGGUAAGAUUUUAACCCCUUCCUCUCCCCAGAGCCCGGCGGGAGGGGGUCCCUGAGGGUGGGGGCACCCUCAGGGCACUAUAGUGCCGGGAAAACUAGUGUUUUCCUGGCACUUUAGUGGUCCUUUAAUCGGUGCUAGCUGCAAGCACAUGGUUAGACUGGUUUUUUUUUUGCCCACCUUACUUGCCACAGGCAUCGUAGGAUAGACUAAAACUACAUGCUUUGCCGAUGACUGUCCACACAAUUGCUGAAUCCCCAUGUGAUUGCAUCCCAUGACAGCAUGCACCCAUAAAAUAAGAACUGGAUGCCCUGCUGUUAUUUUGGUUGUGGGUAGUUUCACUUGGCAUGUAUGGGGAGGAGAAAGCAAUAUUCAUGUAAAUACACCUUAAUAGGCUCAGUAUAUUUAUAUUUAAUCAAUUUAACAUAGAUAAAAUCUAUACCAACAUGAACUUGUGAACCACGUAACCUGUAAGUUACAGGUUCAGCUUUAUUUACAUUGAUAAACUGGCACUAUGGAAGGAAAGGCAGAGUAUGCACAUGCUCAUACGGCAUUGCAGUGUAGGUGCCGGAGCAUCUUGGGACAUUGAUAUUCUACAGAUGUGCAACAGAAGUAUUUAAAAAAAAAUUUUUUAAAAAUAAUUGUUUUUUUCUUCUAACAUCUUUAGCUUAGUGAAGUGGUCACUGCUCAAUUCUCUGCCACUUAGGAGUUAAAUCACUUUGUUUAUACAACUUUAGCCACACCCCCCUGCAUGUGACUUAGUCUCCCUAUGCACUUCCUGUAAAGAGAGAUCUAAUUUUAAAGGCUUACUCCAGCCUCCAAGACCACUUCUUCUGCUUUUAGAAUUGUCAUGGAGCAAGUAAUUUUGCACCAUAAACAAAAGGCUGCAUAAACAAAGUGAUUUAACUCCGCACUCAGUAAUAAUGCAUAGGCAUGAUUGUAACGGCCCUUUUUGCACACAAGAGGUUAGAAACCGUUUAGGCGAUAUUCCCCUUUCAGAUGCACAGACAGCUACUGCAAGCACCAAUCUCCCGAACUGCAAACUACACGAAUCCUCCAACUCCCGAACAGGAAACACACAAACACUGGAAACAGCCGAACAGGAAAAGCAUACAAUCAGCUUACACCCAUGGCUAUCUGGGGUGAUGCUGUUCAUACGGUUAAACUACCGAAUGAACAGUCAUUCGGUUCCACUACCGAAUGCAGAGGUAAGGAGGCUGGCGGCUCAGCCGUGUUCGCGCAAAUAAGUGUCCGUUUCCAGUUCCUUAGUUUGGGCGCUGAACACCGCUGGCCGUUGGGGAGUUAAAAUGGUCGCUGCCACGUGUUCGGCAAACAAAGGCCACCCAGCGUUAGUCAAUUAAGCUGCGGUUAACUGCAGCUUCUGGGCGGUCAAUUGACGGCACACUCCAGUUCCCAGGUGGUCGAUCGUUCGGUAGAUUGAAUCUACCGAACACCCUGGCAGAAAGGCACGAAUAAACCUUUCUGCAGGGAAAAUAAAAGGUUUUAAAUGCCGGGCCAUAGUCUAAAGGGAGCAGGCGAGCAACCAGGCUCCUCCAGUGGACAGUGGCGAGGCUGGUUCUGCCACAAUGAUCUAUACCAAAACUGCUUCAUAAUGUUAAAGUAGUUUGGGUCACUAUAGUGUCCCUUUAAUUUUAAUUGUGUCCCCCAUCUCACUUCUCUACCAAUUUACACUGUGUAAAUUUUUGUCCCUUUUAAAUCUUAGCUUGAGCUUGUGAAAUGUACCUUAUUUCUAUUUUUUUGUUCUUUAAUAUAUUUACCAUGUUUUAAUAUUCACCUUUUAAAUGCACUAUAGUGGCAUACAUAGCAGUCUGACAAUGCUUGCUGCUUCACAAUCGUGCUUGCAUUAGUUAAAUGACACUUUUGCUUGCUUGAACCUGUCCAUAUGUCUUAUCAGGAAGAAUUGAUCAGGCCAAUUUCCUGUUAGUGUCUGGUUUGCCUAUUGCAACAUUGUCAAACUGUGUGCCCACCCAAGCCAUUGUAAAGCCAGUAGGAGAAAUAGGUGAAUUUUACCCUAAAGAUAUAGAGUUAUUUAAAAAAACACACACCCAUAACCAGGGGAGGGCUGGCAGCCUUAGUCCUGGGGGGCAAAACCAGUCAAGUGGCCCAUUGCACCACCAAAUCAGUUCAUCCAUGCCCACCUUUUCCUGGUUUUAUAAUGGAUAUUGAUGUUAUGCUAAUCAGUAGCUCUUUGCCAUACCCGCUCCUUCACGGCUCUGACUUUCAAUGUUGUCAGAGCGCAGGCUGAGAAUCUCUGAGCCUGUGCUCUGACUCACUAACUGAGCGCCGGAACCACGAGGGAGAGGAUAUAAUCUGACUGCACCUACUGCUGGUGCGCACCAGUGGACCACCAGCGAAUCGUUUAAAUUGAAUAUGCUGGUGUACCCAACUUGUGAGCUGUGUUGGCCGCCGGGCGCCUCUGUUGUCAUGGCACCCUGCGUGACCGCACAGCUUGCACACCCCAACGUCUGGCCCUGCUGACACAUACUGAUGUUACUACUUAGAAAUCCCUCAAUAUUAAUACAGACAUCAGAGUAAACACCAAUAAACUGUGGAAACAGAGCUGAUCCCCCAAAUUUAUAAAGAUUUGCUUACUGGAUUUGUUGUAAGAUUAAGUCAUGCCUCCUCCUCUCUCUCUCCCAUGCGCUGCUCUGUAGGCUGGGAGGAAGUGAAGAGUAAUCACAUUCUCCCAGCACAGCACCACCUGUGGCUGCAUGGGGAACAGCUGUUUAAUGUAAUGCUUGCAGGACGGCCAGCUGCCACAGAACCUCUUUGUUCCCGUCUCUGCAAAGGGCUCCAGGCACUGCUUGUUGUGAGUGUGAGCCACUGUAAAUUAGGGGCAGAGGGCACUUGCACUGUGGUAAAGACAGGUCUGGGCAGGAGGAGAGUGCAGUGCAAUUAGUGCACUCCCCUCCUGUGGGUCACCAGUAGACUGGUGCACCUGCCCAGGAUCAGAGCCGGUGCAAGGAUUUUUGCCGCCCUAGACAAAAGAAAAAUUUGCCGCCCCCCCAUGUGACAUCACAAUGCCCCACCCAUAUGAUCUGCCAUAUGAACUAACGCCAGUGCUGCACACAGUGUGUGUUUACAUUAAAAAACCUGCAGGGACCAGCUAUAGACACCAGAACCACUUCAUUAAGCUAUAGUGUCCCUUUAAUGUGAGGUAAAUUAUAGAUUAGUGUCACUAAUAAUAUACUAGAUUGCCUACUUACAACCAGAUGAGGAUGAUGAUGGGCUGCAGUUUGGCUCCACUGGUCUGGUGUAGAACAGGAUCUCUGGAGGCUGUUUGCAACUGUGGUUACAAAAUUCAAUGUUCUGGGAGAAUUGGAAGCAGCUCCAUUUUUGGGGGGCCCCUUACACAGCUCAAGGUCUGAGCCCCAGGGCCUGACGGUGAGUAUGCCCAUAAGGCCCACUCAUAAGUCCACUUAUAUGUUCCACCCACCCAUGAAUUCGCUCACAGGGAGUGGAGUGUGUAGGGGAUGUGUUAUGUGUUAUUGUAGAGGAUCUAAUAUGUGUGCUUUUGGUAUGUAGUGUAUAGGGAUACCAGUUUGUGUGAAGUGGUAGCAGUGUGUAUUUGUGUAUAAGGGAUGUAUUGUGUGUUUCUGGUUGUGUAAGGGAUGCAUUGUGUGAAUCUGUGUAUGCAUAAGGGAUGCAAGGUGUGUGUCUGUAUGUGUGUGCAUUGAGUGUAAGAGAUGCAUUGUGUUUCUGUGUGUAUGUAAGAAAAGCAGUGUGUGUGUUUGCAUGUGUAUGUAAGGGUUUGCAUUGUGUGUGUCUGUGUAUGUGUGCAAAGGAUGCAUUGUCUUUGUGUGUAAGGGUUACAUUGUGUGUUUCUCUGUGUGUGUAAGGGUUGCAUUGUGUGUGUGUGUGCGCAUAGUGUAAAAGAGCUCUGUCUUGUCCCCUGUCCUAUAGAGCUGUCCCUAAGAGCUCUCCCCUGCCCCUUAGUCUUACCCCCUUCCCUGUGUUCUUCUUCCUCCUCCCUGUGUUCUUCUUCCUCCUCCCUGUGUUCUUCUUCCUCCUCCCUGUGUUCUUCUUCCUCCUCCCUGUGUUCUUCUUCCUCCUCCCUCCGUUCUUCUUCCUCCUCCCUGUGUUCUUCUUCCUCCUCCCUGUGUUCUUCUUCCUCCUCCCUGUGUUCUUCUUCCUCCUCCCUGUGUUCUUCUUCCUCCUCCUGUGUUCUUCUUCCUCCUCCCUGUGUUCUUCUUCCUCCCCCUGUCUUCUUUCCCUCCCUCCUCCCCCCUCCUCCCCUCUUCUUCCCUCCCCCUCCCCUCUCUUCCUCUCCUCCCUCUCUUCCUCCCCUCCUCUUUCUUCUCCUCCUCCCUCCCCCUCUUCUUCUUCCUCCCUCCUGCUUCUCCUCCCCUCGGCUUCUUCCUCCCCCACCUCCCCCUCGGCUUCUUUCUCCCCCACCUCCCCUUCCCUGUAGCGUGGCCGAGCUCCUCUCCGGUCCGCUGUGCCCAGCCGGAGUGAUAGAAGGAGCAAACUCAGUGUGCAUCUUCCUAUCAUUCCGGCCGGGCACCGCGGACCAGAGAAGAGCUCGGCCACGCUACAGUGAAGGGGAGGUGAGAAGCUGUGCUGCAGCCGCCAGAGGCUCUUAACAGAGCGCUCAGGCGGCUGCAGCAUUAGGACCGGCCCUGCAUCGGCCGGUUUUAAAAGGAUUUGGGGCGGCCUUGGGGGCAAUUGCCUCCCUGCCCCCCAGCCUAGCCAGCCCCUGCCAAUAACGGCUAUUUUCCGUACUGCGUUUUCCUGGGAAAAUGAAUAGGAGCUUGUGCACUAGAGCUGGAGUUAAAUUUCACUGGCGUCACUGCUGGCAUAACUGUCAAUGCUAUGGUUGUGUGGGAAUAGAAAGGUGACACCUUUGUAUGAGAUUUACUAUGGUGGAAAGACUGUACAUGCAUGAGUGUUUGAUGUAAUGUGUGAAAUGAUUUUUGAUAAUUAGUAGUCUGACUUUUUAAUAGUCACUAUAAUGUCAAGAAUUCAGUAUGCUUGUGUCUUGAUCAGUAAAACGUACUAUUUAACAGUCCUGCAAUCUUCAGUGGAACAUUCCUUAUAUCUCGCCUUUCUGUAUUUUGUUUUCCUUAUUCUGACCGUAUUCCACCGUUAAAUGAGAACAUGGAUACAGAAGCCCCUUGUAGAGUAAGCUGACCUGCAGAAUGUUAUGUUAUUAGUUUUAUAAUGCUCGUUAUACACAUAACUAUUUGAAAUUCUUAUAUUAAAGUGUUAAAAUUCACGCCAAUUUGUUCCUUUAGCCCUACAUAAAUCAGGGGAACAUAAGUCUGAUUAGGUUUGCUUUAACUGAUUGAAAACCAGUCCCUGUUGAGGUUCUUAAACAGCAUGUUUUAAAGAAGAAUAAUCUUCUAUUUCAUACACUUUAUUUAGAGGUUGUCAUGCCUCUUACAGUGAGAAACAAGGGAUGACCAGGAGAAACAUUUUCUGAAGAGCUCUUUUCAUUUUCUGUCACAAAAUAAAGUUCUAAUGUUUUUGUUUUUUUUCUUCUUUUCAUUUCUUUUUCAGUCGAAGGACAAAAUGAUGAGAGGAUCACGGAGAGGAUGUGUCCGGCUCAGAGUAAGUACAUUAAAUAGUUGGUCGUUUUCAACUAACUUUGGUUUAGGAAUUGCCAGGUACAGUGUUUAAUUUACCUGGCUAAAUGUUAUAUUGUGCUGAUGUUUAUUAAGUGAAAAUGACUGCUUUGAUGUUUGCAGACUUAAUAUGCUGCAAGUGGAAAAUCGGCUUAAGACAGUUUUGUUAAAAAAUCAUCCUUGAAAUAUUUCCUUGGCAAAGGCAAAGACUUUUUUCAAUGAAAAAGACACUGCAAGCACUGUGCUGUAGUUGUUAUGGUGUCAAGUGUCCUUAAAAACCCCAGUGUUAUUAGUGCAACUACUGGGUGUUGCUCCUCUCCUUCACCAUAGCUUGCAGGCCACGUGCAAGCUCUACGCCUGAGCUAAGGCAGGCAAUUCUGGGCUUAGCUCACUGGCUGUGAGUAAUUGGUUGACAGUCUCAGCCACUGAGCAAGCCCUUCCAUGCAGGAAUUAGCUCACGAGAGAUAACAGAGCUCUUAUUAAGAGAGAAGUUAUUAAGCCAGAGCUUUCAGCUCCCCAAAGUUUGUGAGAAGAUGGGGAACGGCACCAGUGGACUCCAAGUAAGAAGUUAAACCAUUCUGAAAGGGUUUGACUACUUAUAUUAGCGGGCUCCAGGGCACUCUAGCGCUUAUGGUGGUUUGAGUGUUUCUUUAAUGCAUAGCAGUAUGACGAAGUUGUAUGUACAGGAGAAUAUAGCUGCAAUUGACUAGUAUGUUCCCCAUCCUUUAUAAUUUUGGCAUGCUAUGGGGAAGCCAGUGACCUUAAUAAUAGUGUUGGUUUGGUUUUCUGUGAAUGUUGACAGACUAGGAGAUCAUGAGGUGUUGUUGAUCUGUAAACGCGAUAAUUCUGAGCCAGCCACAUGUUUAGCACUGCAUCUAUCUCUGCUGUCAGAGAAUGCAAACACUGCUUGUUCCACUAGUCAUAGCUGCUGACUAUCCUACUAUAUUGUUAGCUAGGUUAUGUAUUUGCAUUUCUUUUAGGGUAUGGUAAACCCUGGGUCGGUUUGAGCAAUAUUUAGUUAAAUGACAUUUAUUUUUAUCUUCCUGUUUUUUUUGUUUUUCUAAUAUUUUGUAAAAAGCCUACGUUCUGCGAGUGUGCAGAAGCUGAAAAGGUGUGAUUGAAAGUGUUUUUGUGUGAGUCAUUUGUGUUUGCUUCCUAACUCUAUAGGUUUGAUUUCUGACUGAUAUAGGAUUAACCUUUCUGCGCAUGUUUCUAUUGCUCAGGGUGAUUAUUUUUGUUUAAACUGCGUCAACUUUAGAUAAACCAUUUAAUGAUACAUUUUUAAAACUAAACUUGCACCCAAAAACUUGUGGCAUUUGACUUGUAAGCGAGACACAGUGGCAUUCUUUCUUUAAAAACUAAAUAAAAUCAUAUGCUGUCAUCCAAUUUGUGCAUUAGUGUAGUCAAUUUUCAUCUUGAUAACUCGUACACAGGCCGUUGCAAUGGCAGUGAAAUAAACUGUUUACAGAUCAUGUUAGCGGAAUUGUCCAUAUGAUGGCUCGGCACACGGAUAUGUAAAUAUUUUUGUCCAAAAUCCAUCAGAUCCAUCAUUGUUGGGGUAUGAUAUUCUAUUCUUUGUUGCUUGAUGUAUUAGAAAGUUAGCUUAAAUGACCACUAUAGUGCCAGGAAAACAUACUCGUUUUCCUGGCACUAUAGUGCCCUGAGGGUGCCCCCACCCUCAGGGUCCCCCUCCCGUCGGGCUCUAGGGGGAGGAAGGGGUUAAACUUACCUCUUUCUCCAGCGCCGGACGGGGAGCUCUCCUCCUCCUCGGCUGAAUGUGCGUGCGCAGCAAGAGCCACGCGCGCAUUCAGCCAGUCUCAUAGGAAAGCAUUCUCAAUGCUUUCCUAUGGACACUGGCGUCUUCUCACUAUGAUUUUCACAGUGAGAAGCACGCAAGCGCCUCUAGCGGCUGUCAAUGAGACAGCCACUAGAGGCUGGAUUAACCCUAAUAUAAACAUAGCAGUUUCUCUGAGACUGCUAUGUUUAUAGAAAAAAAGGGUUAAUCCAAGAUGGACCUGGCACCCAGACCACUUCAUUAAGCUGAAGUGGUCUGGGUGCCUAUAGUGGUCAUUUAAUACAGUAAUUUAAAAAAAAAAAAAUUCCAUAUGGAAGUGUCUGUCUGGAUGAAUUUGGGGAAUUGUGACGUUUGUGUGUAUUUCUCCAUGAUUACAAGUAGGUGGCGCCACUGACAUGGAAUUAAAUUGCAAGAACUCUUCCUGCACCUCUGUUACCUUAUUGCCCUUACAGCAUAGAUGUUUGUGAAUUGUUUUAUUUUUUUUCUGUGUUGGUGCAGGAUUUGUUAUUGUUGCAUACUGUUUAUUCUUUGAAGCUAACUGUAGAGUGCAAUGAUGGGGCUUGGGCUGACCCUUUGAUACUCUACGUUAAUUAUUCCUUUGGCCCCAUCUGCGUUUAAAGAGGGUAAUGAUAAGGAUGAUUAGUGCAAGGAUGUCCAACUCAAGCUAUAACCCCCCAUAAUUAUUUGUCUUAGACUGGCAGACUAAUAAGUUACUGUUUAACCACAAUGGGAGGCCUGCACCAACUUUUUUCUUGUGCUUUAUCCUGAACCUAACAGAAUGUAUGAGCUUCCACCAAAUCAGUGGCAAAACCCAUCAUGGAGAUUUAAUUAUGUACAUCAUGUAAAGAUGGCCACCCCAGGGGAUAAAUAUGCAGAAGUGUGACAAAUUCUUAUUACUGCAAGAGUACUGUCUCUCAUUUAGAAAACUCCUACAUUUAUUGACCGUGUAUUUGUAUUUCUGGUACCAACUUAUUUUGUUCUAAUCUGUUAUAGCAACUCAUUCUAAAAAGAAACUAAGCAUCACUAAAGCCAUUUAAUUUAUUCUUUUGGCCUACUAAAAGCUGAUAAAAGUUAAUAGAAGCAGUAUUCUAAUAGAACUAAAGAACACAGGAAACCCAAGAAAUUGGGGGAAAAUAUCUUGUAUUAUAUAAACCUUAUUUUUUUGCUCUGUUUUUUUUUAAAUUUAUUUAUUUUUUUAUUAUUAUUAUAUAUGUACAUCCUUUUUUUUAAUUUAUUUUAUUUUUUUACCUUUUCCCUUGCUCAUUCAAAUUCACCAGCUAUUUCACCCAUGGUGUACUGCUUCCUGUUUAAGUUAUAUAUUAAUAAACUAAUGAAUAAAUAAGCAAUCCUCAUGUGUGGCCUGAGACCGGUCCUGGCUGCCUUACUCCACUGUUUAUAAUUUGCAAGGAUGCUUGUUGGUUAAAUGCAAAUUCCUUCCUGUGAGCUGGCUUCCCCUGGCGGAGAGCUCUACCGCAGUGCUGCUGUGAUCCGCUCUGUGUUGCUGAUGUCACUGAUGCCCAAUUCAGCAUUCUGCUCUUUGUUCCACAGGGGGCUGUAAUUGGCAUAGACGAUGAGGACGACAGCACCUUUACUAUAACGGUUGAUCAGAAAACCUUCCAUUUCCAGGGUGAGCGAAAACAACUUCUUCUUCUACUUUCUAUUGCUAUCUACACUGUGGACACAAAUCCCACCAUCAAGGCUUGCUUUAAGUAUUUAGCGAGACGCGUGAAUGCUUGGUGCUGCUAUGGGAUAGUUUGCCGUUCUGCAGUGCAUAGACAAACGUGAUAGACAUACGACCAGGAGAAAUCAGGCAUUCCCUGUCUUAAAAGCUGACUCACUGAAGCAAAAUCUGCAUUGUGUGCAGCUGCUUCGUAUGGGCUGGUCACCGCACACUAAAUGCAUUUUCCAGGCUGGGAUUCAGUGUCCGUACAAAGCAAGAAAAACUACCAGUUCAGUUUGUGAUUACUGAACCUGCUGUUGCUUUUUUUUAAAGGUGGAGUUUCCAUGCAAGACUGCAAGUUUUUCUUCCUUUCUUUCAUCUGCAUCCCCUAUUCACCAUUUGUUCCUCCGCUUUUCUAAACAUUUCAACCCAUAAUAACUCAAACCAAUGCCGUCUGUCACUGCUAUGUUUCGGCAUUGCAUGCUAUGGCUCCACCGUAGAAAGGGUAAGGCAUAGUUGCUUGUCCUGUAAUUUGCAAACAGCAUGAGCCAUGAACGUGGGAAUUGUUUUCUUUUAAUAAUCUGAUACCUAGAAACGUAUCAGUUUUAUAAAUAGUUUUGAAUUAAUUGGAUGCAUGUUUUGGGACUUGCCGUUCUAGUCAUGAUUAUGUCAAGGUUUUAAUUCAAAUUCUCAACUCCUUAUGCAGAAAUAACUGGUCGUAAGCUAGGUGAUAUUAGAAUACAAGAAGCCCAUAUGCCAUUUUAUUUAUCUGAAUAAACUUCAUGGUCUAAUUUAACUUGUAAUUGGGAAAUCGUUAUAAAAUUACUAAAUGUUGGCCAAAAUAUCAUUGAAAACAAAAUUCAACUUGCCAAGCUAGAGAAUUAUUAUUUUAAAUUCUGCUGUUUGUUUUCCUUGUAAUUUGGUUACUAAUUCACCACAAUUUGCCACAUGUGCAUGUUUAUCAUAACACGAUCACAUUUAUCAUUUUUAUUUUUGUUUUUCCUUCAAAUGUGUCUGUGAAUAUGAAUUCUGUUUUGUUGUCUCUUUACAAGAUUCUUCUGCAUAUUUUAUAUUUUGAAGUGGAGUUUUAGAAAAUGUCUUUUCGGGAUACAUAUCUAAAAUGGUUAAUUCACUGUCACUAAAAAGUCAAGAAAAGGACAUUCUUACUAGCGCAGAUUCAGCCUUGCAGUGAGGAAAUAAGUUUUGCUUGCUACAUAACCGAUUGGUGUAAAUGGUAAACAAUUAAAUGGAUAUUGUGUAAGGCAAUAUUAUUGGCUGUAGCAGCCCUGCCAAUCACAUUACCAUACAGCGAUCACAGCAGCAAGCCAACUUUCAUAAAACCAUUUGCUUUUAAUGCCACCGCUUUCCUCAGUUUUAAUGUUGAAGACUUUUUACAGCUAUUUUACUCAACUUUUUUGGGGGUAAAUUUUUUUUUAAAAUGGUAAGACAAAUAUUUUAUUUCACAGGGCAAAAUUAUUGAACACAUCCAUUUGGAUGCUUUGUUUCAGGGCCUCUAGGCAUUUCAUUCUGACUUUCUUCCCAGCAGGGCUAACCUGCUUUGCUGUCCAAAGUUAAUUGGGUUAAUGACUGAGCUGGGAGAACCACUUUUGCAAACCAGAAUUCUGUUACUCAAAGAUUCUGCAAAAUCACUUCAUCUUAAUUGAAGUAAUUUGGGGGCACAGAUGCUGCCACAUUAGCCUUCCUUAUAAAAUAGUGCCACUUCUGGUAAACACUGUUUACAAUUGGAGGUUUCCAUGACUAGUGGCUCUUAGACCACCCACCACGCAGGACUGGAAAAGAUUCAGUUCUGGAAUGAUUUUGGCGUGUGGCAUCAGCGUGCAAAGUAUGCUGCUACCAGGCGCUGUGUGCGUCCUCUGCUUCUCAAUAACAAUAAAACACUGGAUUGGUGAUCAUGGCUAAUGCAAUACAUCCUUAGUGUGUACCGAGUAGUACUGAGAUAAAGGUAAGAUUUUAAUUUAUUUAAUGAAUACAUUUAGAAAAAAAUGUGUAGAAGCAAUAAUCUGAAGAUUAGGAAUUUAAUAUAUAUUUAAAAAAAAAUCAAAGUGAACCGUCCCCCCUUUUUUUUUUUUUCUUCUUAUUGAGUGAACAAGCAGUUACAUGCGGUAAAUAAGACAUCACAUUAAGUACUAGGCACCAAUGCAGGCUUCACAACCACUCAAUUUUAUUUUAGUUUAUUUUUCUUCUGUGUAAUAGCAGGUACAAAUAGACAUGUCAUAACAGAAGGGUAACAGGUACAAUAUUAAACAUGUCCCUUCACUCACAGCCAAGGCUAAGGAUGAACAACCAUAGAUACUUAUAGGAAACUUGCCAAAUGUGAGGAGGUAUAAGAGGACCGAUAACUAAGUGAAUGAAAAAAGCACAUGGGGAAAAAUGACUUAUAAAAUGUAAUCACGUGACAUAAAGUAAAUCUGCCUUGUAAGUAACCGGUACCAAAGAGCCGGCCAAUGCCGCAGCUAGGCCACGUUGCGGAGCUUGGACUUCGCCACCUCCGCCCCAUGCUUGCAAGGGAAGAUAAAUUGGCCUGUAUAAACCGGCAUAGUGGUGCCCCAAUAUUCCCGCUCUCCAGACCCAGAACGUAGUGAGCGUCAACAGCAAAUAUCCAUGAAACCAGGCCGCGAGGACAUGGGCAGGGACUUCCACUCUGGUCAGGUAAAAACCUGGUCACUUUUGCUCCCAAUCAGGUGCAUGGCACCCCAAGAGUGGGUCUGCUCCUGUCAGAGUUCAGUGUCCAUGGUAAGUAAGGUCUAGAAUUCAUUGUAUUUGCACUAGAAUGGAGGAGCUACAGGGUUGUGCGUUGUCUAUGUUGGCAGUCAGGGCCUGCAAAAUAAAUAAAUAUAUAGUGUGUGUGUGUAUAUAAUAUAAUUUUUUAAAUUUAUUUUUUGUCUUCUGGUUUAGGUAUAAUACAAUUCUUCAUGAAUAAUCUGGCUAAAUGCUUUAUUUGAGCUUGGUUAAUGAUUUUAGUUUCUAGUGCUGUAGUUCUCCUUUUAUUUGUUAUUAAUAUAAAUAUAAUUAACUCUUUAUGUGUACCUUAGAGAGACUCUCCAGUCCUUUAUGCUGAAAUGCUUUAGUGCCUAAACGAUUUUUAAAUACUCGCUAUGCGCCCCAUUAAUUGGCUGAGAGUGUCAGCUCAUGUUCUCAGCCUAUCACUUCUUUUUGGGCAAAUGCAUCUGUGCUGAGCAGCUCUAGCAUGCCGAGAUUUCAAGAGACGUUAUCACUUUUUAUAACAUUACUUUAGUAACAUAUACCAGAUGACAAGUAAACUUCUGGAAGGACUUUUUACCUCACUCACUUUGAACUAUAGUUUAUAGUGGAAGUGAAUGCUUUUGGUAGAGAAGCAUUGGUUUCAAUGCUUACCUUUGAGAAGCAUUGCUAGCGCAUCACUUGUUUCUCAAUUCUUCUCCGUGAGAAGUAUCUGAUGGGGCACAAGUCAUCAGUACUGAUGACUUCACAGGAUACAGCUUGGCGCUUCAGUGAGAACUCUCCUGGAAUAUAGUAAAAUUAAAUAUGAAUAGCAGAUUGGAAUAAAAAUCUCCAUCUUUGUUAUAGUCUUGGUUAUUUUACUCUACAUUUUUUAAUAUUCAGAUUUCUACUCACUCCAACACGAGGUUUGGUGAAUAACCCUGUAAGUAAGAUUAGAUUAGAUUAGAGAAAUUGCUGAAUAAGCGGAUAGCAGCAGCAGUAUUGCGGUAAUCAAUUUACCACUCCUAAUGGCAGCGGGCACCAGAGAUUAAAUAUAAAUCACAAACCAUAUAGCUAGUGGUGAGUUUUCAGGCUUACAGUAUGCUAUAGUACGGUACGUGGUAAUGGAUGUGGGGCUCGGGGUGUUCCUUUAACAUAUAAUUCAGAAACUCUGAUAUAGAGCAAAAGGUACAAAUUGGUUUUGGAGCAUAUUGUGGGCAUCAUCAUAGUACACAUCAUCAGACACACCAUUACUAUGUAAAAAAAGGUACAAAUUGGUUUUGGAGCAAUGAGGGCAUCAUCAUAGUACACGUCAGACACACCAUUACUAUGUAAAAAUUUUUUCCUUUUUCAGACGUCACUGCCUCCAAUGGAGAGAGUGUAACAUUUUGCUCAGUUGAUAAUUCUGCUCACAUGGACUUGUGGAUGUAGUCCAGCAACUAGUUCCACUUCUUUAGAGCAUGCUAAAUCUGCCAUUAAUCACAAAUCUGUUUUCAUUCUUUUGGGGCACCCGCUGGCUUUGAUAAUCUGUAGUUUGUAUCGUAUUACAAUUAAUUACACUGCGAUAGUUAACUUUUUAGCAGUUAUUUUAUUUUUUUGCAUCCAUUGGUGUUCUGGGAUAAAGUGUGCAGUAGUGUUAGAAAAUUCAUUGGCUGGGGUUGACGCCUGCAGUUAAAAUGGUUUAAACAUUUUUGUCAUGGAUGCUCAUCUCAAUACAUAACUUUUUAUUUAGGGCGGUAAUUUUAGGGUAAUAUGUAAAGAUAUGUGUGGACACUUGUUCUUGUGCUGAUUAGUUUGCCUACCAUAUGCACUGGUUCUGCAGAACCACUCCUUGAUAUCCUACUGUCCUACUCCUAUACUGCAUUGUUAUGGUUAUGUCCCACUGAAGACUUCAGUUUCUCCAAUACAGCAAUUCAAGUGUCAAAACAUGUGCAAUGUGUACAGGUGCCUUUUUAGCUAUUAGUCAGUGUCCAUCAAGCACGAUGCACUUUAUGGGAUACCCCACAUAUUAGAGGAGACAUCAUUGGCAUACCCUUUGUAAUAGACUCGAUGGAAGACAUGAAAUUUUGUGGGCUCCAGUGAGGUCUACACUGGUUUGAUUUCUUUUGGGCUACUUCUGGUAGGAUUGGGAAGCAUUGCAUUUUUCACCCACUUGCUUUAAAAACCCCUUUAAUUGCAUUAAAAAGACAAUGUUUUCUUUACAUGUGAAUGCGUAAAUAUAGCACAGUAUUCCUAAUAAUAUCUGCAUCUCAAAUGAAAAGCUUAUUUUUGUCUUUAAGUUGCAUUGAAGUAAAGAUGUCCAUUAAUUGCAGGACGUUUCCGCUUUUCUUUAUACAAAGGCCUUAUGUUGAUGUUUUAGUAUUGGAAGUUAAUGCAUUUGUGAGGCGUAGCCUGUUCAGACUGGGCAUAAUUUGAGAAAUCACGCAGAUGCUGACUGGCUAACAGUGUGCUCACUGCAAUGAAGAGGAAAAAAAUAAUUACUUUUCCAAAGGGCAGACAUCUGUAUAGACACACAGCACAUCAUCAGUCCUGGGGCACUGUGCACUUAACGGUAACAUGGACAUUCUAAUUAUUUAUCCACUCAGAGCUCUGAGAAGAAAGGCAGACGUUAAAAGCACCAGUAUUAUUAUUCUGUCAUAUCUGUUAAAAUAUAUAAAUACGGACCCUCCAAAACAAACCGAAUACAAAAACAUUCAGUGCCAUUAACCAUAGUGACCAGCAAAAUGUUGUUUGAAGCACCUCACCCUAUUUUCUGUCUUUUAACCUUCUGAAAUCUGCACAGCGGACACUGGCUUAAAGGAAAUCUGUCCACUCCCACACUGCCAUUUAACUCAUUCUGGAAUAGAGGUGGCACUUCCCCUACCAAAGGUCUGUGCACAUGCUGUUGGGCAAAUCGUGGUGAUAUUUAAAAGCUUCAAACAUGACUUAAGUGGCAGCUCUUAUGGGGUUGACUUUUUUUUUUUUUUUUACCAUUUAUUUAUUUCAGAGAUACGUUAGAGAGCUGCUUCUAAUGAAGCACUGGAGUAAAUGGGCUUAAUUUAUAUAAAUUGAAAAACCAAUGUUGAUCCAGUGGUGGCUGGAUCUGAUAAAAUGUCCCUCUCUGGGAAAAACUGUGCAUCAUUAUCAGGCUUGACAGAUACCUCUUACUACUUACUCCUUGUGUACAAUGAGGUGGAAGGUUGUAAUGUAGUGGUUAUAGUACUUAGAUGCUGUCACUUGCAAUGUAAAACAUUGAUUCUGAGAAAUGUAAACAAUGUUUCCAUUGGGCCUAGAACACUCUUCCAGUGGUUGUUAGUCAUUGGGGCACUUCCUCUUUAAAGAAACACGAUAGUGUUAGAGAUACACUAUCUUCCGCUAUCCUGUCUAUUUUGCUUUUUUUCUUCCAUCCAUAAUACUGGCCUAAAGUAAUCUUUUAUAACUGCUUAUCAAAGAGCAAUCUUGUAAAUGAGUGUGUCACUGUAAAGCCACCCGGAGUCUGCUGUAGCAGUUAGUGCUUGUGAUAUGUUACUGUGGCAGUAGAGGAGAGAAUGCUGUUUAAAAUCCAGUUUGAGCAGGGUCCUCUUCAACCUAUCGUUCUUGUAAGUUUUCUUGUAUUUGUCCUAUUUAUGGUUACAUCCCCCCUCUCAUAAUACUGUAAAGCGCUACGGAAUCUGUUGGCGCUAUAUAAAUGGCAACAAUAAUAAUCCCUGUUUUCUCACCUGCAGCUCGAGAUGCUGAUGAACGCGAGAAGUGGAUUCAUGCUCUAGAAGAAACCAUCUUGCGUCACACACUGCAGAUACAGGUACGGAGUCACCAGUAUUCCAGGGUUUAUCUGUGCACUCACUGGAACAGUAUGGGAUAGACCUUAAAUCUUGGACUGUUGGUGUUGGGAGACACUGUCAUAGUGUUUUCUUUUGAUAUGUUUGGGUCCUGCCUUUCUUGGAAGAUGGUAGCUAUUUAUUUUUUUGUGAGUUAGCAGGAGUUAUAUAUUAUUUUAUUUAAAUUUUUAUUUAUAAGUUCUUAAAAUUACAAGAAACACGUCAACAAGUGCUUGGGAGAUGAUUGCAUACCUUUACUGGCAGUGAAGGGGUCAAGCACUGAUGGAGAGGGGGAUGUUUCUCUUCUGUUUUACCUGGAGCUUUAAUUAAAAAAUCCAAUGCUUGACUUAGUUUGGUUCCUUCACUGCGCAGGUUUGUUCCUUUAAUAUGGUUUGUGGUCAAAGUGUGAGUGGUGUAAUAUCAACUGUCUUUGCCACCUAAAAGAUGUAGUUUUAGUUUUCAAUUUAAAUCCGUUCUGGUAAUUACUUUUUGUCACAAAACAAAGCACGUAACUAUGUCAUCUAGCUGCUCGCCAAAUACAACUCUCCGUUAAUCUGUUUUUAGAUACCUCUGAAUGAAAGUGUCACUCGUUUUGCCCAUUUGGAUUGUCGGGGGUAUUAUAAAUUGAAAAUGACAUUGUGCUUAUAGAAUCACACCUAAAGUAAUACUUUGGGAACUAAAAAAAUGUAAUUUUGAGAGGGGCUGAGUCAACGGCCGCUGUCUGGGCUACUUUGGGUUAAACAGAUUGUAAACUGUUCAGCCCCUUUAAGUAAUAAGGUAAACUGCAGGACCUCCAUGCACAGUAGUAACUUAAUGGAAAUAACUGUAAAGGUAUACACGAGACAUAGUAAAGACUAGUUAUGGGCUGAUAUUUAGCAGUGAACCAAGCUGCCAUUUCUUGCUAUUGCAAAUCAAUCAAGGUCAUCAUUGAUGGGAACAGCCAAGAUCACAGAUGCCAUAGGGUUAUAUUAUUAUUAGUGCAAGUUUAUCUGUGUGAUGUCUUGUUAAAUCUUCAUAACUGUUCAGAGCUGAUGGCUACUCCUGGCCGGUAAAACCACCGGGAACUAAAGAAGCAUAGCGGCUCAAAGAUUGCUUUACUUUAACUACUGCAUUGUGGUGGGAAUUUGUGCAACUUUAACUUAAUUUUUUUUUUAAAGAGAAUGGAGCCCUGCAUGAGAGAAGAAAGGUUUACACAUGUUAGUGGGGUUUUAUGGACUUAUUCAGUGGUAUAACUAAUGUAAAAGUGAUUGUUGCCCUUUUAAUUUAUAAUGGUGGUUCAAUCGGAAUUAUCACUGGGAUUGUUUAAUUAUACAUGGUGGGUACAUGAUUCACCCCUCUGCUGGGCAGCACUUUUUGUUUUUGUCUACCAGAAUGCAUAAUCCAUAAGCAUCCCUAAUAAAAAUGUUAACCUGUAGCCAUAGCAAAGAUGACCAGCAGUAAUAUUCUGAAUAAGGUGACUGUUAAAGCAUUUAAAAUGUAAGGCACAUUGUCUACCACUUCCUGGCACUGUACAUGCUGGACACUACUUCCUGAGUGUUAAUCAACAUGGAACAUUAGUAGACCACUGUACUGUCUGUGUGUAGUAUUAUUUAUACUAUGAUUUACUUAUAAAGUAUAAACACUUUACAGCCCUGUGCAUUGGGAUCACAAGACAUGCAAAUACAUUCCAAAAGAUGAAUUUCUUAUAGAGACUAGAUUAGAUUGUAAACUCACUUUACAGGUCACUCACUGCCUGUUAAGGAAAUGGGGUAAAACUACACACAGAAUAAUGAUAGAGAACAUGCAUUUGACUUUUUUAAAUUUAUUUUUUGGUCUAAAUUUUCUGUGUUCAUCAUGAGGGUUCAUGGAUAAGGGAUGUUUCUGCUUGUUCCAGUGAGAUAUUGAAUAGCCGUCGAUGGACUGGUUGAGUAGCCCUUCGUAGAGUACUGGUUGUUGUUUUUCCGCCAUAUGAUUCUGGCACUGUCUGUUCCGUGGCCAGAGUCUUUAAAAAUUGAUUUUCUGCAGCUGAUCUUCUUAUCUAAGCCAAAAACUGGAAUAAACAAGCUGCAAGCUCUGUUCAUAAAUGCUAAAGGCUAUUAAUAUGGUUUAGAAUCUUAAUCUUCAAGUCAUAACAGAAGCUGUUCAGACCAGAUGGAAACAUUUUAUUAAAAGCACAAGUCCAGGUAAAAUACAGGGCUAAUGCAUUAUGUAGGAGACUGGGGUGAUGAGUGUUUUAUAAAUUGGCUUAAAGGAAAGGUGUAAUUUCCUAUGAUUUUUCGUAUUCUAUUUACUCAUUCCCUAUACUUAACAAAUAUGUGUGAGCGAUGUGUGAAUAAUAUUUCAUGAAGAAGUCACACACAUCUUUAUCUAACUGGGUGCCUCCAUUGUAGAACCCUGUCUGUCAUUGUUAGAAGAUCUGUCCUUUGCACCAGGCAGUCAGUGGUGAAGAUAGCAUAUAGAGAAGGGAAGUGAAACUGUUUUCUUUUUCUUCUCAUUUGCAUUGUGUGCCCUGGCAUUGUCUGGACUGAACUGGACUGUGAUGUAAUUUGCUAAAUCUUUAAUAUAUAAGGAAGAAUUGUAGCGGUUAUAACGGGUUACAAUCUUGGAGGGUAGUGGGGAAUAAUUGAGAAAUGGACAAACAGGAUGGGUGUUAAUGUAUAAGGGAGAAGAUGCAAAAGAAACAACAAUAGGGUAUAGUGAGUGAAGAAACCUUGAACAAGAGGAGGACAGAAGUAUAGGUGGGAAGGGAAAGUCAAUCUGCAAAAAUGCUCCUGUUCAGCUGAACGCUGCUGGAGGAAGUCUCACACCUUGCCAGACUUUCUGCAUUCUAAAUUUGUCUUGCGUUGAUACAGCACAGCCCUCAUCCUUGUUAAACGGUGUCAUUCGUUAAUGCUCCCGCAAUCCUAGGCUUCUCUUUAAAGGACCACUAUAGGCACCCAGACCACUUUAGCUCAAUGAAGUGGUCUGGGUGCCAGGUCGAUCUAGUGUUAACCCUGCAGCUGUAAACAAGAGAAACUGCUAUGUUUACACUGGGGUUAAUCUGACUCACUGACAGCCGCUAGAGGCGCUUCUGCGCUUCUCACUGUGAAAAUCACAGUGAGAAGACGCUGGACGUCCAUAGGAAAGCAUUGAGAAAUGCUUUCCUAUGGACUGUUUGAAUGCGCGCGCGGCUGGCGCUGACGUCGGCAGAGGGAGGAGAGUUCUCCAGUGCUGAGGGAGCCCGGCACUGGAGAAAGGUAGGUGUUUAACCCCUUCAACCCCCUUCAGCCCAGCGGGAGUGGGACCCUGAGGGUGGGGGGACCUAAAGACCCUAAAGUGCCAGGAAAGAGUUUGUUUUACUGGCACUAUAGUGGUCCUUUAAUACUUUUUAACUCUCUUCUUCGCCCUGCUGUGGCCAGCUCCCCCAAACGAAUCUUUCAGCUGAUGGCUUUGCUUGUUCCUUUACUGACAAGAUUAAACCGUUAAGGAAUUAAUUCUCCCUCCUUCAUUCCUCUCUGUCUCAACCACACUUGGACCGUACCAUCCCUAUCCUCCAAGCCUUCUCUCCAGCUACUGAACAGGGGGUGGAUGCACUUCUCCUUUCCUCUUGUCCCACCACAUGUCCACUUAAUCCCGUCCCGCCUCACCUCAUGAGAUCUCUAGCCCCUUGUCUUGUGCCGUUCUUUUCUUUCUUUCUUUUCUUUUUUUUUUUAAAUUCUUUAUUUUGUAAUGACAUACAAUAAAGGAGACAAUAAUUAGCAGAUAUAUUCGGUAAAAAAAAAAGUUUGAAAUCCGUUCGUAUAUUCCGCUCUUUGUCAUAUAAAGCUUAGUGUAAUGGCAUAUGUAUCAUAAUUGUCGAGUCUGAUUUGCGUGUUAUCGGUGGUUCCUUGCUUUUUUUCUUUUUUAUCAUAUGCUAAUCAUUAUUUUGCUCUGUCAUCGGGGAUCGCCUAACACCGCGAUGUGUGGAUAGGAAGGAUCGCAAACAAUUCUUACGUUCCAUGUUUGCGAUAUGUCUGUCUCUCAGGAAUGCCUCAUGGUAGUCAAUAUUUUAGAUUUUUAUAAAACAUUAAAGAAUAGAAAGAGAGAAAGGAAAAAGUAAAGAUCCGAAAGGGUGGAGAGAGGUGGUGGGGGGCUUCCCAUGAAUGGAAUGGGUAGAUUGUCAGGCGGGAUAUGUUCGUAUUAACUUCCCAGGGUUCCCAGAUCUUCUGAAAAGUUUUUAAGGAGCCCCUUAUUCUAGCUGUUGGGUUGUCCAUCAAGUGGACCUCUUUUGUCCUGUUUAUCACUCCUGUCAUGGGUGGUGUGCCCGGUUUAAGCCACUCUGAGGCUACGGCUCUCCUAGCUGCUAAUGUAAUUUUGUGGAUGAGCUUUUGUUCAUGCCUAGUCCAACCAUCUAUGGAUCUGUUUAAUAAGAAUAGCCAUGGAUCUAAGUCUGUGGCUCUAGAAAAAACCUGCGACAACAGAGUCUGUAUUCGUUUCCAGAAUUUGACCAUCUGAGGGUAUUCCCACCACAUGUGGACAUAAGUCCUACGCAAGCCGCAGCCCCUCCAGCACACAUCUGUAGGGAUUUUUCUCAUUUGAUGUAGUUUAACCGGUGUAGUAUACCAGCGAAGCAUAGUUUUGCCAGAUUGUUCCUGUAGGGUAACGCAUACGGAAGAGUUAUGGUUAGCCUCCCUAAUCUCUUGCCAUUCUAUGCCUUCCAGUAUUUCCCAUAGGUCUUUCUCCCAUUGAUCCGUAUAGGCUAGCUUACCCCGGCUUCUGAACAGAGGUGAGCAUACAUAAGCGUUAUCAUACCUUUAGGUAUGGUUUCUUGAAGGCAAAUGCGUUCAAAGAAAGUCAUCUUUUGCAGGGCUGCCGCUUUGAUGUGUGUUUGUUUUGCGUAAUCUUUAAGUUGUAUGUAUCGGAAAAGUCCCCGCUGUCUUAACGUAUCAAAAGGGAUGACCUCUGUUCCCUGAUACAAUUGGCAAAUGCGUUGUAACCCUAGUUUUUGAAGGCUCUAGCUGUCAUUCCGGGGGCAAAGGCCUUAUUGCGUAAGUAUGGCAUUAGAGGAGACGGAUCAGAUGCUAAGUGAAACUUAUGUUUAAGGGAGUCCCACAUCCUCAAGGAGUUGAUUAUAGUCGGGCAGGUGACCCUUAUCUCGGGUCUGUGUUUUUUAGGGACCCACAUGAGGAGCUGUGGAAUGUCAGUGACUGUCAUGAGAGAUUCCACGUCUGCCCAUUUUCGGUCUCCUGGGGGAGAGUGCCACAUUGCCAAUUGAGUCGCUGCGAAAUAGUAAUAUAGGUUUGGGAGACCCAGGCCCCCUCUUGUCUUUGGCCUAUGUAGAAUGUAUCUGGAAAUUCUGUGUCUUUUGUUCUGCCAUUCGAAGGACCCUAUAGCCCUCUGCAAGGGCUGCAAGGACGAUCUUGGGACGCGGAUGGGCAGCGCUUGAAACAAAAAACGAAUUCUAGGCAAGAUGUUCAUUUUAACAGCGUGAAUUCUGCCUAUUCACAAGAUGGGUCUGACCAUCCACGUCUCCAUCUCCCGUAUCAGCUGUUUCAUCAAUGGUGUAUAAUUUUGAUUGUAUAAUUUUUCUGGGUUUGCUGUCAGGCGAAUACCUAGAUAUAAGUGACUGCAGUUCCAUUCGUAUUUGGUGUGUGUCAUGUAUGAGGGUUGUUGCCGUCGCCGGUAGCCUUAUUAGGAGGGCGCUAGACUUCGCCAUGUUUGCUUUGUACCCCGAAAUAAUCCCAAAGUCCCUUAGCACCCCCUGCAAGGCUCCUAUUGAAUUCACCGGGUCGGUGAGCGCUAGGAGCACAUCAUCCGCAUAGGCUGAGACCAUAAAUUUCCUGCCUCCCACUUUGACACCCUUAACAACUGGGUGGCGCUGUAAUAGGGGUUCUAACGACAGUACAAAUAGGGGGGGAGAGGGGGGGCACCCCUGUCGAGUACCAUUAAAAAGAUGGAAAGGGUGGAGUGGGGCUCCUGAGAUUUUCACCUGCGCUCGGACGUUGGUAUACAUCACUCCUAGUAAGGUCCUGGUGCCUUGUUCCCUUUUAAAGCUGAUAUUGACCGGUCUACUUCGUCAGGGGUGAUUUCAGAUGCUAGGAUAUAAACUGCCUCCUGUGGUAGCUUGGGCAGUCCCAGGUCUUUCAGGUUGCGUCCUCGUCUCUGAUUGUCAUUGUCUCUGAGUUUGGGGAAUGAUUGUAGAGGGAUUUAUAGUAAACAGUAAAAACCUCUGCUAUGUCUUUGGGCAUAGUUUUGACAGAGUUAUCUGGGUGUUGGAUGGAUGUGAUGUGUCCUCGUCUCAUUCUUGGUUUGAGGACCUUGGCUAGUAAGGUAUCCAUCUUGUUGGCCCGUUCGUAAAACGUCCUUUUGGACCAAUUCAUGGCUCUAGCAGUAUCGUCUAGUAACAGCGUGUGUAUGGCAUGUCGUGUCGCUUCUAAGUGUCUAAAUGUUUCAUCAUCUGGACAGUCUUUGUGCUUUUGUUCUAACGUCCGUAACUCAGUUAAAUGAUCCUCCAGUUUUUGGGCUUUCAUCUUCUUUUUAGCCGUUGCUAACUUAAUAAGGGACCCUCGAAUGACUGUUUUAUGUGCUGCCCAUACUGUCUCUGGGCGCAAAUCUGGAGUGGCAUUGGUGUCAAAAAACUCCUGAAUGUCUGUGCGGAUCUGUUCCACAAUCUCUAGGUCUUGCAAUAGGGAUGAAUUAAGUUUCCACGUCCAUGGGGAAGCAGUACAGAGGUUCCCCAGGGUAAUGUGAAUGUCUGCGUGAUCGGACCAAGAGAUGGAACCUAUCUCUGAUUCUGUUACCCGGGAUAGCGACCGAAUUCUUGAAUAUGUGCCAUGCGGAGCCGAGUAGAAGGUAAAGUCCUUAGUGCUCGGAUGAUGUGCUCUCCAGACAUCCACCAACCCGGUGUCCGUGAUGAACCUAUGGAGCAUCUUAUCUUGUCCUCCCUGCCCUUGGGACCUGGGAACACCUCCCUGUGAGCUCCUAUCGACGGCAGGGUUUGAUACUGCAUUGAAGUCACCUCCCAGUACAAUGAGUCCGUGAUCCAAUGCUCGGAUUUUGGUCUGUAAAUCAUCCCAAAAAUCGCUGUCAGGUUGGUUGGGGGAAUACACAUUAAUAAGGUGUAUCCUUUGUGAAAAUAGGGUACCCGUUACCACUAUGUACCUCCCGUUCUGGUCUGCAUCUGAAGAUUCUAUGUGUAUUGGGCAACUGGUCCGUACGAGGAUUGCGACCCCAUUGCGCUUGGUGUAAGUUCUGGCUUCAUAGGAAACCCUAAACAUUUGGUCUUUCAGUUGGAAUGUAGCUUGUUUUGGUAUGUGAGUCUCCUGAAUAAAGACUGUCAGAUUUCUUUCUUUUCAGUCCUCUUGUUUGGCGUGUUAAGCCCUUUGACAUUUAGGGAUGACAAUUUCAGAGCCAUGCUCUUGAUCUAAGCGUGACACCUUUUUGCAUGCUCGCCUCUGUCCACUUCAGAACCGUUGUGUCCCUAUGUAUAAGCCCCCAACCCCUAGGUAAAAGGUGAACCGGAGAAGGAUAGAAAAGAGAGAGAAUAGAUAAAAAGUAACUGAGCACUGUGAGUGCCCAAGUGUAGUCAUCUGGUCUUAUCUGUUGCCAUACUGGUGUGAGGUUCACAUUUCCCCAUCUCGCCUGCGCACAGCGCUAGAGAGAGAUGCGGAUGUAUGCGCAUCUAACCAUUUUGCGCUGUUUUGUAACUUUUCUUAGCUAACUCUAUGUGCUACGAAAGUUACUCCUGUGUGGUGUAUAUGUCAGAAGUGAGUAUGUAAUUGCGUGCCUGCUAGUAUUGCAGAACGAAGAAAAAGAACAAAAACAAUGAUCGAAAAAACACAUUUGCAAUAUCCGAGCAGAUACAAAGCGAACGAAAAAAACUAAACACACAAAUUUAACAACAUCAAAACCUGAAGUUUGUGGGGGACCACUUCAGUACCCGUUCUGAGCUACGGGAAUAUACGAUGCCCUUGUGAAAGUAGACCUCGUACACAUUCUCUGGUAAACUGGGCCUCCCCUCCUCCGGGACCCUGAUAGCAUCACGUUCGUAUAUCCCUCCACCCCUCUCCUCCCCAAGAGCUUGAGGGCCCCACUUUGGGCAGGGCCAUUAAAAAAGCCAAACUAAAACUGGCAUCAAAAUCGUGGAAUGAACUUCCCCAGAUCUAAUCCUGCGGGUCUGAUCUUCUAUGACCCCAGUACAGGUCGCGGGAGCCCCUCCAUUACCUUUGGGUGGUUUGGUCACCAGAUUAAUGUUAGGCUGCUUGGACAACAGCGUGGGAGGAGGGGGAUGGGGGGGUGGGGUGGUAUUAGCCUACAACAGGAAUGUGGGGAAUAGGGUUCUUAUAGUGGUAGAUACGCUUGUCAAGGAGGGCAUGGUCUUAAUAAGUGUACAGGUGUCAAACCCAGGGCAGAAUGAUUGCAGAUUUUUGGCGCUUAUCUCCUUUUCCAUUUUGUGUUUGUUAAAGCGGCACUGUCAUGCCGAACUUACCUUUCCUCAAUCUCUUCCUCUUCUCCCCCUCUCUCAGGAUCUGUUCUUCUUUUAUUCCUGUCUUUAGUUUUCUUUAAAAUCAUAAGACAAAGUAGGGACUCUUUGCCUUAUGGAGGAUUCCUCCGCUUGACCAGCUAUGACCAGCGGAGGAGCAAAGUGUGCUUCAUUUCCGCUGGUCAGAGCAAUUUUCCCACAAUUCUCACCUUUCCUCUGUGUUCCCACGAUGCUUCCUGUCAUUUUACACAAAGCCUUGCCCGCCCUGCAAUUAGGCUAAGAACACUCUGAUUGGCUUAAAGCCACCAAUCAGAGUGCUCUUUGUCAUUUUACACAGUGUGGGAAAAUUCCAAAGAACUUUCCCACGCUGUGUAAAAUAACACAGAGCACUGUGAUUGGAUGGAUUUCAAGCCAUCCAAUCAGUGCUUUGUGUCAUUUUACACAGCGUGGGAAAAUUCCAAAGAACUUUCCCACGCUGUGUAAAAUGACACAGUCACCUUGGGGGGGGGGGAAUUGACUUAGGGCCACAGGUGGGGGCUAGGGGGGGACAGUAGGCCCCCAUUUCUUAUGGCCCCCACCCGCGCCCAGGGGUUGGGGCGGAGGGUGUGGACAGUAGGUCCCCUCCCCCCCCCCAUUAUCUUUAUGGCCCCCACCUGCCGCCCAGGGGUGGGGGCCGGAGGGGGGGUGGACAGUAGGUCCCUCCCCCCUCAUUAUCAAUAUGGCCCCCACCCGCUGCCCAGGGGUGGGGGCCGGGGGCAGUAGGUCCCCCUCCUCAUUAUCAUUAUGGCCCCCACCCGCCGCCCAGGGGUGGGGGUCGGGACGGCAGUAGAUCCCCCCCCCAAUUAUCAUUAUGGCCCCCACCAGCCGCGCAGGGGUGGGGGCACGACAAUAGGUCUCCCCCCUUAUUUUACUUUAGGGCCCCCACCCGUCGUUUAUAUUGGCUGCUCACUGUUUACCAGACAUGCCCCUACUCGCGGUAUAGCGAGUAGGGGCAUUGGGGAGAUUUUAUACUUACAUAUUACAAGGACAGAGCUUUGUGCCGGUAGCUCCCUCCUUGUAAUAAACUGAACGAACAAACGAACACUGAUACAGUGUUUGUUUGUUCAGCUGAUAUUUCUAUUCAUUCGUCUGGAUGAAUGAAUAGAUGAAAUUCCCGUUCGCAUGUCCAGGUGUUUCACUGGGCAUGUGCGGGAAUCUCACAGUCUGUCUAGUCUGGGCAGAUGACGUGUCCCACAGGGACUUCAUCUACCCACACAAAGAUGGCGGCGCCCUGAAUAAAGAUCGGGAGAGAAAAUAAGGAAUAAAAAAAUAGGUAAUGUGGGGGGCUUAGGGGCAUUUGGGGGUGACUAGGGUGUCAGAUGUAAUGGAGGCCUAGGGGGGUUAAAAAAACCAAACCAGGAUUCGGCAUGAUAGUGCCGCUUUAAGGUUCAACCAUAGUUAACCCCUGUUUUUCUAACGGUUCUCCUUCGUUUUGAUGGUUCGCCCUACCUUUUUAUUUUUAAUCCUCUGUGUGCUCUUUAAUCGUUUCUCUCCCCCCCCCCCUUUAUUUUUUUUGGGUGUGGCUUUUUUAUUUUUUAGCUUUUUAUUCCCCUUCUUUUUGGUAUUUUUUGUUUCCGUUUUUCUCCAUUCCUCUGACUCUGUCAACCUCCCUAAAACGUAUGUUGUUAUCUGAUAGGGCUGGGACAGUGAAGUCAAGAAUUCACACAUACGUCCUUCCCCAUGAAGCGGGUAUUUUCCGUCUCACCGGCAUCAGGGGCAUUCCCGCUCCCACCUAUAUAGCAUCCUCCUUCAUAACGCUGACACACCCUGCCGUCAAGAUAGUCAAGGGGCCCGCUAACAACCAACACUGGGCCUCCGGUCCGUCCCAUCACCUCCACCCAACAGGAAGGAAUCGGCCACAAACUUUGUGCAGAUGAUUAAAGAAAAAACGGCCUUUCAGGUAAGCACAGUGGGGCCUGCGCAGGGAGAGUCCCCUCCUGGAACGCCAUAACUUGAAGGGGAAGCCCCAGGCUUAGUGCACGCCAGCUCUUCUCUGGGCCUCUGUGAUGGGCCUCCACUCCCUUCUCUUCUGUAGGGUACUGGGAGCCAGAUCCUGGUACAAUUGAAUUAUUGAACCCUCGUAACGGAUUUCCUCCUCCCUGCUCCUCCGCAUCAAGGCCUCCUUCGUCUGGAAAUGGAAGAACCGGAUUAUGACGUCUCUUGGGGAGCUGGACGCCUGCCUCCUAGCGCGAAGGGCCCUGUGUGCUCGCUCUAUACACCACUGUUCUGCCUGAAAGAUGGCGAGGAGUGUGUCGCGAAGGGUACCCUCUCCCUCUCUCUCAGGAAGGCCCCUGAGUCGUAUGUUGUUCCUCCUGGAACGGUUUGCCAUGUCUUCCAUAGCCAGCUCCAUUUCAGCUACUCGAGCUUCCAUUUUAUGCACGUGGGACACGACUACGUUAUGUGCCCCGGUAGUAUCCUCCAUGCCGUCCUCCAAUCUUGAGGUUCUCGUGCCCAGCGCGGCAAUUUGACUGGUUUUCCUCUCUAGUCGGUCCUCCCACACCACACCCCUCUGUCAGUCCUUACAUUAGCUUCCUGUAUCCUAUAGGAGUCAAUUCAAAGUACUAAUCCAUACCUAUAAAUCACUGACCAAUUCUAGCCCCUCUUAUAUCUCUUCACAGAUCCAUAGGUAUGCCCCUUCUCUGUCUCUCCACUUUGGCCAUGACCUUCUCAUUUCCGCUGCCCGCACAAGUACGGCCAACUCACGCUUGCAGGACUUCUUGUGGGUGGCUCCCUUCCUAUGGAAUAGCCUGCCUACUGCCAUCAGACUCUCUCCUAGUCUUCAAUCGUUUAAGAAGUGCCUUAAAAUCCAUCUCUUAAGGAAAACUUAUGGCCAUCCAGAGUAACCUCUACCUCACAUACCUGUCCCUUGCUCUCUCCUAAAGGGCAGCAAUCUACUCUCUCCUCCAGCUCUGCUUCACUUCACCUUGUUUGAUUGCUACCUCCUGUCCUACGGUGUUUUAUACCCCAGCUCCUAUAGACUGUAAGCCCGUUUGAGCAGGGUCCUCUUCAACCUAUCGUUCCUGUAAGUUUUUUGGCAUUGUCUCAUUUAUUGUUAAAUCUCCCUCUCUUAUACUAUUGUAAAGUGCUGCGGAAUUUGUCUAGAAUGUCAGCUCGUGAUGCAGGGCCCUCCACCCCUCUGUUCCUAUACGUCCAGUUGUCUGGUUACAAUUACAUGUAUGUUAGUCCAUCCAUUGUACAGCGCUACGGAAUUUGAUGGCGCUAUAUAAAUAAAUAAUAAUAUAAAUGCCAGUAAUAAUAAUAGUGUAUCGCUGUAUACAGGUAGGACUACAGGCAUCUGACAGAACCAGGUAUGUGUCAAACUGGUAUAGACUCCUGCUUCAAUCCUGCUACAGCGAUGAAAUCGGAAAUUGGAAUGCUAAGUGAUAGAAUAGACUUGGAAUUUUCAGUGUUCACAGUAGACGUUGUCUCCUCAGGUCAAAUGUAGCUCCCCCCGCAUUGAGCAGUUUAACAGGAAAUACACCCAAGGACUAAUUGCAACAAAGCAGUUGUAGUUGCUAUGGCAUGUGGAGUGCCGUUAAGAUACACAGUGCUGAUACUGAGAACUCCUAUUACAUAUUCUAAAAUAGUUAUUUCAAAAUUAUUUUUUUUGAGUGUGAAAUUUAUCUACUUCAAACUCUUAACAGAACACUAUAGUGUCAGGAAUACAAACAUAUGUGUUUUAUAGUGUAAUUUUAGGUGGCCUCGCAGGUACACUCCUCGUUGGCUGAAAUCAUCAAAACUGGUUAUCUCAGCCAAUCCAAUGCUUUUCCAUAAGAAAGCAUGGUGAGGCUAAUAUGCAGGCAUGGCAAAACGCAGCAAUGCACCAGUCCGCAUCUCCUCGUAGAGAUGCAUUGAAUCAAUGCAUCUCAAUGAAAAACAUUCAGCACCUCCAUCCAGAGCGUGGAGAUGCUCAACAUAGCACUUACUCGGGAAGCGCCUCUAGUGGCCGUCUGAGUGACUGCCACUAGAGGUGUUGGACUGCAAUGAAAAGGCAGUGUUUACAUUAAAAAGCUUUUAGGGACAUGCUAUACACACCAGAAAAGCUACAUUAAACUGUAGAUGUUCUGGUGACUAUAAUGUCCCUUUAAUAAAACAUUUUAAUGACCAAAUGUAAGCUACAAUAGAUCAACCUGUUAAUUGUUAGUAGACUGAACUUGAAAGACGGGCUACGAAAAGGAGCAUUAUUUACUAGAAUGUAUGUUGUUAAAGGAUUACUCCAACCACCGUGACCACUUCUGGUUUUAGAUGUUGUGCAUGCAAUCUGUAUGUGCAGUUUUUCAUAUUGAAACGCAGCCUGUCCAGAGAUACUAGUGACUUUGAGUGUAGUUACAACUUCGGCACAUGUGACUUGGUCAACCCAGAGUGAAUCCUGUGCAAAAAAAUAAAUAAAUCUGUCAACACAUACUGAGUGCGCCUACAAAGAGAAGGCUGUUUGAACCGUGUGGGGGCAGUUCUAAGAACGACUCGCUCUAAUAUUCUACUUUCCCUCCUUGACACUAGGCUUUCCUCCUCCUCUUGUCCACCACCCUCUGUACAGCUUUCCCUCCUUCCCCUCCACAGUGAUUGGGAGGAGGGUGGGCUUGGUGAGAUGAGCUGUCAUUCUGCUCAUCUUGCUGCUUGUCUGCGUGCAUGCGCAGUGUAGCUUUUACUGUUCCAACAAUGCUUCUCUAUGAGACACAUUUGAUUGGACCGUGGACAUGGACAGGAUUAUGUCAUGUGACGAAGAAGGUAGAAACAAUCUUGGCCCAGAUGGCCCAGAUUCAAAGUAAAAUCGGAACAGUUCAAAAAAAGGUUAGAACUCUGCAGCAGGUAAUGAGCAUUCUGUGUCAUGCUGCUAACCUGUCUUGAGUCCAGAUUGCAGACUGACUGCGGGGAGUGCUAUGUUGUCAUUUGAAACCUCCCUCCUUCAAGUUGUGAAUGUGGUUUGCUUGGGCAUAGGUUAAUUAUUACUAUUGUGAUUUGUUUGUCAGUCUUCUAGGAUUCUUGUGAAAUCCUAAACAAUAACACAACCUUCAUGGAAGCUCUCCACUAUACAUUACCUAGUGAGACUACCUGCUCAUUGGUGAAGUCCCAGAAUUCCCAGGUGAUCUGUAUGAGUACAUUAACCUGUAUCUGCAGGACAUAGGCGGUCAGUAACCUAUCAAGCAGUAGGUAGAGAGUUGUCUAGGGUGUGGGAAAAAUUUGGCAUCAGUGAGGGGGGAGGAUUUGAGAAAAUGAGUUGUGUGAUGAAUUGCUUUCCUGUGGCACAGCCAAUCAGUGAACUGUAACCAGUAAUGACCUUAUGUAACUCCAUCCCUCUUUAAGGACUUUGCUGUCAUUCUAAUGUGGUAUUCCAGCAUAGUAAGCCCUUCUCAAUUGAGGGUUUGUAGGGCAAUCCACGCUGAUACAGAACUGAGAGAUUCAGCUUGUUGCGAUCACUGCAUGGAAUUCCAAGGGUGCUCGCAGUAAAGGUCAGGCUUUGAUUUCUUUUUCCCCUGUUAUCCUGUGAAUAGGAAGUCUGUAAGCCUUUAACCCUUCUUCUCUGCCCCAUGGUUUCAUUCAAUUUAAUUUUUAUUGUAUUUUUAUUUCUCCUGAUCUACAGGUUUUUUUGUUUAUUUUUUUUAAAGCGUUUGUGUGCUAAUAUCCAGACUCUUCCUUUGAAAACAAAACUGUAAAAAUGUUUUUUUUGUGAUAUCAGCUCCAGAUUAAUUGCCAAACUGAGCGUGAUGUGAAUGGGAUCUGGCAUGUUCCCCCAGUGUAUUGCUAAAUAGUACGUGGCAUCACGUGACUUGGAGCACACCAAUAUGCACACGCCUUUUAGACAUGUAAACUAUGCUCAGCCAAUCCAUUGCCAGGAGGAGGUGAGCAACUCCUGACAGUGAAGACCAGAGGAAGUAGCUGGAUAUUUUCAGCUUGUAAGUAAAAAGCAAACACUAGUCAAAAGCCAAGCAUGUGGCUCGUGAAGACUUGUUAGCACUGCAUGAGCAGGGCUCUGUAAUCAGGAUGGCUGUGGAAGGAUGCGGCAGUGUAAGUAAUAAGAACCCUUAGCACCGUUUAAUGCUGGCCUUGUUACAUUCGCAUACAGAUUGCAGUGUUGGAGGGGGGUUGAGCUGGAGAGCGAAUAAUCCAGCUCUUUCUUUAAUGUCAUUGUGAAAAGGAUGGCUGCCUGUUUUGAGAGCUCAAUUUGUGUAACCACACGCUGUGUGCCUCAUUAACUGCUUUAAAUAGAAAAGGUCAGAAUUUGCAGUUGUGAGAGAUUAAAACCUCAGAAUGCGGAAUAUCGUCGGCAUGAGCUGCUUAGUAAUCAGUGUGUUUACAAUAUCGUGAUGCCCAAUCUGUGAUUUAUUUUUUUCAUUUGUUUUUUUUAAAUGCCAAUAUACAGUUAAAAAAAUAUAUAUUUUUUUAAAUAGAUUAUAUAAAUGUGUUUUUGCUGUACUUUUUGAACUGUGUUUACAAUUAAACACUUUAGAUCUUAGCUCACAUGAGCAAGAUCCUGCUCUCCUCUUCUGUCUGCCUACUCGCCUCAACUUGGCUGUAUCCACAGUAAAGCUGUAUCGAGCAUAUUGACUCCAUUUAAAUAGUAAUAGCCGAAGGUACAGAAAAAAACAUUUGUUUUAGGUGAAAAAUCUGACAUUUCUGCUUUUUCAACUGGUUAUAACUGGACUAUUGAACUUUGAGUUUCCUGCUUUACUAAAGUUUUUAAAUUAUCCUUGGCUAGCUAAACAACACUGACCAAGGUACUCUUGAUUGUAAUGUAGCAGCAGACGGGCCAUUAUUGACUGCCUCCAGUUAAAUCCCCUGGCUGACCUUUUUAAUAGGAGCCCCUCAGCAGGUAUGCGAUACUGAAUGACGUAUAUAACAUCACCGCAAUAUUAAGCGAUCUGAUUAUGAAACAAUACGUCCUAUCUUAACAGCUGACUUCCAAGCUUUAUGCCAGAAUAGCAGAGAUUCAAACGCUCAUCACCUAUCAAACACCAAAACUGUCCAAGAUUUGGCAGGACAAUCCCAAUUCGAGACACCAGAAAAAUGUCCCCCAAAAGUGCGUAGACCUGAUUAUGUAACGUGGUUGUGCUCUAUGAAGCCAAUACAGCCCAUUUGUCUGUACAAGAGAUCUAACCCAGCUCUGUGUGCACGACGCAGCCAAUUUACUGGCAGCUCUGCCCAGGUACCAAGUGCACUUGAAUGGCGUGCUUCGCUCCAGAUGUCAGUGAUGUGUCCUAUCCCCCUCCCAUUUCUCCACCUGCCCCAAUUUCACACCACCGUCCUCAAUCUUGAGAGGUUGGAAAACGUGCCAACAAUAUUUUUACUUAAACUUUGCGCGACGGUUGUCAACUCACCACAGUUUAUGAGGCAUAUUCGCUAAAAUAUGAAUUGCUGCGAGUUUCCCAUCUCAGGCCAAAACAGUACAAAUGAAAACACAGCUGAUGUGGAAACUUUUUACCAAUAUGGCAAUUCUGGUCUGAAAUUUGAAAUUCAGUUAGAAUUUUGGAUAAUUCGGUUUAUUGGAUAAACCCUAUGGUCUCACAACCAGACAGGUUUUGAGAAUACCUGAAUAACCACUGCCUACGGGGGUUUGAGAUUUGAACUCUGCCUUAUGCCUGUGGAUAAAUGUCCAGGCUCACGUCUUUAUGAGCCAGUAUAGAAAAAAAACUCUGGAUACCUGCUCAACGACUAAUUAAAAUGUUCGUGCAUGGCUGCACAGUAGAUUGCCAUGAACCAACACUGCCUAAGGCUAGAUUUUUGCUAUUUACACUUUGACUAUUAUUAGUGGGGCUAGGCUUGCUGUGAUUGUAUAUUGAAGACAUUCAGACCAGACGUCUCUUUUGAUAUUUUAAAUCUCACGUAUGAGGAAUGUCUACUGUUGAGUGUGCUGUUCAAUGUCACGGGAUUGAGAAAUGGGAAGUGAAUAAUUAUUAGUAAUUUCCUCAUAUUUUCAUAUGAAACGUCAUUAACUGUUGCGCAAAGGGUCGUCCUUUCAUGUUCGUUUUUAAAAUUUAUUUCAUAGGGAUAUGGGCAUGAAGGCGACCAAACAGUGGGAAAGUGGGACUUGUCAAUUGAAACCGUGCCCUAUUUAUUGAUAUGAUAGGCACUAUAACCACUACCACUCAUUGUAGUGGCUAUGAUGAGCAAGAAUUUGUGGAUGCAGUCCAAGCUCUGGACUACACUACUCACAGUGGUUACGGAUUGUCAAAAUGUGGGCAGAUUUUGUAACCAGUAUAGUAAACUGGUGUAUUUAUGGUAUUUGGAGAAUCCCUUUAAACCUGUUUGGGGUUUAUAUAUAGAAACAUAGAAUGUGACGGCAGAUAAGAAGCCUGCGGCCCAACUAGUCUGCCCAAUUUUCUAAAUCUAUGGAAGUCAAGAAAGUGCCAUUUCUCUUUUCUACAUUUAAUAUUUUCUGUUUUUGUCCUGCUUUGUUUUAGGAAUAUGUUGUCUUCGCAGAGCAUCGUUCUCCAUUUGAGCAACUCUAAAACAUUUGUAUCCGAUUAUAGCAUUCCAUUUUAUAGUUUUCUCAUUUUAUCUGUAUAUUGUGCUAGCAAAUGUGCAGGUGAUUAUUUAAGAAAACAAACUUAUCUUAACGAUCAUGUUGCAUGCCUCCCAACUGUCCCAAUUUUGGCUUCACUACUUGAUUGGCAGGCUUCUUGGCUUGCAGUCACACCAGGCUCACCUGCCAGUAAUUUGGUCCUGGUGGGUCUGCCAACUUUGGGUAGAGCCAAUGAUACAACCGUGACACUGGCCUGCCACUUUUACCCCCAACCCACUGGCCAGUUUUAGGAGAAGAGCAACGGUACAAAAAGAAAUAGUGGACAUUUUGGAUGCCCCCGCUCUGCAGAUUUUAAUUAAAAAAAAAAAAAAUUUUUUUUUUUGUACCUUUCUUUCAUUUUCAUCAAAUGCAACUUUUUUCUUUUUUCUUCUAACUAAUUUACUUUUUUUUUUUCACGGGGAGCAUGAUCUAUGGCAAAUGUCUGCAAUGGGCGGGGCUUAAGCAAAGUUCCAUUUCAGUUGCGAAUCGAGUUUACCCACAAUCCAUCAGUCAAAAGAAUCCCAGAGCAGGGCAAACUGCAGCCAACAUGGAGAGAGCAGAACAAAAUGGCGGCGCCCAGGUAUUGGGAUCAGUUGCUAGGAAGGCAAAUGGCGGAGUGAGGACUAUAAUCACUGAGAUACAAAGGGCAUAUGGAAAGGGGACAAAAAAAGUGUCAGUGCUUGACCCGUCAGCUGUUUGACAAAAAUUCUCCAAAAUACACAUAUACACAGAAUUUUUCUCCGACUUGCCAAUGUUAUUUAAAGUUAGCAAUGCUCCGAGGCGGGAACCACCCCCUAGUGUGCGCUAUUAACCCCUUAGAAACAUAGAAUGUGACGGCAGAUAAGAACCAUUCGGCCCACCUAGUCUGCCCAAUUUUCUAAAUACUUUCAUUAGUCCCUAGCCUUAUCUUAUAGUUAGGAUAGCCUUAUGCCUAUCCCACGCAUGCUUAAACUCCAUUACUGUGUUAACCUCUACCACUGGGGUGGAGAUGCCGGGGAUUGAACCCGGGGCCUCAUGAACCCUUAAUGUCCAACUAAGCUGUCAUCACAACCUGAAACGUGUUUGAGAUACCGUGCUUAUUAUUUAAAGCGGUCGUUAAGUGGGUGGGACAUAGGUAUAGUUAGUAUAGUACCCAUGUUUAUCACUUGUUUUCCAUUCUCUUUGCCUCUUGCGAUUUUUAACAUUAAUGAACAUGAGCCCCGCCCCCCAUGUAAUGCCGUAAUGUUUUACAUAUAACUUUCAGUUUUCUUUUGUUUUCUGAUUUUUUUUUUUUUGUUGUUUUGUUUGUUUCUCACAUUGAUUACAAACAAGAUUACCUCCUAGAUCCUCAAAUGCUUUUAUAGUUCUGCUCGGCACAGCUAGUGUCGGGUUGAUUUCAUGUUCUACAGAUAGUCAGGUGGUGUUUCACGAAAUUCCUUUAAAUUAUGUAAACACCGCUCUUAUAUUUUUUAUUUAAUUUUACUUUUUUAUUUUUAUUUUUUUUAUUUGAUGAAUGUGAUAAAGUGCCUUUUUAUUGUAUGAGGUUUUCCUGCUUUCUGACCAGCAUGAAGCAGGGAAUACGAUGCUGUGCAAGCUUUUAUUUUAUUUUACAUUUUAAGGGUUAUUAACUAAUGUGAGAAUUGCCAGGAAUUCAAAGUGAAUUUCAGAAUUUUGUUUUGUGUGUUCCUAUUCCUUUUUUAAAACAACUGGAGUUUUUUUAAGUGUCACUCUAAUCGCCAAUUUAAACUAAAAGGCAAACCUCUCCGAGACAGACAGGGUUAUUCUUAUAAACCCCUACAAAUGUAUUGACCUUUAAUCAGGUAAACAUGGGGUCGUGACAGCGCUUAUUAGAGAUACUUGCCUUUUAGCUGAACGCUUUAAAGUGAAUUGUUAGAAGUGAUUUACCUGGACAUGGCAGGUGAGCUUACACUUAAAUGGCAAUUGGACCAAUACUAAAAAAACAAAACUUCUGUUAAUGCUGCUUACCAGGAGAACUGGCGGUUUAUGCACAGGGCUUCAUUUUCUAUAUUUUUAUAUGGAAUGUAUCUUUUGUAUUGGGUAUAUAUUUGGAGGAAGUGCUUUGCACAAUAGGAAACAUGUUGGCAUUUCCCUUCUUCGAGCCCCCCCUCGCACAUUAGGUCCAAAUAUAGAAUGGUUUUAAUCCAUUUGAUGGAGUAUGGCAUUUAAUUCCUGAUCGCAGGACCCAGCGCUAGUGAUGUUUUGGAUGUCUAAUGGGGGGAGAACCCACCUGUCUGUACUCUAACACAGUAGAACCGUUUGAAUGCUUUCUAUUCACUUACAAGGUUUGUGGGACUGUUUAUCAUCCCAGUAUCCAGUUUUGCCUAAAAGAUAUAGUUAAUUUUAAUAAUGCAUGCCAACGCAGAGAGAUUCUUUAUAAAUGUAUUUAUGCAAAUCAGCAAGCCAAAGCGAGAGGGAUAAAAUGCAUGUUUGCUUGAGUAAACCUUUUCUAAGCCUACAACAGCUUAAACCUUAAAGCAAUGUUUGUCAUAACAGGAUUUGGAGAAUGGAACCGACAUACCAGUGUCAGCUGUGCCUCACAGCACUGUGAUUACAAUACAAGUAGAAGACACUAAGUGCAUACUGCCCUUUCUAGGUGGCCUUUUGCUAAAUCUAAAUUCUUAUUGUAGAAUCAGAGACUUUCCCAGAGCAAUGCCAUCCCCUCUGCUACGGGAAGAGUCCAAAGUGUUGUGCAAAAUGUAUUUAGUUUAAUCAGAUUUAUGCUCUGUGAAAAAAAAUCAGUUUUUGUCAAAGUGGCGUUUCAGUUCUAACAAAUUUCAUUUAUGCGAUCGCUAUGAGAAGAACUAUUGUGACCAAUCAAAAAUGGCGCAAAUAUUGCCCAAUCCGUGUACUGCAUAAUAUACAUGUAUAAAUUUUUCCGGACGCUGAUAGGUACUUUUUUCUCACAGAUUAAGUGAGAAGAAAUAACCAAAGGAAGGAAAAAGAGAAGGAUCUGUAAAAAAAAAAAUCUAAAAGAAAAAUCUGUAUUUAUAUAUUUGUAUAUUAAAUGUGACAUUUUUACCGCUUUUUAUUUUAUCUCUCUACUGAUCACUUUCAUUCCUUGUCUAUUUUAUGUUUUGCGAUUUGUCCAUAUAGGGUUUAGGCGUUUGGACAAACUACGGAUCACCCAAAAUACAAAUAUUACAAAUGUAAUUUUGUUUGAAGCCUUAUUUUAAUGUCCAUUAUAGAAUGAGUAAUGGGUCACUGUGCUCACGUUGCAAAAAGUUAAGAACUUCUGACAUAAGUAAAAAUGCUUUAAAGCAAAAGAUUGAUUUCAGGAAUAGUAAUCAUGCAAAAAGGGAGGCGGGAGAUGGACUUUUUAUGAAAUAACCAUCUGCAUAUUUCUUGUAUUUUAGAGUAAAGUUGCACAUUUCAGUUGUAUUCAGGUUUCUCCUGAUAAAGACGAGGUGUAGACCAAAGUAAAGUCUUCCUGUCUUAAACAUAAAUGAUUUCCAUCUCUUUCCUGUCCUCCCUGCUGUGUCCUGUGCAGACAAAAAAGGCGAUGUUUUAAAACAGUCAUUAGAAAAGUGGGUACAGUGUAAAAGUGCAGCAAUCUCCAUAGGUACCAAUAGAAUGUGCCAUUGGUUUGUCUCCUCUUGGCUCUUAUAGAUGGCUGCAUAUUACUGCAUUGUCUUCCUCUACAACCUUUAAAUGCAGAAUAAUCCAGUGUGUGUCUACUUCCUCUACAACCUUGUCUUUCAGCCGUUGGUCUCUUCCUUUACCAUAACGGCAUUAUACAAUCUACGUCCAUUCAUCUAAUUAAAGGGUCACUAUAACCCUUUUUGUACCUUGCUCCACGUCACUCUGAGGACCAAUCAAAUGCUUCUGAGCCGGGGAAGGAUGGAAGGAGUGGGGGAAGAGUGGGCGUACAAGGGGCAAGGUAAAUAAAAUACUGAGAUUGAAGCUUCCACUGCGUGCAUGCUGCUUUCAAGAGUAGAAGCUGAUAACGUCUGUCACCAGGGUCCAAUGCACAAAUUUAACAUAGGCAGUGUGGUAACUAGCCCCUGGCAUAAAAGUGCAGAUUACUCUGUAUCUGUAUCAUGCUGAAACCCUGCACAUACAGAUAAUUUCUGCCAUGACAGCGUCUAAAAACAGAAGUGGUCAUGGAUGUUAGAUUAACCCUUUUAAUGUCCCUUUUUGUGGUCUGCAUGUUAUAAUCAGCUGUUAAAGUACCAUUAGUUGUUCCACAGCAUCUGAGUUCUAGUCCUCGGAGGACGUGGACAUUGGCGUAGCCACCACUUUGAAUACUCGCUGAUAGAGGAGAAAAUCUCUAACCUCUUCUAAAGAUUUCAUUUUGUCAGACUUUGUUUCAAUCAUUUUCUCCAAAACAUCCCAAAAAGACUAGCUAGAAGAUUUUAGGAGGCCAACUCCAACAAAGCUCUUUUCAUGUGCUCCUAUUGUCUUUCACUCUUCCCUCUAUCUCUGACUGCAAUUUUAUGUAUUCUAUAGAUAAUGCAUUACAUUAUGGUGCUAGCAAAACCUUGGAUCCUCCAUUGUAAGUAGUCAAACCGUUUUUAGAAUGGCUUCACUUCUUACCUGGGGUCUGUCAGGCGCCGUUCCCCGCCUCCUCUCAGCUGCAAGUAGAACCAGAAGUUCCUGCUUAGGCGCCUGUCUUGGCUCAUUCGCUGUGAGCAGUCUGGAGAGCUGAGCCUUUUACCCACAGGGCUUAGCUCAGAGAGCUUCCAGCAAGAGCGCAGGUUGUAGUGGAGGUAGGGAGCGGCACUCAGGAUCUCUGUUAAGAAGUCAAGCUGGUUUAAAACGUUGACUACUUACAGGGCUCCAAGGCACUCCUGGCACCAUAACUACUACAGCACACUGUAGUGGUUAUGGCGCUUGAAGUAUUCCUUUGAAAAAAAUGUGCAACAAAUAUAACAAAAGAUACUCUACCUACAGUUCAGGUUUUCAACUGGGCUACCAACGAUUUCCAGCAAGCUUUGUCCAGACCUGGAAAUGGCUCGCCCUAUAAGGCUGAUUUUAUCCUUUUGUUGGAGCCGGAACGUAUCCCAUAAACCCCCAACCAGUAACGGUUUAUUUCAUCUAUAGCUGGCAUUUCCAUUCAUCACAUAUCCAAAACUGACAUUGGAUUAUAAAAUUAGAUUCAAGGAUUGUACCUCUGCUGUGGGCUGCUUAGUGCAUCGAAUACUCAGAUACAGCGUCUGCCAUGAUGCACUUACACCUUGAUGCCAAGGGCAUUGGGUUAUAAGCAGGAUUCUUAAUGUAACAGAAUGUUGCCUGUAUACCCGCAUGACCAGCUAUAUGCACUGCUAGUAUUUUUCCUCUCCCCCUGAUUUUAUGUUGCAGCAGAGAAAUGAUCUUGCUGUGGGGCUGUUCUUAAAUGCUCAUAAAACAGAAACGUAGGGAAUGGAUUUUAUGUGUACAGUGACCUUUUUAGUAAUGCGGCGGUCAUGCUGCAGUCGCUUACAUGAAUACAUAAGAAGCCUUUUCUAUGGAAAUCCAGGAUUCCCGAUGAGUAACUACAUAUGAUUUUAUAAAUACAUGGAGGUAAACCAUGGCAUGCUCAGUCAGUAUCUAUUUAUGAUGUAUUUAUUUAUGUGGAAACCUUCCCUGUCUCUACUGGCAUCAUUUAGUCAAAGCAAGUGUGAUCCAGUAGAGCUAGUCAUUGGGUAUCUGUCUGCAGUGCUUCCCUUGGAUAAGAUCUGCAGAGCGUUUCUUAUCUAAUGAUUCAUAGACACAAGCAGACAAUUCAGCAUCAUUCCUGUCACUAUUCUUCUCACUCACCGCUAGCUCAUUCUUGGAAACCUGCACUACCGCUGUCCUCUUCCUGUUCUGGGUGAGUGCUGGCUUGUUUAUUGUCGUACAGCUAUAAGCAUUGCAGUGCAUUGUGGGAGUUGUAAUUCUGCUAAGGUUGAAUUGCUGGAAUUCAGUUUUACUGUGGCUAAUGUUCUGACAUAACUUGCUAGGUGUUAACAGAUGUCUGGAUGGUUGGCAAAGCAUUGUGGGAGUGGCAGUCCUAAAACCGCUAUUGGUUUAACUAUUAAAACCUUAUGUGGACACAGAGAAUGUUUUGGGAUAUUGAAUAAAUCGAUUAUUGAUCCAAAAGCGUGUCAAGCAGAGUGUUUAAACACCUUGAGGUCUAUUUAGUCACUAAACUGUUAAUUUUAAAAUUGAAAGCUGUGACUGUACCAGAAUUGGAGAUUUUUCACCCCCAAAUAAGCUGCGUUGGCCUCUAUAUAGAAAUUUGGGUUACUGUUCAUUCUGUGGUAUAUAAAGCCGUUUUGUUUUUCCUGCUGAUUAUUUUGCUUUCUUGGAUUUUUGGAGCAGUGUUGUGUCAUAGUGUUAAAUACCUGAGCCGUUGGGUUAAUGCUUAAUCUUUUAUUGGGAAGGUUUGUUUUUAGCUGGCUGUCUCCAGUACACCAGGAAAUAACAUAAAACUUCCCCACUGUGUAAUCUUUUCGUUGUUUUUCUUAAAUAUAGAUUUCAUGUGAGUCGGAUUCAAAGAAAUUACUAAUAUUAGUGGAAGUGAGACUGGAAUCUGUGUUUUUGUGUGUUUUUUGGUGGUUAUUCUCCCCUGCAUUAUUUAUUAAAGUGUCUCUGUCACUUCUAAGCUUUUCCUCAAGUGCUAAAGAUGCGAUCCUAGGAAAAGGUCCCUCUGGCUGUGUUGUGAUGUCUUGGAAAUUCACAUGCGAUCAAAGCAAAUUAAAGGACCACUCUAGGCACCCAGACCACUUCAGCUUAAUGAAGUGGUCUGGGUGCCUGGUCCAGCUAGGGUUAACCCAUUUUUAAAUAAACAUAGCCGUUUCAGAGAAACUGCUAUGUUUAUCAAUGGGUUAAGCCUUCCCCCUAUUCCCUCUAGUGGCUGUCUCAUUGACAGCCACUAGAGGCGCUUGCGUGCUUCUCACUGUGAUUUUCACAGUGAGAACACGCCAGCGUCCAUAGGAAAGCAUUGUAAAUGCUUUCCUAUGAGACAGGCUGAAUGCGCGCGCAGCUCUUGCCGCGCGUGCGCAUUCAGCCGGCGGGGCGUAACGGAGGAGGAGAGGAGGCAGAGAGCUCUCCGCCCAGCGCUGGAAAAAGGUAAGUUUUUACCCCUUUCCCCUUUCCGGAGCCGGGCGGGAGGGGGUCCCUGAGGGUGGGGGCACCCUCGGCACUAUAGUGCCAGGAAAACGAGUAUGUUUUCCUGGCACUAUAGUGGUCCUUUAAUGUCUAAUAAAGGGAAAAUUUAUACCAAAAAAAAGUUGUCAGGAAGAUGGAUUAUGUGCACUACAGAAAUGGUUACAAAAAGCGAAAUCCAUGUAUGAAGGACCGAGUAACUUUUUUUUUUAUAUAAGAAAAUGGUUUAUGAGCAUAAAAAAAUGACCUUUUUAUUCAUAACCACCAAUGUUCUUUGAAAGGAUUCUAUAGUGCUAGGAAUACAAAGCUGUAGUCCUGGCACUAUAGCUCUCUCUGCCUCCCCCAUCCCUCACUUGACAAGGGGGCACUAACACGCACGUGUGGCUUACGUGCAUUAGGCCUCCCCAUAGGAAAGCAUUGAAUGGGGAAAUAGCAGACGCUGGAUGUCCUAAAGAGCUGACUUAGAGCUGCAAUGUAAACAUUGGAGAUUCUCUAAAACUGCAAUAUUUUAUAUUGCUGCACUAAGUUCAAUAGGGACACUGUACCCAGACCACUUAAAUGAGCUGAAGUUGUCUGGGUGUCUAUAGUGUCUCUUUAAUAAUUUCUGUAAAUUAAAAUCAAUGCGACAAUUUAACUUGCUAUGCUGCCAUCUCUGCUAUAGCCAUCCCUAGCAUUAGUUUUUCAUCAUAGAGAAAGGCCUGCUUUCUUUGCCAUCCCUCAAUAUAUUGAGGAAGGCAUUUACAUACCAUCUCUUGCUGUUGUCGAUUAGGUGAGCGAGCACAAUGUAUAGCUAAAACGGGCGCUGACUUUUGAGUGAGCGGCAAGUUUAUGCUUCCAAAGUGAAAUCCUUCACACCCAGCAUUUGACGCAACAGCAUGUUCCACCAAAAUGGAUACAGUAAAUCUCCCCAUUCUAGAUAAAAACUUUAGUGUCAGGAAUACAUGUUUGUGUUCCUAACCCUAUAAUGUUCCUUUAAAUUUAGAAAACCACACCUGUGCAUGGCUCUAUCCUGCAAUGGGAAUGCUUCCAUAUUGGCUCCCUCUUCAUCACUUGUAUAAGCCUUUCAAUGUAAGCACUGCCUUUUUUGAUAAAAGGCUGUGUUUACAAAGCUGCCUAGUAAGACCUCUAGGGGCAGGCACUCAGUUGGCAACUAGAGGAUCCUGUCUAAGUGCUGCAUACUUUUUAUUUAUUUUUUAAAAUUUACUUUAAAGGGACACUCUAUACUCCUGUCUUCCUUUUCAUUUGAUAAAAAAAGUGCGGGUUUCAAAUAGAAAUAUGCACGUUUAUAAAUUAACCUUGUCAGUCAGACAACAGGUCCGGUUACUUCCUGGUUUGAUUAGCUCAGUCGAGCUAAACUCUAGAGGCAGCAAUUACUCAGAGCACCUGCCUUGUAAAGACUUCUCAUUCAUAUGCGUUUGGAAGUUUGUGAUUGGACAGUCACAGAAAGUCUGGGUCAGAAGCAAAGGGCUUGCAAAUUAUGCAGACAUGGGAUCGGCUGUUUUUAUAUAUCCUCCCAGUGAAGAAAUGCAUAAUUAAAUGUAUGCAUGUUUUCUUUGGGGGCACUAUAUACUAAAUCAUGAUUUUAUUUUUUAAAAUGUAUUUGGGCAGUGGGGUGUCCUUUUAGUUUUGACGUUUUGUUUGUUAUCCACAGUUGCAACUUUAGUGAAUGAACCUGAAUGUUUGUCAUAACAGGUACACUAAGCAGUAACCUCUGCUUUUGUAUUGAAUAUAUCUUUUAUCAUAGUGAUAACUUUUGUAUUUUAUUGCUUAAGGUUAAGUUUAUGUUCUCUAAAUGCUUACAUCUUCUCCUCUCCAAUCCUAUCUAUGAAUUGUGCUUCACAAGUUAAACCAGUUUAAUGUCAAUCCUUCGUUCCUGCUACUAUCCUUUACAUUGUUGGCUAUUUGAGAUGGCUUGUUUAUAUUUUACAUUUUUUCUUUUACUCUAGAAAUGAUAGUGAUAAUCUAAGAAUUGAUGGCAAAUCAAUAUCAUUUUAUUUAUUUCAUUAAAAAAAAAAAAAGUUUUCUUCUUAAACCUGAAUGUUCCUGUGACGGGAAUAAGUUAAAAUGUGAUCUGUAUCAAGAAUGGGUUGCAGUGCUGAGUGGAACUUGACAAUGUAAGGGGGAAUGUGUCCAUGACAAAAUGGAGUUAUCACUUGUUCUUUCCUUAAAGGAACAAUAUGGUGUUACGAAUGCAAAGCUGUAUUCCCAACUCUAGAGUGUCCCUCUGCCCCUGCACAAGUUAAAGGGUUAAAAUCUCUUUAAAUACUCACCUUAUUCCAGGUUCCUCAGUCUCCUCAGUCAUUGAGAGGAGAGGGAACCUAAAGCACAUUUACAGUGAGUGCUGUUUAUGCAUUAGACCUUUCCCAUAGGAAUGACUUUAAAGGAACACUAUAGGAUUAGAAAUACAAACGUGUAUUCCUGACCCUAUAUGUUGAAAACCACAAUAGGUUUAUGGAGUUUUUCAGCACGCUGCAAAGUCUUCUUUUCACUGAGUCAAACUUCUUGAAACAGCAGGAGAGUCUAUAGUGGCUGUCUGGUUGCCAGCCACUAGAGGCAGUCUUAACGCUGCAAUAAAAACACUAGUUUCUCUAAAACUGCAAUGUUUGCAGCUGCAGGGUUAAGGGGACUGCCAGGCAGACACUUUGAAUGAGAUGAUGUGGUCUGGGUGCCUAUAGUGUUCCUUUAAAAAAACAAAAACAAAUUUCAAAUGUGAAUUUGUAUUAAUGCUGUUUUGUAUGUAUGUAUUUUUUAUAUACCGGUACUUGUUUGCUAAAAGGGCAGAACUUUUAAUGUGUCUAUGCAUUAUCACAAGUCUAAAAAUACAAGCAGGUGUGUGAAGGGAGUUGCUCUUAAUACAGAAUGAUGAAAAUUGAUUUACCAACCGAAUUGCAAGUAACAUAAUGUAAUUUAGAAGUCUGGAGGUUAGAAAAUUCAUGAAUAAGGACCAGGUUCAGUACAAUGGAAUACAUUGCCCACAUAUUAUGGAUAUAUCUAGUCUGACACCAACACUUGAGAUAAAUCUAUUGCAUAUAGCAGGAUCAUAAUUCUAUAUAGCUAUGGGGGUAUAUAUGAUUCAAAUGCCACCAAGGGAUGCUACAUUGGGGAAACCACCAGGCAAUUAAAUGGCAGCACGAAGAUGCACAGACACACUAUUAAACACCAUAAAGAAUCUUAUUGCACUACCGUGGGACACCACUUUACCCAGCCUGACCACUCAAUCAAGGACCUUAAAGUCAAAGCGCUCAUAGGGAAUUUUAGAAACACCCAAGAAAGGAAAAACCGUUGAAGGCAGAAUGAUUCUAUUUUAUAACUGCAAGAAUAGAGGACAAAAUGUUGAUUUGGGUUUCCUAUCUCGCUACCAAAGUUUUACGUGACCCCCUCCCAUUAUUUAUCUUUCUCUAUUAUAUGCAUCCAUUUGUUAAAGGUACGCUAUAGCAAGCCUCGACAAAUUCCAGGUGCCAGGUCAGCAAGGCGACUAUGAAUUUGGUCCUUGCACCUGGGAUUUGUGAGCCCGUUCAGCUGAGGCAGCGAGGGAGCAUGCAGGUGCCAGCAGUGGGAGAGAGCGGAAAGGGCCGGGUGUGCCGAAUGAUGCGGGAGCUGUAAUUUUCGUGCUCUGCUCCUUCGCGCACUCUUCAGUGAUGCCAAGAGUCAGAAUAUGACAUCGCCCCAGCACCACUAAACCUCUAGGUUCUGGUGUCUAUAGUCUGUCCAUGCAGGUUUUUCAAUGUAAACACUGCCUUCUCAGGUGGCUACUAGAGGUGUUCCUGUCUUCCUAUCAGUGUGCAGCACUGGCAUUCAGCAUCUCCAUGCAGAGCGUGGAGACGCUGAACGUUCCUCAUAGAGAUGCAUUGAUUCAAUGAUCUCUGAGGAGAUGCGGAUUGUCACAGCCCAGCAUUUUGACAUCCGUGCACAAUAGUGUCCCAAUGCUUUAGUGUGUGUACGGUUUGGUUGUUUUAUGUUUUUGAUUCUCUCUCCCGAUCUCUCUCUCCCUCCCCGCCCCCACUCUGUGAUCCUUUACACAAAUUAUUCCGACCCUCUGUAAAAAUAGUACCUGUUUUCUAUCAGACCUGUGUCCUAUUUGCACUCGUUACUUUAAUCCCAAUGACUUCUCACAACUCAAUUCUGUUAUGUUUGCUCAGAAAUGCUUAAGACUUGAAGAAGGAAUGUUCUCCCGAAAGCUUGUCAUUCCAAAAUUCUGUUAGUCCAAUUAAAAAGGUAUUACAAGAUGCGAAUUUCAUCUGUUAUUUUACAUCAUAGAAAAGCAUUUGAUUGGACUGUUACACAGGCUCCGAGCGCAUUUGUCGACUCUGAACCAGUACAGUGAGGGAGGAAGUGAAAAAUAACGAACAAAGGGUAUAAGGAGACAGGGAGAGUUUAAAUGAAGAAGGGGUGGUGAUGAAUGGCUCAUUUUGCAGGUGCUGCCUGCAUUUGAGAAGCUCAUUGCAUCUUUUGCCAGCUUGGUAUGCAUUCUAAUAAAGAAAUGACAUUAGACCGUCCCAAACAGUGUUAUGGGCUGUCUAACGUGAGCUGGGGGUGCAGCUAGCAAAAUGUAUGUGUAGUAUUUCUCCUUGAAAUGCUCCACAUACAGACUUCUACUACCGUAACCACUUCUAAAAGCAGAAGUGGUCAUAGUGGUUGAAUUAAGCCUUUAAAGCCUUUGGCAUUGAAUGAGAGGUGGUGUACGUGUCAGUGUCUCAGUAACGGUGCCAGAAUGCAGAAAUAAUUAGUCCAACUCUUGGCAGUUCCUUAUAAACCUUUUCAUCAAUCCGUCUUUCACUUAUCUUAGAUUUUAAACUGCAAUGCUUUUAAAAUCCAAGUCAUAAAAAACAACAACAAAGUAUUACGCCAGAGAUUAAUCUGUUCACCCUGAAGUACCUUUUGAGCUCAUUCUGUUUUUCAUAGUAAAUGGGACUUUUCCAUCUAACAAAAAAACCAAUCCACAAUAUCCAAAACCUUUUAUCAUGAAAAGAAUAGUGAACAGUGGGACUACAGGUGCAUGAUCUUUACACCAAAAUUGCUGCAGUCGAAGUUAUUUUGGUGCCUUUACUAUCCCAUUAAGUGUUGUUUGGGAUUUUUCUAAUCUGCAUUUGAUCAUUUUGUAAACUGCCUUAGAUUACUUAGUGUAGUUGUAAAUACAUUAUUAAUAUUAAUGAAGCCUUAUGUUCACACAUAAUGUUGCACAGAGGAGGGUAUAUGGACUUUAAAGGGGUUCUCUAAGGACUACAACAUUCACAGAUCAUGGUAAAGCGUCUUUAAAGGGCCAAUCUAGGUACCCAGACCACUUCAGCUUAAUGAAGUGGUAUGGGUGCCUGGUCCAGCUAGGGUUACCCCAAUUUUAUUAUAAACAUAGUUUCAGAGAAACUGCUAUGUUUAUAAAUAGGUUAAUCAAGCCUCUAAAGCCUCUAGUGGCUGUCUCAUUGUGAAUGCUUUCCUAUGAGACUGGCUGCGCGCGCAGCUCCUGCCGCGCAUGCGCAUUCAGCCGAAGAGGAGGAGAGCUCCCCGCCUCGCACUGGAGAAAGGUGAGUGUUUAACCCCUUCCUCUCCCCAGAGCCUGGCGGGAGGGGGGCCCUGAGGGUGGGGGCACCCUCAGGGCACUAUAGUGCCAGGAAAAUGAGUGUUUUCUUGGCACUAUAGUGGUCCUUUAAGAGAUUUGUAUCUGCAUUUAUAUUAUCCUUUCUGUUAUGUCAUGAAUGGCAAACCUAUGGCAACAGUGCCACGGCCACCACUGGAACUGUGUAGCCUCCAAAGUGGUACUUGGCAUAUGUCUGUAUGGUAGCCAUUUCUGGGAUUUAAGUAAAUGAAAAAUUCAAUGUGCGACGACACCUUGGUGUUGAAGCUGGUAGCUGAUUCUUAAGGAGCAUCCCAAUUCUCAUGAAGAGAGGACAUUUUUUAAAUUAUUAUUUUGUUUUUUUUCCGCGUUGGUUACUUACUAUCAGGGGUAUAUGUAAAAACGGUUUGCAAAAGAUGCAGAUCUCUUUUCUGCAGCCUUUGCAAGCCGUUCCACUUUUCCACUGCUCAGAAUGUCAAAUUUCUGAAAUUUAAAAGUCUGAUUUUUGAGCUGCAACUUUGCAGGUAGCUAUGUAGGAUACAAUGACCAGCCAGGGAUGCACAGGUGAAUUGGCCAUCUGAAUUGGGAACAUACUCCAGUCUGUCUGAGUGCCAAGUGGUGUUUCUAUAAUUUUUAAAAGUGCCCAUUUCAAAUAGACAUUUGCACCUUUAUAAACUGCAAUUAACAUGGAAUACUUGUGAUUUAUAGAGCACUUGCCUGUGGAGUAGUUAUUUAAUUUCUGCAGAAAAUUUAGAAUUCAAAAACGUUUAUGUCUGAAGCUGACAUUUGUCAGUGUGCCUAACUGUGAUCCAUUCACUGCAGCUUAAAAUAGGUGAGGUGAUUCCGUGAUACCUUUAUUGAAUAUGUUGAACGAGGGCAUAGCCUUCAAUUAGAGGGGCAAAGUUUUAAAAAAUAUCAGUAAGUAUUACUUUACUGAGAGUGGAUGCAUGGAAUAGCCUUCCAGCUGAAGUGGUAGAGACACAGUAAAGGAGUUUAAGCAUGUGUGGGAUAGGCAUAAGGUUAUAUGUGUAAGAUAAGGCCAGAGACUAAUGAAAGUUAUUGAGAAAAUUGGGCAGACUCUGGCCGAAUAGUUCUUAUCUGCCGUCACAUUCUAUGGGGCACCUUAUCAAGUUAAUUGGUUUUAUCUCUGUUAUUUUGUUUAUUCAGUCUUAAUUUUUCUGUCAUCCUGUCACUUUCCCUAAACUCUGUGUUCUAUGCCUUGACACAUACUAGAUCGGUUUCUGGUACAGGCGUACUCUAAUUUGACCUUUUCUUCACAAUCCAUUCAUUAAUUUAAUAACCAGCCUGAUCUAUAAUCUGCUUUACAUUUUUUUUGUAGCAGAUGAAAAUAACUCUGGUAUAUCCAGCUUCGGUGUACUUGUUAAAUUACUGCUACAAUGUCACACAGAUUGCGUCGUAUAUCGGCAACAAAAUUUACAGCCUUUGCAGGUGAUAACAAAACAACUUAUUUUUUUCUUUUGGAGAGACACCUGGGAAGCUAAAUGUGUUGAAAAGCAGCAAAUGUUGUGAAAAGUGUUCACUCGUACCUGAUCCCAGCCAGUCUGGCAACAAUACAUUCCAAAUCUUAAUGCUGGAGAUAUGUUAAAAAGUUUACUUUGUCUGUCUACAAAAUAGGGUUUGAUUUUUACUUUUUUUUUUUUUUUCCUACUGAUGAAGACCUAUUUUUUGGGGGGUUUAUUUCAAUGUACACAUUGUUUGUGCUGAAUAAAUGUUUGUUUGAAAAGGAAACGUUAAUUUGUGACUUUAAUUUGGCAGGGUGUGGAUUCAGGGUUUGUUCCAAGUGUUCAAGACUUCGAUAAGAAGCUUGCAGAGUCUGACGCGUACCUACAGAUUCUCAUUGACCAGAUCAAGGUAUGUUUCUCUAUCUGAAAUACUGCGAAUCUGCUGUCAGAGCCUGACACAGGCUGCAGGUGUCGGGAAGCACUUGUUUUGCUACCUUUUUUUUGGGUGGGGGCACUUAAGACAUAUAUUCUAUUGGUAAAACUCUCAGCACUUUGUGUAUUCGUGUGCUUUAAGAUUGUAAUCCAUCCAUGUGUCACAGCAUUGAUUUCAAGGGGAAUACCGUGAAUAAUAUCACUAUUUGAACACAUUAAUUCUACAUACUGCCAGGCAGCACUUUCAAGAAUAUACAAAGUAAAAUAAUACUGUGUGCCACCAUUACUCAACACAUGUUUGACACAAGGGCAAGCUGAUCGAAUGUGAAAUUGAUUGAUCUUUAAAGUGCAUUACACAUAAAGUGGACCAUUCAUCAGCAUUACUUUAAAAAUAAAAUAAAUCCCAUAUUGUGGAAGCAAAACUUCCACCCAAUGCUUAGAUUAAAUGCUAAAGAUGAGGCUUAGCUUGAGGUGUAUGAUGUGAGCAGUGCAUGAUAUCUGCUCCCAUAAUGCUUUGCAGCAUUUCUACACUGAGGCCGUACUGUGGGAGGUUUAACCCCUAAAGGACCAAACUUCUGGAAUAAAAGGGAAUCAUGGCAUGUCAUACAUGUUAUGUGUCCUUAAGGGGUUAAGGAGAUGCACACACUGUGGCUGACAUAAUUGUAGUUUAUACCGCUAUGCCAGUAGUAUGCAAUGAGCUUGGAAAGGACAACUUAUUAUGUAUAGGUUUUUAUUUUGGCUAGCAAAAUGAAAUAGAAUUUUAUAGAAUGUCUCACUGACCGUUACAUAUGCUGAAAGGAGACGUGUGUCCAUAAAGUUCAACCUUCCUCACAUUUAUUUUUGUUGUUGAUCCAAAAGAAGGCAAAAAACCCAGUUUGAAGAUUCCCUCUUGACCCCAGAAUGGCAGUCAGGUUUAUCCUUGGACAUGUUUGCAUGAUCCUUUGAAAUCAAAUGCGUGAUCUAAGCUAUCCAUCCCUGGUGAUCUUAUCCUGCUAAACAGGGUUAGGGCUGGUAGGGGAGUACAAAGCUUUAAUGCUUAGUGGCAUUGUAGACAGGGUGUAAAUACAAUAGGUUCCUAUGCUCUGGUUUUAUAUUGAUUCUUCUAUUCCUUUUGUGAUUUAUUUAAAAAAUUUUUUAAAGUGUAGUUUUAUUUAUUACAUUGUACUGAUGCCCAUAGUAAUAAGUGUGUCCUGGCCCCCAGAAUGCUCCUUUGAGGGCUUUUAGUGUUUACUCCUGCCAUGAACAGAAUUUUGUGAUCUGAUUCCUUUUUCCGUGGCCUUUCUUUGAAUAAUAGUGAAUUAUCUUUAUUUUAUUUAUCACACUGUAUUUAUAACACUAGCUUGUAAGGUGUGUGUGGCGAGGUGGAGCUAGAUUGCAAUUUCCUUGCAGGAGUUGGUUGCUAUCAGAAUUAGCUUGUGAUUAGGGAGUUUCCUCAAGGCAAACCAAGCAUUCAGUAUUUCUGGAUCUACAGAGCACAGGUGGACGUGUUUUGUACUAUCGCUGGGACUGCAGUCUUUUCAUGGGAAGAAAUCCUUAAAAUGCCUUGAGAAAGCUCUGCUUUAUGAAUUUCUCUCCAGUAGAAGCCUGUUCAGGUGAGUUUCCAUGUGUUCUGGUGGUGUAGAUAGAUGGCCCCUUAAAUGGGAACUAGAAUUCAAAAUUCACUUUUUAUAUGUUGUAGCAUUUAUUAGUAUCUUAAGGGUUAUGGCCGUUAUCACUUUGAGAGCUGUCCAAAGUCUGGGUUUUUUUUUUGUAGAAUACUCUGGGAACACAGCAGCUCGCACAGAGGGGAGGAUAAUGAACCAGCACAAAUAAUCCAAUCCUUCUAGAUGCAUUGGCAGUUUGCUAAAUUGCAUGUAUUGCAAAUUUCAUUUUUAAUGCUAUUUACUCUUUACAGUACACCUGUAAUGACUGUGUAACAAUAUCCACUAAUACAGUGUGCAUUUUCAUCUACACAUUGUUCUUUGCUAAAUGUAUUGCUAGAAUUGCAUUUUAAGAUUUUGGAGUAAGUUACUUCGGACACUCUGUGUAUGAUGUACUGGGUGCUGACCUGUCCUUGCUCACUCAGCCUGUAUUGCCUUUCAAGGUAGGAUGACUUUAGGCAGAUAAUGUAAGAAAAGGGUGCCUGCAGAGUACCUGGGCCUUGGUCAUCAGAGAGCCUCACAUUUUUGCAAAAUUCUAAAAUGGUGUGGAUUGCACAGUGUGUGUUUGCGGUACAUGUAAUCGUGCAUUCAGAGUAGAAUGUUGUAGGGAUAUCUGCAAGUCAGUACAGGUGUAAGCGACUAUCUGCAAGACGGGGCAAGGGAUGUUAAUGCCCAAACAAUUCAUGAGCUGAGUAUAGUUUUAUUUCUAGCUGAGCGUAGUUUGUCAGGACUGUGACUGACUUUAACUGCCACUUGUGUUGUUCUCUCUGUCAAGCUAUGUUCGCUGCUUGUAAUUGAUUCAAUGAUCGUUUUAAAAAUAGCUACAUGUUUUCACUGAGCAUGCGUUCUGUUAUCUGAUUGAUGUACAAACUCGAAUAGUUACGGCUAUUUCCCCACUCUUAGUGCUUGAAUCCGCAUCUGCAGUAUAAUAGCUCUCAGUGCUUUACAGGCUUGGUCGCACACAGACUUAAACUGCAGCCGACGCUACAAUCCUUUGAAUGUUGGAUGGAUAUGUGAAAGUGCACUUUUUCUUGGCUGAACUGUCAUUAAAUUAAAUCCGUAAUGUAUUGUAGAGCAACAAAACAAACUUCCAUUAGUCAUAUUCUAGAGUAAGUUGACGUCACAAUCUAAUGAACCAAACAACCAGUCACUGAAUGUUUGUUUUUUCUCUCUAUCGUCAUCGAUUCUAACAUGUUGGUCAGACUUUCUGGGUAAACUAGCAUGCGGACAUGUAAAGAAGAGCGUACACCCUCUAUGAAUUAUUGGGUUUUACGUAUCAGGACAUUAUAAUCUGUUCCUUAGCAGGUCUUAAAAUUAGGUAAAUACAACCUCAUAUGAACAACACAUGACUUAUUACACCGUGCCAUGAUUUAUUUAUCGAGAAUAAAGCCAAAAUGGAGAAGUACACCUUAUGAUUCAAAAGCUUGUAGAACCACCUUUAGCAGCAAUAAGAGAAUAUAUUUAUAUCCUCAUAUAAAAAAAAAUGGAAAAAGAGAGUGAGACUAGCAAGUCUCAGUAACCAUAACUCUAAUUUGAGAUAAUGUAUCAGAAUUUGUCAAGGGAUGCACAGGUUCCAUAGCAAUGCAUUUCUUAAAACUUGAAUACAACAGGGAUAAAAUUAUCACCCCCUCACGCCCCACACACACCCUGCUCUCGUAUUCCUGUAGUCAGGCCUAGAUUCCCCAGCAUGACCUCCAUUCGGCAGUGAGACUGUGAGCCCCUCAAGCCCAGAUCAUAUGUCCACAAUGCUAGGAUCUACUUCAGUGAGCAGAGGGACGAAACGCGUCUUUAUUUACCACAUUUUAAGACCUGCUAAGGAACAGAUGAUUGUUAGUACUUCCUCUUUGAAUUCCAUGGUUUUACAUUACAGGACAUAUCUAUUUCCCAUGACUGUAUAUCCCCAUUGAAUUGGCCUCAGUCUGGGUUAUUCACUUAACUGAGAAUAUCUGGAGAUGAAAUCUGUAUUGAAAAACAGAGGCACAUAUUGCUGAUCAAGAAACCUUUGUUGCCUCUGGUUCUCCAUUCUGAUUUAGAAACAUUCAGAGAAUAGUGAAUAGCCCUGCAUGAUCCUGCAAAACAGGAACACGGCCAAUGUUAAUGAGGGGGUUUUGUUUUAAGGCUCUUUAAAGCAAAUAUUUCCUUCCGCUUUAGUUGUUUCCAUUGCAUUAGAUUAGUGUAAGUCUUAGUACUGUGCGAUGCCUAAAAUACAAAUUGCAAUAAAUUAUUUAUGAAACUAGUUCACAAAGCAUCUUCUUUUUUCCUUCUUUAGUUGUUUGAUGACAAAAUUCAAAACUGCAAGGAUGAUGAACAGAGGAAGGCAAGUACCACUCCAAGUGGGAAUUUAUAUAGAAGCAUUAGAAUUGUGGGCUUUUCAUUGCAUUUGCCAGUAGUAGAAUUACGUAUAGCCCUUCAUAUUGGGUUUAAAGUGCUAUGUCCUCAAAUCGUCACCCAGCCCAUGCAUCUCGCUCUAGCUCCCUCAAACUACUUAGUCUUUUUUGUUUUUUUUCCUGCUCGUCCCACUGGCUCGUCUCUUGCUCUGCUGCUUUUUUAGCAGUCACCCAGCCUAAUGGGCAUGCACAAAUUGCAGGGUUCACCAUGCCUGUGGAGGACCUCCGUUAGCUUCCCUGUGUUGACUCUAGGGAUCAUGCAAGAGUCAACAAGAGGAUCCAUGAUGUGACACUGGAGGGAGGGGAGUAGAGCGCUUGACAGCUAAUGACAAGGUUGACAAUGGACAUGGAGCUUGACUAAAGCUACACCAACUGUCAACUCUUAUAAACCACAGGUUGGCAGUAGUCCCUAGUUUUUCUUAUGUAUAGCUUUAAAUAUAAGCAUAAAUGAAAUAAAAACCGGGAGGCUUGUGGGCAUGCCAUAAAGGGUGUGGAAAGGUGAGUUUUUUUAAAUACAUCUGCUGUUAUGAUGAAGUCAAAUGAUACCCUGCACGAUAUGGGAUUCCCUUGUGAUGGAUCAGCAGAUGUACGUUAUAAACAUGGUGUUCCCUAUAGGAUUAGUCACGUGUCCGUUCUGAAACUAACAUCAGCAGAGCUUUCACAGUGCGCCCCAUUGUAUAUAUAAACCCAAUGUCUAGGGAGAGGGUGCAGCUGCUGGCAGUGUAUGUAUGCUAGCAUAAGGGUUUGGGUGGUUUUUAUGGUUUUCAUGUUUUUGUUUUUUUAAAUUUUAUUAGUCGAUCAAUUUGCCUGUGAUGUUUUUUUUUUAAAAGAAAUAAAUAAAACAUAAGUGUUAUGUGUAAACCUUUUCAGGUGUUUUGAUGUGAAGUUGUGCUGUUACAGUCACUCGCUGUAUUGCUAAUGCAGACAAAUAGGCAAAUGUAUUGGACUAAAAUGUCCAGCAGCAAUGUUUUAAGCUUCCAGAGCAACACAGAUUUAUACCCGAGUCUCCGUAAUAAUUUUAGUCUCCUUUUGCUCUGGACUAAUCAUAAACUGCAAUUUGUUGUUGACAAUCUGUUUUGCAUUUACAGAGAAUUGAAAAUCUUAAGGACACCACAAGUGUAAGUAACAUUGUUGCCUAUUUUUAACAAACAACUUCCCCCCUGUAAAUUAUAUUUAUGGGUAUCUUAUUUGAAUUUAUGGGUGGUUAGGGGGAGGUAGACAACAUUUUUAAUCAAGGUCUUCCAGUGUGAGAGCACUCUGUAAACCAUACAUAUUUUGUUUUUCCAUUUUGCUUUUGAAUGUCCCCAUAAUAUUGUCCCAAAAGAUUUAGAAUUCAUCGUUAAACUGGCGGCUUUACAUUUCAGGAGAUUAAUCUUUAUUAAGUGUUAACAUAGGGAUAUAGAGAGGUGAUGUCCAUGAUCUGUUAAUGAAGUUAAACACUGCAAUAAAUCCAUGGAUACUGCAUUGUUAAUGUACUUCGCGUUACAUGCUUUGUUGUGGUAAGGUUACAUAGUGAUUAUAAUAUUAAUAUGUCUGUUUUGUAGAGCAUGGUAGAAUCAAUCAAACACUGCAUAGUUUUGCUGCAGAUUGCAAAGGUAAGUCACCUUACCAUAUAAUGUAUGUAUUGGUACUACACACAGCAGUCCCUCCAAGCACGCAUUUCCUACGUCUUUGUCUUUUGGGGAUUUCUUUUAGAAAAUUUUUCUUUUCUUUUUCCGUGUAAGAAAUGUAAACCCUCCUUCCCGGUCAGGGAAAGUUAACCUGGAUAGGCAUAAGGCUAUCCUAACUAUAAGAUAAGACUAGGGACUAAUGAAAGUAUUUAGAAAAUUGGGCAGACUAGAUGGGCCGAAUGGUUCUUAUCUGCCGUCACAUUCUAUGUUUCUAUGUUUCUAAAACAAUGUCUUUAUCAUUUUUCAGCCCUGUUGGUCAAUUACAACGUGGCCACAAACAUUCUCCUUUUUUAUGAAAUUGAAAAGUAUAUGUGUGUGUGAGUACACCUUUUUCUUUUUUCCCCCCUCUAAAUUGUGGGAAAAUGUAGCAUGGUUAAAUAUCCCUGGUCGGUGAUAUUUAAAUUUCCAGGUUGGAUUACAUUUUCCCUCUUGUUGCAUUACUUUGUUAAUCCAUUUAUUAUCCAUAUUUAGCUUGUUUAAAUAAAUAGAAUCAACUUGUCCGUCAUGGCAAGGAUAUCUUUCUUUAACUAUAUACCGUAUUUUUCGCUCCAUAAGACGCACCUCACCAUAAGACGCACCUAGUUUUUAGAGGAGGAAACCCAGGAAAAAAAAAUAUUCUGAACAAACUGUUCCAUAGUGUUUCUUACUAUGGGACAGUUUGUUCAGAAUAUUUUUUUUUCUCCCCUGUCCCAUAAUGAUCUUUAACCCCCCUUUCCUCUGUCCCAUAGUGAUUGUUAACCCCUCCUCCCCUGUCCCAUAGUGUUCUUUAACCCCUCCUACCCUGUCCCAUAGUGUUCUUUAACCCCUCCUCCCCUUGUCCAUUAGUGUUCUGAUCCCAUAGUGUUCCCCCCUCCCAUUGUCCCAUAGUGCACUUUCCCUCCCAUAGUGUCCCCCCCUCCCCUUCUCCCAUAGUGUCCCCCUCCCCUUUUCCCAUAGUGUCUCUCCCUCCCCUUCUCCCAUAGUGUCUCUCCCUCCCCUUCUCCCAUAGUGUCUCUCCCUCCUCCCCAGUGUCUCCCCUUCUCCCAUAGUGUCCUCUCUCCCUUUCUCCCUAUAGUGUUCCCUCCUCUCUUUUCCCAGUGUCUCCCUCCCAGUGUCUCUCCUUCCCUCUCCCUCUCCCUUCUCCCCCAUAGUGUCCCCCCCUUUUCUCCAUAGUGUCCCCUCCUUUCUCCCAUAGUGUCUCCUCUCCUCCCUCCCCUAUAGUGUUCCUCCUCUCCCCUUCUCCAUAUGUGUCUCCCUCCCCCUUCCCUAUAGUGUCUCCUCUCCCUUUCUCCCUCCUCCUAUCCCAUAGUGUUCCCUGCUCCUUUCUCCUAUAGUGUCUCUCCUCUCCUAUAGUGUCUCUCCCCUUUCUCCCGCAGUGUUCCCCUCUUCCCUGGUAUUUCAGCCCGGCGUUCGGCAUCUUGUAGAUAUCACUGGAAGUACUGAGUGUGUACUUUUAGUCCCGCCGGAAACCGGAACCUGAAAUAGAAGUUCCUGGACCGCGGAGCGCGCUGUGAAGCCGGCCCACGCUCCAAGACAGGUAAGUAAAUCUUCACAUUCGCUCCAUAAGACGCACAGACAUUUCCCCUCACUUUUGAGGGGGAAAAAAGUGCGUCUUAUGGAGCGAAAAAUACGGUAUAUGAUUUUUAAGGCAUUAUGUAAAUUUUAAAUAAGAGAACCCUAAUCCUUCCUGACUUUUUAGUUGAACUAUCACAGUCUGAAGGCCAAUUUGCAGUUUGAUUGACAUCACAAAAUGAACAAAGUCAAAACUGUAGAAACCUACAAUCUAGUGUUGGAUAAACUCUUGACUUUUAGAGUUUGGGUGUCGCCAACUAUUAAUAUGCAAAUUAGACACAGUCACCCAUUUCAGUGCUAGUAAAUAUUUUCUUAGUCUGUAGACAGGGCUGAGGACUUCCCAGUAUUAGUGACUUAGUACGGUUAUGAGAGAACCUUGCUAGCAGCCACAAUUAGCACACCUUAUUAGCGAUCACUUUCUAUCCUUACUCAUAGUACAAAUUCAAUCUGGUAUAUUGCUUUAUGUGCUGCUGGUACUGUUAUGUACAUUAACAGAAAGUAUUGGGCUGCGGCCUUGUGAAUCGGAGCCCAGUAUUUAGUUACUGCUUUGAUUUGUCUUCUAUUUAAAUUUAAUACCUCUGUGAGUUGAGUUGUUCUUGUGAAUGAUUUGUUUGCCCUGUGCUUCCUGAUCUCAGUAUUUCUUAAUAGGAUUACAUUAAAGGGACAUUGAAGUGAUCUGGGUGCACUGACCCCUGUCCCCUUAACUCUGCAAUGUUAAUUAUUGCAGUUUCACGCUUAAGACUGCCUCUUGUGGUUGUAAAUCAGACCGCUUCUAAGCACCUCCUGGUGGUUAGGCGACUUUGGUCUCUCUGUAUGAGGACAUCCAGCAUUUGUAAAAUCUCCAUAGGAAAGCAUUGCUGCAGUGCUUUCCUAUGGGAGGGCCUAAUGCACUUGCGGCGUUUAGAGUGCUGACCCAGUACCGAGGGACAUUGGCGCUGGUAUCGGGUAAGUACAAUAAGCACAGCGGCGAGGGAGCUAUAGUACUAGGAAUACAGUUUUUUUUCCUUUUAAAUUAGUGGCUAGGUAAGUCACUAAAUGUUGUUUUUAUUCAUACAUCAAGUGAGAAGUGAGCAAUGAGGGGAGGGGGGUUAUUUCUAAAUAUGUAUUGUAUGUGUGUGUAUAUAUAUAUAUAUUUUUUUUUUUUAUUUUUUUUUUUUUUACUUUAUUAUAAUUAAAUUUUUACUGCUAAUCCUGUUACUUUCUUUUUAUCGCUUGAUUUGUGAACCAGAUCGCAUGUAAUGCUCUUAUCAGUGCACUACAUAAUAUAUUAUGUAUAUAUUUUGCAGAAGACUGGCCCAUUUUCGCAUCCUUUAUUUUGUUCUGUUCUUAUUUGGCACACUAAUCCAAAUCUUGGGUAAUAAAUUCUGCUGAGGCAAACAUUCUUUUGUCCUGAAAAACUUUAUAUUUUGGGGGGUGUUCGGCUGAGCCAUUUUUUCUUGCAGUGCUCUAGUGUCCAUGCACCUGAAAUAUUGUAUCUGAGUUUUUGGCUUAGAAAAGACACAGGCAUGGUCUAGCUUUACACAGUGGGGUAAAGAGAACCAACCUUAUCUACAAGGGCCAGUGAACCUCGAGAGCCACAAAGAAUUCAGUUAAUCGGUUAUUAAAGACAAUCCGUUAUCAAAGACUAUUCACCAAGCAGAAGUGCAGGGUAAACCAUGUAACAUGUUACGUGCUAGUGGUGAAAUUGGUUUGUUUCUGGCAGAUUCAAUACAUUUUCUGCAGUCCGUAAGUAACAGAUUUAUGGUGAAAGUUAUUUCUUAUCAUUUUAGUUAUUGGCUCUUAUUUUGAUGUCAUUGUUCAGUACUAUUCUAAGCAGUGGCGGUUUGUGAGUAAUUAAAAAAUACCUCAUUUAUAAGAUGUGCAAAUCAGCCAACAAAAGGAUAAAUAUUUUAAGAGAACACCUGCAUAUUAAUUAGGCGAUGGCUUGCUAAUUACAUCUCCCUUUUAAACGUAAUCCAGCUAUUGCAUUUAUGGUAAACUAGUCUUUGUAAAAUGUUCCAUUAAAUCAAGGCAAUUCUAUAAGCCAUAUUCUAAUCCUCCGCACGGCUGGGAAAUGCAGUCGUGUACAUAGAGAACCGUCAAUACUGUAUUUAUUUACUUCCUGAAAUUCACUUUAUUGCAAAACCUCAAUCAAUAAUCUAUCUUGCCACUCACCGCUGACUGUGCUGCAAAGCUUGCCUUGAUAUUCUUUCUGUAGACUUAACCAUAGGUUAGGUAUGAGAUUCAUAUCUCCUAACCCUUGACGUAAAUCUUUACUGGAUUCUGUAAUUCUCUCACAUACUUUAUAAAGCAACAUGGACACAUUUUAAGGGGUGUUUAGUGCAUGCCACAUGGCCACAUUACAACCAGCAAGGAAAGUAGAUAUUGCUAAACUUGUUUUUUUAUUCUGUUAUAAAUGUUGUGGAAGACAUGUGACUUCCUUUUAACCAUGGCACCUUGAGGAAGAUAAUUCAAUGUUUUCACACUACAAAUAUCACAUUCACGGACAUGUUCACUAAAGUGUUAACGGUCAGUGAUUCAGAGUAAAUAGCCACACUUUGUCCAGUUUUCAUAUUUUGGCCUAAAAUCUGAUGUUAAAGUUGAUUUCCUGACAGAUCAGAUUUUGGCAAGUAAUCCUAUUAGUUGGAAAGUAAUUUAUUUAUUUAUUAAAAAUUUUCAUUCAGCCUUUGAGUGGCAUAUGUAGAGUGUUUGACAUUAAUCUGUCUGUCUUUUUUUUUGUGUCCAUACAUAAGUAAAUUUUUCUUGUUUGCGGUAUGUCAUUAUAAAACUUCUGUGGGACCCAAUUGGUUGGAACAGUCACAUAGCAUCCAUCUCAUUCCAGGCAACUUCCCACAAUAAAUUGUUUAAUGUAGUACACUACCUUCCCCAGAGCAAAGCAGACCCAUUUAACACUGAGAGUAGUCUAAUAAAUCUGUUUCUCACAAUUGAUUUCAGUAUAUAUUAUAUUACAAUUGAAGAAUUGGUGCCUGAGUUAUUUAGUCGUACAAUUGAUGAAUGUGUUGCCAAGCCAAUUCAAUGUACUGAAUAUGGAUCCCUUCCAGAAAAGGUUAGGAACGUUGCAGUAAAUCACAUAUGAACUGCUUUUUUAAGGAGGGGGCCAUAGUUGGUGGGUUAUUAAUUUUCAGUAGGUGAUUGAUCCGGGCAAAUUUUUAAUUUUAUAAAACAAACUUAGAUUUGUGUGUGCUUUAAUCAAGAGGAAUAUGCUUAUCAAUUCUAUCAGUAUACCAAUUUGAUUUUUUUUUUUUUUCAAUAAAACAAAGCUGCUACAACACUAAAUGUGUAAUUCUCCCCAAACCACACACACUUAUUGCAUAUACAGAAAAUAAUGGCACGCUAUCUUGGUGUAACACAUAUGUACUAAAAGACACUUAGCUUAAUUCGUUAUUGAGGAACUAUAAUUCUGUGUGUUCCUUUAAAUUGAGAAAUACACUGCAAUAUUUUAAAAAUAGUAAAAACAACUGCAUGAUAUAUGAAAAAGCCAAUUGCACACUCACAAUUUCCAGAGCUAUGUAACCUAGCUCUGGUAUGUAUCGCUUAUUGGUCCGUUCUGGGUUACCACCCCCCUUCUGGAUCUUGUAGUGAAUUUUUAAUUUAAUUUUUUCUUUGGCUUAUGUCUGCCGCUGUCAUAAGGUACAGUGACUGGGGUAACUUUCUGUAAUAUUACGAUUUAUAAAGUGCAAUCAAAUAGCGCUAAACAAUAGGCGGACUAACAGACCUGUAAUUGCAACAAGACGAGCUGGACGCACAGGAACAGAGGGUGUUGAGGGCCCUACUCUGAGCUUACGUUCUAUAGUGAGUGGGGUAAUUGGCACAAGAGGUAAGGGAAGGAUGUAUUUCAUGUAUGGGGGAAAAGUAAGUUGCUAGAACAGUGACGGGCUAGUUUUGGAUGACACGAUUGCAGAAUAAGAAGCAGGGUGGGAGCCCUAUAUCUUACAUGAAGCCAAUGUAAGGACUGACAUAGGAGGGAGGUGGGGGAGGUUCUGGCGGAUAGGAAGAUUAGCCUCGCAGUCGCAUUCAUUAUUGAUUGUAACGGGGCAAGUUGGGAACACUUAAGACCAUUGAGAAACGGAUUGCAGUAGUCAAGGCGAGCGAUGAUAGCAGCAUGGAACAGCACCCUGACCGCAUCUAGCGUUGGAUAAGGACGCAUUCUAGCUAUGUUUUUGAAAUGGAAGCAGCAGCAUUUGGCAAGGGACUGUACUUGAGCGAUGGAGAGGUCAGAGAACACCUAGUUAGCAAGCCUGCGAGGUAGAAGUGAUGGUAGCGCAGUUGACCUGGAGGGAGACAGACACUGGAGUGUCUUGAGGGACGAAAGACAAGAAGCGAUGUUUUGGACAAGUUUAAGGAAAUGAGCUGUCAUUCAGUUGGAAAUAGCAGAAAGGCAAUCAGAGAAACGAGUCAAGAAAGACAGCGAGAGAGCAGGAGAGGACAGAUACAUUGGUGUGUCAUCCACAUAGAAUUGAUAAUGAAGCCAAAACUGCUGAUGGGUUUAUCGAGGGAGGUAGUAUAGAUUGAGAACAGUAGGGGAGCAAGGACAGAUCCUUUGAGAACUCUCACAGGGAGGGGUUUCAGAGGAGAGGAAGAGCCAGAAAAAGAAACUCUGAAUGUGUGGUGGGAGAGGUAGGAGGAGAACCAUGGGAUAGGCAUAAGGCUAUCCUACUAUAAGAUAAGGCUAGGGACUAAUGAAAGUAUUUAGAAAAUUGGGCAGACUAGAUGGGCCGAAUGGUUCUUAUUUGCCGUCACAUUCUAUGUUUCUAUGUAACCAGGAAAGUGUAGAGUCUCAUAGACAGAUUACUGAGGAUGAGAAGUUGUUGAGUUUUCUUCUGAUCUGAAGCAUGGUACGUUUUAACUAAAACUGUGGGAGAGAGCGAUAUAAUAGGGUCAAAUAUACCUGCAAUACAUUUAUGGAAUGGGGAGAUGCACAAAUAAGGUGAUAGUCAAGCAAAAGCAAACAUUUGGGUAGGUAUCCAUAAAAGAAGAGGAGGAUGCAGAAAUCAGAGAAACGUCUCUAGAGAGAUGUACAGUUGUGGUGCUUAGAGAAUCCAUUUAAAGGGACCAAUCUAAGCAGCACAACCACUACACUACACUAUGCCAGAAGUCUCUUGGCUCAAUGCCGCUUCUUUAUUUUAUUUUACAUUUUUUUUGUUCUGUCAUAUUGUUUGAGAGUGGUUGAAUCCCAGGAAAAAGCCCCAGGUUUUGUCAAGAGAAAACUUCCCCACUGCCCCUUUGAUAACACGGAAUGUACUCUUUACAGUAUCUGUUUUGUAGAACUUAGUUGGUAGUGAUAGGCUGUAACUGCUAGGGGUGGGAUUCAUACAUUUCACCGGUCAAGCAGGUAAAGAUUCCAAAGACCAGAAUCUAACAACCAUAUUGAAGUUAUUUAUCCCUUUUAACGAUGCCUGUUCCUGGCUCUUCUUGUGUUUGUCUCAUCACUUAUUUAGUCUCUGAGUGCGUCUCAUAGAAUACAUGGUCUGAUUGAGUUUCUCUGUGAUGUUACUUCAUUUAAUGAAUGCACCUGCUACAUAUAUACACAAACUAUUAUUGGCCAUUACAUUUUAGUGCGUUCAUCCAUAAGUGGAUGCGUACUUUAGGAAUUCUCCAUAAAACACCUUUCUUCUAAUGGAUCUAGACUUGGGUAAAGUGCUUCUCUUGGAAGGGAUUGCUGUGUUAAUGUCUUUCCGUGUUACACUAUUGCUGCUUACGUUGACCAUAAAAUUUUAUCUGUAGAAGAUGAUGCAGUCUUUGUUCACUUCCUGGUUCAGAAGCUGUUGUACCUGCCCUAACCUUUACUGCAUGUUCACCUUCUUAACAUUUCUUUUCUUAAGGAUCAAACUAAUGAGGACAAGCACGCAGAUGGACUUAUAGUAAGUUUACACCUAAUGUUUUACUUCCCUUUCUAUCUACAGAACUCACCUGAACCCAACGAAAUGAUCUUCCUCCCCCUCCUUUAAUUUAGCAUUCUUCACCUCCCCUGCAAAAUCAGCACUCGCAGUAAAGCAGGGAUGGUGGUCUCCAGUUUAAUUUUGGGGAUGCGAUGAAUCCAAGUUCCUAGUGUUUGAAUUUGGAACAAAGCAAAUCAAAGUUCUUGCAGAUUUAAUCCACACAUAUAGCAAUAAAAUGGAUCAAGUGACCAUAACAUGUAAACAACUACAGGAUCCCAUGGGACCUGGGGCCAAGCUUAUAUCAGUGUCAGUUGCAUUAAUGGACCUCCAAAGUGACCCCUAACCUAUUAUUUUAAGGUGGCAUUUGCAAAUGUAUGUGUAUGACAAGAUUCCACUUGGAAAGAAAUAUAAUUUAAUCUAACUGUUGAAAUUGAGUAAAAGAUGUUUGGAAAAUAUAACUCAAACUCAGCUUGCCUAUAUCAUAUGUCAUAUAACUCACUUAAGAUGCUGGCUAAGCUUCUUUGGAACGGAUAAAUUAGAUUACCAUUUACUGACCGUGUUAAAUGACUUCCAAAGUAAUCACAAAAGUAAAUGUCACCUUUGAAUCAUACCACCUAAAAAGCAGUUUGAAGUGUUUAUAGUGAAAGGUAUUCUCUGGAGUAAGUAACACCCUUUCACCAAUCUAUGCACAUGGAAUCGUGGGAAGGAGCUGAUUUACAUAGAAUGCCAGACUGUGCCUUCAAAUCAGAGAAAAAAAGGCAUGUUCUUUCCAACAACUUAAGUAACAAACAAAAAACUACUAAUGGCUUAUGUUCUGUGAGACAUGUGCUGCUGCACCUAAACUGGCAGUUCAUCUUAAAAAAUGUAUUGAAAUUGGAGUUUGUGGAAAGAAGAGCAAGCUUAACUCAAACUUCAAAUGUGCAGGACAGAAAAUGGAGGCACAGCUGUAAACUUUUGCAGUUUAAUGAUCUGAGCCCUGUACUGCUGGGGAGGCACCCGUCAGACUCCAGGUAAGAAGUCGAACCAUUCUAAAACGGUUUGACUACUUACAAAAGGGGGGUUGCCAAGCAUACUGUAUGGCGAUAUGGUAAUUGUAGUGAUCACUUUUAACCCCUUAAGGACACAUGAUGUGUGACAUGUCAUGAUUCCCUUUUAUUCCAGAAGUUUGGUCCUUAACGGGUUAAGGUGUACAUUUUAGCUUUUAUCCAGCUACAAUAUACAAAGUUACUAUAUUCUCUUUACUGUCCUAGUUUAGUAUUUUGCUUUCACUCUAUUUGGUCAGUAUUGGAAAUGUACCCUUGUGUAAUUGGUUUUGGCUAUGGGUGACAUUCUCUCUGUCUUCCCCAAGGGCAAUGUAAAUUAUACUUCCGAUCAAAUUCUUGUAUGAGUUGAUUUAGUGGUAAAGGGAAUGAUUGAUGCAUUUUCACAAAUUAUGCUAAAAUAGGACUGAUUUUGUGUUUAAUUUACACAUUUCAUUCUUUUAUAAAAAAAAAAAUAAUUGAAUAGAACGAGAGUCUUCUAGGUAAGCAGGAAAUCCAUCCUGCAGCACCCCUAAUAUUUUGGAAUUACCCAGUUUGUGUAUUGUUAAAGGGGAACACAUGUUGCAUAAUGAUUGUUAUUCUAUGGAAACGCAAUAACCGUUUAGAUUCCUCUGUGUCGCCUUAUAUGUAAUGUAUAUAACACACCUAGGAAUCUGCUUGUGGAUUUGCCACACAAUCAGGGUUUGUUAAAAUAAAUUGGUUUAUGUGACCUGUAUGAACAGAUUCAAAUUGGAUAACUAACUGUAUACUGAAUAUAGGGUUAUCAUUUAUAGACCCAAAACAUCAAUAGGAGCAGACCGUGAUGCUGACCAAGCACUACAAGACCAAGUCACAUGGUUUCAUACGAUGCAUCUCUGUCUGACAGCCAUUCACUACAGUGAGAACUCAGUGAACUUCAAAUUUAAGGUCAAAAUAGCCAAACUGGAAACAUUCUCUAAAUCAGCUACGCUUUCAGUUCAGCUAAUCUGGCCUUACGUUUGAGUUCAGUUAGUAAUAACCGUGUGAGUGGUUCUUGGGGAAUAGUUGUGAACACAUAACUCCAUUCUUUAGUGCCAGGAAAACCCCAUCAGUCACUUACCACACUUCUCCCUGCCAAUGUCAGUCUGUGGUUGAGACCUAAUGAGCAUGCGCGGCAAUGGCCGCACUCACAUUCGUAUCUCCUCAUAGGAAAGCAUUAUUAAAUGCUUUCCUGUGGGGAAAAAACUGACGCUGGAAGUACUCAUGCAGGGCGUGAGGACGUCCAGCGUCCGAUAACGAACCAAAGGUCCAUUUGGAUUCCGAAAGUCCCUCUAUUGGCUGUCUGGUAGAUCAACUGCAAUAAUUACCACUAUAGGGUUAAGGGACAUGGGACAUUGCACCAGACCACUUCAAUGAGCUGAAGUGCUCUGGGUGCCUACAUUGUCCCUUUAGCAAAGUUCUACAUGUGGGAAAAAUCACGCAGAAUCUAUUGGUUUCCUUGGUGAUUGCUCCAGGUUUAGAACCAAUGUUUAUGGUUUUUCUUUUUCUAUAAUACGUUUCUGUGAUCUCAGACUUCCCAAACCAUUCACCUGAUGCUCUUAUUUAUCCCAAUUUGCUCUAAUUUCCACCACAAGGUUUAUUUGCUAAAUGUUAAUCAACAAUUUUUGAUGUGAAUCUCACUUAUGUUUAGUUCCCUUUCAAUUCUCCAUCCAGCAAUCCUGCUGGACCAACACUGUAUUUAUUCUGGGGGAGUGAGGGUUGUUUAACUCUUUUUAGAUCAGUGGAUUUGUUAAAUCCUGUUAUAAUGUGCACUAGAGCCCUUUCUGUGAAUCAUUGUUUUCCCGAUGGCUUAGAAGUUCCACUUUAAAUGUUAACCCUUUAAUGUCCAUGACAGAAUGAUUCCAGUCUAUAUACAGUCCGCUUAUUUACAAUAAAGCGGCAUGUCAAGUAUGGACAGCUGUGACAGCUAUUUGCUCAUAGAGUAGCUUCAUUCAUAUUUUCAUGAAUGAAUAAUGAGAUGAUGGUGGGAAUGUAACGGGAUUGCAUGUAAUAGAGCAGUUCCAUUACACAGUAUCUCUGCGUUAACAGAAACCUUUUAUAUUUGAAUAUGUUUAUUUUUUUUUUCUAUUUUGUGUUAGAUAUAUAGAUAUAUAUAUAAAAUGUGUGUAUAUUUGGAUUGUGUGUGGCUGCCUAUCUGUGUAAGUUGCCUUUUAUUACCCUUUCUGAUAUGUACAUGAGAUAUUGGUAGGCCACAAAUGGGAAAUGUAAGCCGCAUCUCUUGCACAUUAAUAGACUGCGCACACAUUGCUGAUCCGGGCCGUACAGUGCAGAAUGCGUGUUCUGCUUCCACAUAGAAACAUGUCAUUACUCCCUAUUACUGGCAAAGGAAGCAAAAAAAACCCUAAAUUAGUCCAUAAAUGUUACCAGUUAUUUAACUUCAUUGCAAAGUGUUUUUUAGUUACACAAAUUAAUAUAUCCGUUUAUAGCAGCCCUGUGGAGCACUGUAAUGCACACACCUGCCAAACUGUUCUAAGGAAAAAAGUAAGAUUUUGGUCUCUUGAAGUGAUUGUACUACCAAGACAAGAGACCCUUAGUAGGUUUAAUGUAACGUAAAUUAAUCUUCAUUGUAAUAAGUAGGUUACUUUCUGCAGCUUCAGUUAAAUUGCUGUACUUUAUUUAAAAAAUAUAAUCUAAUUAUAUAUCACUUGCUUUCUCUGACACAACCAGUCUACAACAAGCAGGAACACAAUUUUUUAUCUUCAUCUUAAAACAUGUUUGCCUUCUUAUGCAUUUUUAUAAUGUUACUUUCUCUUGUGUUGUGAAAACUGCUACUGAGGCUGUGUCAUCCUACCUCUGACUGUUCCUGAAUUUGUUUAGUAGUUCAAGUCUUUUGAAUGUGUAGGUGGAUCCAGCAGUGCCUUUACUUGUCCUCUUGAUCUCCUCCCAGUAAGAUCAAGUGGUGCCUCUAGUUGUGGGUGUGCAGUGUUCCUCUCUUUUCUCCUUGCAGUACAGUCGAAAAAUCCCUUUAGUUGUGACGUACAGCUGCUCUGUCUGAUCAUGUACAUAUCUUUUAUUGUCUCUCUCAGAGCACCAUAAAUCCAGUGGACUCCAUUUACCAGCCUACACCCUUGGAUCCACCAGUGAGCUGCACGAUGCCAUCACAAACUGUCCCAAUGCCAGGUAAAUAUUAAACAUUUUUCCAGUACUUCCAUUACAACGUGCCAUGGGUUACAGAAACAUGGGAGAUUGGCUAUAACAUUUUCGUAGAUGUGUCUGGCUUUUACUCUGCAGUAAGAAUGUUCAAUGCAAUUAGGUCAAUUACAGCUGAUGCCCUCCAGGAAUAAUAAUUUACAUAUCCUUUUUCUUCUUAUUAGUCAUGUGGUGCAGAUUUAAAUGAUGGAUAAUGGCAGUAUUUAUUUUACAUUUUGUUAUUAUGAAUAACAUUUUUAAAACUAGAAAAGCUACAAUUUCUGGGGAAAUUGUGUGAAGUGUUCUUGCCUCCACCAGUAGUCUACAACUGGAGUGGGCGGAGUAACUGUUAUCAUUUAUAUAGCACAUUUAAUUGCAACGUUGUUGCACAGUUACAUUAAACCAUACAUUUAUAAAAACAUUAGCAGGUGUUCAAAAGGCCCUGUCUAUGACAUCACUUGCUGCUGCAGCUUGACACAGGUCAGAGUAUUUUGGUGGUUGCCAUCUUCAAACGGUCGUAUCUUAAAAACUAUAACUCCUACAGUGAAGAGCUUUAUAUUGUGAGAAUCACAAGACCCAGACCUACAUUUUGAUGCAUAGUAUGUCUCUGAAGUAUUAAAAUUGAAGGCACAGUCGCAGUUUAGAAAUUGCACUUCAAAUUUGAGCUUUGCAGAGUGAAGUUUCAAUGAAUGUCAAUGGUCGGCAUUGGUUGCAAACAAAUGGUCAUAUUGUGAAAACUAUCAGGACUACGGCUUAGCCGUUGACAUGUUUAGUGGCAGCAGGGAUAGCUGAACGUUUUGAUAUAAGAUUUGUGUAGGUGGGCCUGAAAAUAAGGGAGUGGUGGCAGUUUAGAAAUCAUGUCCUGAUUUUUCAGCUUUUGCCAGCUCCCACUCUAGCUUUGCCAUUCAUUCCUAUGGGACAAAUUUCGCCACAAGAACGACGAUAUUCCGUGAACCAUUCGGCGAAACGUUCCACAAAGUAAUAGCAAUCCGAUCGGGAACAAUCUGCACGUUUUGGUAAAUUUUUGUCUAUGUAGUGUAAAAACUGUGGGAGGAGUUAGGGUGGCAAAUUUUGCUAUAAUAAUAAUAAUAAUAAUAUAUAUGUGAGAUAACAUUAAGUGGUCUUGCUAUGCAAGAACACUUAAUAACUAGAAAAGUUACAAUUUCUGGGGAAAUUGUGUGAAGUGUUCUUGCCUCCACCUGUAGUCUACAACUGGAGUGGGCGGAGUAACUGUUAUCAUUUACAUAGCACAUUUAAUUGCAACGUUGUUGCACAGUUACAUUAAACCAUACAUUUAUAAAAACAUUAGCAGGUGUUCAAAAGGCCCUGUCUAUGACAUCACUUGCUGCUGCAGCUUGACACAGGUCAGAGUAUUUUGGCGGUUGCCAUCUUCAAACGGUCGUAUCUUAAAAACUAUAACUCCUACAGUGAAGAGCUUUAUAUUGUGAGAAUCACAAGACCCAGACCUACAUUUUGAUAUAUAGUAUGUCUCUGAAGUAUUAAAAAUGAAGGCACAGUCGCAGUUUAGAAAUUGCACUUCAAAUUUGAGCUUUGCAGAGUGAAGUUUCAAUGAAUGUCAAUGGACGGCGUUAGUUGCAAACAAAUGAUUAUAUUGUGAAAACUAUCAGGACUACGGCUUAGCCGUUGACAUGUUUAGUGGCAGCAGGGAUAGCUGAACGUUUUGAUAUAAGAUUUGUGUAGGUGGGCCUGAAAAUAAGGGAGUGGUGGCAGUUUAGAAAUCAUGUCCUGAUUUUUCAGCUUUUGCCAGCUCCCACUCUAGCUUUGCCAUUCAUUCCUAUGGGACAAAUUUCGCCACAAGAACGACGAUAUUCCGUGAACCAUUCGGCGAAACGUUCCACAAAGUAAUAGCAAUCCGAUCGGGAACAAUCUGCACGUUUUGGUAAAUUUUGGUCUAUGUAGUGUAAAAACUGUGGGAGGAGUUAGGGUGGCAAAUUUUGCUAUAAUAAUAAUAAUAAUAAUAUAUAUGUGAGAUAACAUUAAGUGGUCUUGCUAUGCAAGAACACUUAAUUACAAAACGUUUCAAAUAUCGGGAUAUCGUCCCUAUAUCACAUCUAAAUCAUUCCCUUUUGACUAGAGCAGUGGCAAGCAAACAUCAUGACUCCAGAUGUUGUGAACUACAUCUACCUUGAUUCUUUGACAGCAUGAGGGCUGCAAGAGUAUUAAGUCUACAACAUCUGGCGUGUUGAAGGUUGCCUAUCCCUGGAGUAGCGUAUUGCCCUAGUGCAAGGGAUGACAAAUACUGGUCCUGUUGCAACUCUUGACGCCCUUAAAUCUAACAAGUAGCUGGCAGAAGAUUUUGGGAGUUGCCGUCUAACACCUAGAUAUUUUAGUUUUUGACUUCUAUUCCCACUGCAAGCAGUUGUGUGCUUGGGUAAGAUCUUGUAUUGUUGUUUUGUCUUCCUUUUUAUAAAGAUGUUAUAUUUGUGCAUUGUUUUGUUUUGCUAACAGCCUUUGAUUGUGUUUAGAAUCAGAACUGGCAGGUAAAGGGGAGCCACGGCCAUCCUCCUUAGCAGUUGGACCAGCAGUGACGACCAUUGGAAGCCACCAGACUCCAACUCCCAACAGUACAGGUGCGGUCACUGACUCCUCCUUGUGAAAAAUUCAUGUUUUAUAUAUAUUUCAAAUACAAAUACCAGCACUCCAUUGCUUCCAGAAUUUUUCCCUUUUAUUGUUCAAUCAUAUUCAAAUAGGUAGACGUUUCAGUUCCUAACAGGAACUUUUAUCAUGACCGCAUACCAUAAAUUUUUUAACGCAAUAUUAAAUUAAACACAACUAAAGAAAACAAAUUUAAAAUAGAACCACUGAUUAGUCCGGAUUGUUAAAUCUAUAUUGCUUAAUACUCAGACGUUCUAAAACAAAUAUUGCAGGGAGUAAACUGCAGUUUUAAAAGCGAAAACUUUGCAAAAUUUGGUAUGCUAAGAUUGCUUUUAUAGUAGUCACAGAAUCCAAAACCGUUACACAAAGUACACGUUUGUAGAAAGUAUACCCCCCGGGCUAUUUAACAAAAAGCAUUUUGACACUUUUGAUUUACCAUUUAACACGAACCUUGGUCAAAAUAUUAAUUUUUUGUGUGUGAUUUUUCACACAUUUUGUUUUGAGGAAAUUCACAGACUCAUUCUUCAUGAAACUGUUAUCAGUGCUGGGCAGCUGGCAAAGCCUAGCACUGAUCCUUGGGUAAAGGGGCAUGCAAGGAGACCUCACCAAGGUCUUUUCAGUAGACUCAAAAUCACUGCAGCUGAGCAUGAUCGCUUUGCCGCUGGGAUUUAGUUCACGCGCCUUGCUCAUUUUCAGUGUGUAGCUCAUCUAUCAGUCUGGGGCUACUAAGAUACCGGGGACUCAUUCGUACUGCUGGUACUUUAAAUUAAUUAAAGAUUCAAUAGAACCUUCAACCUCCGAGGCACCAAACCUCUGUGCCUAGCUGAAACCUCAGCAUUGUUAUUUUUAAUUUUUUCCAUGGUUCAUUAUGUUGUAUAUAUGUUCAUUUGUUUUUUUACUGUAGUUUUUUCGACCGCCUGGUUGUACGGUCAUGCACUGUAACCAGUGAAGGAGCCUAGUGGGAGGCAAAAUCUAUUCUGAACUUUGCAAAUACCCCUUCCAGCAGCAUACUUAAAAGCAAUAAAAAAGGUAUUCCUCAACUUUGUCUGGAACGGACGUAGGAGCAGAGUUAAUGCAAAGCUUCUUUCCAGACCGCAGAUAGAGGGUGGCUUGGACAGGCUGCUAUUAUUGGCAACCAUAGUGAUGACACCCACAAAGAUACCCCCCCUCUACCUCCCCCCCCACAGUGGGUUGUAAUAGAAUCCCAGUGGGUGAACCAAAAAGCAAUGUCACCUUUUCUGGAUACCCAAAACACUGCACCCCACAUGUCCAAACAUGUUGCAGACUACAAAGUUGCUGCUACAAAUAUGGGAUUUAGAGAGGAUCAGGUUAUGUUUAACGGGGACCUGGUCAUUUGCCUCCCUGAUACCAAGCCUGCACAUAACAAACACAUCCUUUGACCAUAGACCCUGGGUGACGGGGGCCUGUGCCAAUCUCUACCAGCUUUAAGAGGCUGGCAUGUUCAUACAACACCCAGAGCUGCAAACUAGAUACAGCUUGCUGUCCAACACGGUGUUCUCCUACCUACAGGUAAAAUCUGUCCUACAGAGUCACCAGCGGUCACUGGACUGAAUUGAAUAGGUACCCUCAUUAAAUUUGAAGGUGCCUGUCUGGUUUCCAUCACACCCAAGAAAACAUGGUCUAUUAGCUAUGCCCUCCUGAACACCACACCCAAUAACAUUCAUGCCCCACAUUAACAAGCAUGGCAAACUGAUCUCAGCGUAAUCUUCACACCACACCAAUGGGGAAAAAAGCAUAUAUGGCUCACAAGGGUAGAUCCUGUGCCUCCCAUUUCGAAUUGCUGCACAAAUUACAAUAUAGGUGGUACAUGGUUCCCACACGCCUGGCGUGCCUAUUCCUGAAUACAUCCAAAACCUACUGGAGAUGUGGAGCUGAGGAGGGGACGAUGUGCCAUAUAUGAGAGAACCACCUGGGAUGGGGGGUUAGAAGUCAAGUUAGAGUGGAGAAAUCGGAACAGGCCCAAGAGGUGUUUAGUAGCGAAGGUGAAGCCUUUCCAUGCCACCUUGGCUGCCGACAGUAGAAAUUUACGUACUUUUAUUCUCAGGUUGGAAACAGUGGACAGACUUAACAGCACAACACGAUACCUCACCCAUCUCCCACUUGUAAAUGUGUUUCUAUGUAUAUAGGUUUAUAUGUUUCCUUGCAAUUCUCACUCGAAACGUGUUCGUAUUCCAGACAGCUUUAGCAAUGAGGCCACGAACAUAACCCUAACAAACACACCGGCAUAAGGUGUACAUGAGGGUACCAGCUGACGGUGCUGGCAAUGGAGAGGGCAGGGGUGCCGUCGGUUUGGUCUAAUUCCAUACUGUUAAUUCUUGGUUGCAAUAUUCGUCGAGGAGUUUGGCUGCUCUGCAUUUUACUAUGUAAUUCUUGUAAUGGAAAUGUCACAAUAAAAAUUUGUCCAAAAAAAAAACAUUCAAUAGAACCAUCUAGAUCAGGGCACACCUGGUGAUUUCUACAGUAGGCAAAUUUAUUGUAAAUGCAGAACAAAAACAAUGUUUUGGUUCCCUGGAGCUUUUUCAAGUCUAACCAAGGAGCAAAAACUUUGUUUUUGUUCUGUGCUUUAUAUUAAAGCUGCCUACUGAAGAAACCUCUGGAUGUGCCUUGUUCUAUUGAAUCUUUCCUGCGUUUGUUGCCCUUCUUGUCUGGAGCACCCUCAUGGGAGUACUUCCCGGAUAGUGUGUGCAUAUCCUCUCUACCUUUUUGGUACUUUAAAUCAUGACGUCAUACGCCGUCAACAGGCAUUAAAGCCCUGCUCUACAUGACGACAUAGACCAUAAUGCUGUCGUUAAGGGGUUAAACAACAUACAGUUGCCUUUUGUUACAUUACAGCCUUAAGUUCAAUGUUUUAUUAAUCUACAUUUUAUGUGAAGUCACAUAAUUAGUGAAAUGAUGUCCACUUGUGGGCAAUCUACAGUUGCAAGAAAAAGUAUGUGAACCCUUUGGAAUGAUAUGGAUUUCUGCACAAAUUGGUCAUAAAAUGUGAUCUGAUCAUCAUCUGAGUCACAGCAAUAGACAAUCACAGUCUGCUUAAACUAAUAACACACAAAGAAUGAAAUGUUGCCAUGUUUUUAUUGAACACACCAUGUAGACAUUCAUAGUGCAGGUGGAAAAAGUAUGUGAACCCCUAGACUAAUGACAUCUCCAAUAGCUAAUUGGAAUGAGAUGUCAGCCAACUGGAGUACAAUCAAUGAGAUGAGAUUGGAGCUGUUGAUUACAGCUGCCCUGCCCUAUAAAAAAACACACCAGUUCUGGGCUUGCUUUUCACAAGAAGCAUUGCCUGAUGUGAAUGAUGCCUCGCACAAAAGAGCUCUCAGAAGACCUACGAUUAAGAAUUGUUGACUUGCAUAAAGCUGGAAAGGGUUAUAAAAGUAUCUGCAAAAGCCUUGCUGUUCAUUAGUCCACGGUUAGACAAAUUGUCUAUAAAUGGAGAAAGUUCAGCACUGCUGCUACUCUCCCUAGGAGUGGCCGUCCUGUAAAGAUGACUGCAAGAGCACAGCGCAGACUGCUCAACGAGGUGAAGAAAAAUCCUAGAGUGUCAGCUAAAGACUUAAAAAAGUCACUGGCAAAUGCUAACAUCCCUGUUAGCGAAUUUACAAUACGUAAAACACUAAACAAGAAUGGAUUUCAUGGGAGGAUACCACAGAGGAAGCCACUGCUGUCCAAACAAAACAUUGCUGCACGUUUACAGUUUGCACUUGAGCAAAAUAUUCUGUGGACAUAUGAAACCAAAGUUGAGUUGUUUGGAAGAAACACACAACACUAUGUGUGGCACAAAAAAGGCACAGCACACCAACAUCAAAACCUCACCCCAACUCUGAAGUAUGGUGGUGGGGGCAUCAUGGUUUGGGGCUGCUUUGCUGCGUCAGGGCCUGGACGGAUUGCUAUCAUCAAAGGAAAAAUGAAUUCCCAAAUUUAUCAAGACAUUUUGCAGGAGAACUUAAGGCCAUCUGUCUACCAGCUGAAGCUCAACAGAAUAUGGGUGUUGCAACAGGACAAUGACCCAAAGCAUAGAAGUAAAUCAACAACAGAAUGGCUUAAACAGAAGAAAAUACGCCUUCUGAAGUGGCCCAGUCAGAGUCCUGACCUCAACCCGAUUGAGAUGCUGUGGCAUGACCUCAAGAAAGCGAUUCACACCAGACAUCCCAAGAAUAUUGCUGAACUGAAACAGUUCUGUAAAGAGGAAUGGUCAAGAAUUACUCCUGACCGUUGUGCACGUCUGAUCUGCAACUACAGGAAACGUUUGGUUGAAGUUAUUGCUGCCAAAGGAGGUUCAACCAGUUAUUAAAUCCAAGGGUUCACAUACUUUUUCCACCUGCACUGUGAAUGUUUACAUGGUGUGUUCAAUAAAAACAUGGCAACAUUUCAUUCUUUGUGUGUUAUUAGUUUAAGCAGACUGUGAUUGUCUAUUGUUGUGACUUAGAUGAUGAUCAGAUCACAUUUUAUGACCAAUUUGUGCAGAAAUCCAUAUCAUUCCAAAGGGUUCACAUACUUUUUUCUUGCAACUGUUAGUGUCACAUGGUCUGUCAUUACAUAUACACACCUUUUUUGAAAGGCCCCAGAGGCUGCAACAGCUAAGCAAGAGGCACUGCUAACCAAACACUGCAAUGAAGACCAAGGAACUCUCCAAACAAGUAAGGGAGAGAAGUACAAGUCAGGGUUAGGUUAUAAAAAAAAUAUCCAGAUCUUUGAUGAUCCCCAGGAGCACCAUCAAAUCUAUCAUAACCAUAUGGAAAGAACAUGGCACAACAGCAAACCUGCCAAGAGACGGACGCCCACCAAAACUCACGGACUGGGCUAGGAGUGCAUUAAGCAGAGAGGCAGCACUGAGACCUUAGGUAACCCUGGAGGAGCUACAGAGUUCCACAGCAGAGACUGGAGUAUCUGUACAUAGAAUGACAAUAAGCCGUACGCUCCAUAGCGUUGGGCUUUAUGGCAGAGUGGCCAGAAGAAAGCCAUUACUUUCAGCAAAAAUAAAAUGGCACGUUUUGAGUUUGCAAAAAGGCAUGUUGGAGACUCCCAUAUUGUAUGGAGGAAGGUGCUCUGGUCUGAUGAGACUAAAAUUGAACUUUUCGGCUACUAAAUGAAAACGCUAUGUCUGGUGCAGACCAAACACAUCACAUCACCCAAAGAACACCAUCCCCACAGUGAAACAUGGUGGCAGCAUCAUGCUGUGGGGAUGUUUUUCAGCAGCCGGGACUGGGAAACUGGUCAUGGUUGAAGGAAAGAUGGAUGGUGCUAAAUACAGGGAUAUUCUUGAGCAAGACCUGUACCAAUCUGUGCGUGAUUUGAGGCUAGGAUGGAGGUUCACCUUCCAGCAGGACAAUGACCCCAAACACACUGCUAAAACAACACUUAAGUGGUUUAAGGGGAAACAUGUUAAUGUGUUGGAAUGGCCUAGUCAAAGCCCAGACCUCAAUCCAAUAGAAAUUCUGUGGUCAGACUUAGAUUGCUGUUCACAAGCUCAAACCAUCCAACUUAAGGAGCUGGAGCAGUUUUGCAAGGAGGAAUGGGCACAAAUCCCAGUGGUAAGAUGUGGCAAGCUAAUAGAGACUUAUCCAAAGCAACUUGGAGCUGUGAUUGCUGUAAAAGGUGGCUCUACAAAGUAUUGACUUUAGGGGCUUGAAUAGUUAUGCACAUGGACCUUUUCUGUUAUUUUGUCCUAUUUGUUGUUUGCUUCACAAUAAAAAAAAUCUUCAAAGUUGUGGGCAUGUCCUGUAAAUUAAAUGAUGCAAAUCCUCAAACAAUCUAUGUUAAUUCCAGGUUGUGAGGCGCAACAAAACACGAAAAAUGCCAAGGGGAGUGAAUACUUUUGCAAGGCACUGUAUUUCUUUGAAAUUUCACAUUUUUGCAUAAAGAUUAUUCACAUUAUUAAUUUUCAAAAAUUCACAAGUGAGUUACAAAUUUUAGACCAAAAUACUGUUUUAGCUAAUAACCCUUUAGGAUUGGCUAAAGUGCAAAUCACCAAGCUGGGGAUUUUUCUCAAGUCGAUUUCUGGGGUUACUCCAAGCACCAUGAUCACUUCACUCAUUUUAACUGGCGAUGGUGUAACUUUUAAGUGUUUUAUGAAGAUACAAUUUUUUUAAAUACUGAUCCUGAUGGCGUUGGAAUUUCACUGAAAUUCCAACAAGAUUCAAAUCUACCACAAGACUAAGUAGGGACAACUUUGUCUUAUGGUAAAUCUGAGGUCAACUUUUGUCCAAUCCCAGCUGCUGUUCCAGUUGAUGGCUUUGGAAUUUAUACCUAGAUCUAUGGGAUGGUCUUACCUAAAGGGAUCCUCCAAAGACCGCAUGUGCGAGUUCUGCUCUGAAACUGGUCUUGGCAGAUGAAGACAGGAGCUGAAUAGGAUGCGCUGAGUGAAGAUGGUGGUGGCCGCGAGGGACCGCUUUAGCUAAGAACUACCACCUUCUCCUGCAACCAGUGUCCACCAGAACAUCACCGUUGAAAAAUAUGCGAUAUGCAAAAAUAAAAUAUGCCAAAGUGCCAGAUCUGCUUUAAAGAAUAAAAAAUGUAAUGAACUACUAAUCUCCAUGAAGGUAUUGGCUCCCACUACAUUCUUAAAAUUUUAAAACUACAUUUACUGAGAUUGUGAUUUGUAGUGUGAAUGCUUUGUCAGUGUCUGAUCAAUACAUCCGUUUCUCAUUCUAGGAAGCGGUCAAUCUGUCCCCAGCAGCAGCCUGACCUCCCCCAGCCAUGUUAAUCUGUCUCCGAACACCGUCCCAGACUUCUCCUACUCCAGCAGUGAGGACGAGUUCUAUGAUGCCGACGAAUAUUAUCAGACCGGUUCCUCCCCAAAACGCGGCAUGGAGUAAGUAACCUCUUAAUCCUAUUUCACAAGGGACCUGAUGUAAUAGGUGAGGCAAUGCAUUAAUGAUUCCAGUUAUAACUGUGCCAUUGAAAUGCCCUACAUACCACCCAGGGAGAGAAUGAGUUCCAAUAGAUUUCCUAUGUCCUUGCAUGGUGCUGCAUACUCAAAUUGCAAUUAGCUCAUAAAUGUAUUUCAGUAGUCUUUAAAAUAGCUUCUAUAUUUUAGCAUUUAUAUAUGUUAGUAUUCCUAAUGAUUCCACUUCUUUCUGAACUUCUUAUAAGGAAUUGCAAAAUAUAUAUAAUUUUGCUAGAUCAAAGUACAUACUUUAUUGAAACAAAGUCAAACCAUAAAAUGUAGCAAUUUACCUUUAUCAUAAUAUGGAGUGAAGCGGCUAUAGCAGUAUAAACAAAUACAUAACUUCUUCCAGGGAGCAUAACGUGAAACAGUGCAAAAGCAACUCGUAAAGCAUUUUAUAAAAUAACCACAGUAUUAUUAUUAUUGGUAUUUAUAUAGCGCCAACUAAUUACGCAGAGCUUUACAACAUUAUGAAGGGGGGUUGGGAAUUUACAACAAAAUUAGACAAUUACACAGUGACACAGGAACAAUAGGUAGAUGAGGAACCUGCUCAAACGAGCUUACAGUCUAGUGUAGUGAGUCUUACAGUAGUGAGUCCUAUAAAAGGCUGUAUCAUUGGAAGAAGGCAGGUCCGAGCCAUUGCAUGUUAGAUCAUGAAUAGAGUUUGACUGGAUAGACUAACAUCUAAAAUCUUCUCUCCAAAAUAAUAAUCUACCCUUUUCUUUCUAAAGAUUUAAGAAUAAAUCAAGCAUUUUUAUGUUUUCACUAAUGUGUUUUAUUUACAAGGUUAGCCACAAAACAUCGAAUUCUAACAAAUUCUUGAGGCGGGUAGGGGGGGACCAAAGGCUACAUUUGCCAAACUGUGACUGUAGUAAAGUUAGAUUGUCUUCACAUCCGCUAUUUUGCCAUUCUUGUUUUAAAUGGUUACUCCAACCACCAUGACCACUUUUGCUUUUUGAAGUGGCCAUGGUGGUUGGAGUCUGGAUGUGCAGUGGUUCAGCCUGAAAUUUGCACCUAUGUGCACCCCAAACAACUCUGUUCCAGGCUGCCUAAUGUCAAUUCUGUGCACAAAAUAAGUCCGUCAACGCACACUGCACGCUGGUAAAAGAUGUAACAUUUUCUUCCUCUCACCCACACUGAAGGCAGCCCUCCUAUCCCACUCCCCCUUACCUUCGCUGGCUCAGACCGCAUUAACUUUGCACUAGUUCAUUUGGGGCCAUUUAGAAGCUUCCUUGUUUUCGAAAGAAAGGCUGAUUUUAUUUAUUUUUUUCUUUUCUUUUUCUUUUGUCCAUUAAAAUAAAAUUCAAAUCAAUCAGAAGUACAGUGUAGACAUUAUUGUUUAAAUGACUACUGUAGCUGGAAACAGCUGGUUUUAAUGGAAUAUCUACAUAAUUCAUGCAGAGGCCCAUUAUCCCCAACCAGCUGACCUGUGGCACAUUGUGUUUGCUGAUCCACGUUUAUAAUUUAAAAGGGCUGACUUAUCAUUAGAAAACCUUUUUGCAAUUAUGUUGGCACAACUGAAAACUGUAGUGCUGAUUAAAGGACCACUAUAGUGCCAGGAAAACAUACUCGUUUUCAUGGCACUAUAGUGCCCUCAGGGAGGAAGGGGUUAAUCCCUUGCCUUUUUUCCAGUGCCCUUGGCGCUGGGACUCUCCUCCCUCUUCUGACGUCCCUGGCUUAAUGCGCAUGCACGGCAAGAGCCGCACGCGCAUUCAGCCAGUCCAUAGGAAAGAAUUCUCUAUGCUUUCGUAUGGACGCUGGCGUCUUCUCACUGUGAAAAUCAGUGAGAAGCACGGAAGUGCCUCUAGAGGCUGGAUUAACCCAUAGGUAAACAUAGUAGUUUCUCUGAAACUGCUAUGUUUACAGCAAAAAGGGUUAAACCUAGCUGGACCUGGCACCCAGACCACUUCAUUAAGCUGAAGUGGUCUGGGUGCAUAUAGUGGUCCUUUAAAGAAGUAGAAAACUGAGCUUUAUUAAACUUGUUGAGUAUCUGAAGCAUCAGCAAUUGUGGGUUUGAUUACAGGCUUGAGAUAACCAGAAACAAACAUCUUUGUUCUGAAACUUGUCAGUCUACUCUUAUUCUGAGAGAUGAAGGCUAUUCCAUGCGAGAAAUUGCAAAGAAACUAAAAAUAUCAAACAAUACUACUACGAACACUAACCAGAAUAGAUAGGAGUGGAGGGGCCUGGUCCACAACUGAGCAGGAGGACUAAUACAUUGUGUCCAAUGAGACCGUGGUAGUAAACAGAGCAGUCACAUGACUAGGCUUCUACAUAAUACAAUACAGUGACCGUACAAGAUGAACAAAAGAUGUAUUACCUUUUUUUACAGAUUAAAAGGGUCCUGUGGUUUUAAAAAAAAAAAAAAAGUUUAUUUUUAUUUUUAUUUUUUUAAUGGUGGGUGAUGGUGCAUCUAAAACUGUGUUGAGUUACUUUAAGUUUAUUUAAUGUUUCAGAAUAAACUAGGAGCUUGUUGCUGGAUUUAUUUAUUUUGUCUAUAAAUGGGAAUGUCCCUUUUUGAUGGUAAUUGUAGUGUUAUCAGUAAUGCAGACAGGCCUGCAUAAAUUUCCUUUUCCUGUACAUGCCAGGAACCACUUGUACUUAACUGGCGGUGAUCUUAUUCAGUCUGCAUAGUCAGCUUCCUAUGGUUUAAACUUGACGUCUUUAUUUUUAUUGCUAAAUUUUCACAGCCCAUCUAUUUAUUAUGUACACUGCUUGUGCCUUCUUCUAUGCAGUGCAGCAUUUUUUUUGGGAUAUUGUGUGAAUGACCCUGUUCAUGGCUUGUAAGAGAACAGUUUUGCAUCAGCUGGAGUGCGUGGGUUUUUUUUCUUCUUGAUUUCAGGUACAAUCCUGGCGUGAUUGACUAAGUCAGGGGUAGGCAACCUUCGAUCCGCCCAAUGUUGUGGACUUCAUCUCCCAUGAUGCUCUUAUAGCCAUAAUGCUGGCAAAGUAUUGAGGAGAUCUAGUCCACAACAUCUGGAGUGCCUCCAGGAUACCUACCCCUGGACUCAGCCAUACACUGUUUUGAGGUUGACAAAAGUUGAGUUCACUUGUGUUUCCCUUGGGUAUAUUUUAAAACUGGAGAAAUGUAAAUCCUUAAAAAGGGUUCUGGUGGUCGCCACUAUUCAUGAAUGCAUCUGAUUUUGUGUUUUAGUUCAUCAGAGUCUGCGGCAGCCUUGACGCACAGUAGCACGGGAACCAGUUUGAAGAGACCAGAUACUGCAGAAUCCCUGAACUCCUCAAUGUCCAAUGGGACAAAUGAUGCAGGUAGUUCUCUCCAUUACCUGUAGCAGCGAAGGCAAUAUUUAAAGAUUUUGGAAAUUUACCAAGAUAUUGCAUAGAUCAAUAAAGCAUGAAAUGUGCUUUACAUUCAUUAUUCUAGGUUAUUCAUGAAAGCAUCCAAAACAUCUAUUUUUUAUUUUUUUAUUGUUCUUUGAGCAUUGUGUUGGCUGGCCUGGCAGUGGCAUUUCUAAAGAACUUGGUGUAUGUCUUCUUCACUUUGGCCUCUAAAAAGACAAUGGUCUUCCCAGCAUAGUUUAACUACGGCAUCCCAGAAUACAACAAACAGAGCCAGUCAAACACUUAAACCCUUUCUUUUUCCAUCACCCAGUGAAUGUUACAGCAAUUAAUGGAUUGAACAAAGCAGCAGAGGAAAGUAUCAUAGCAUACAUAUAUCACUGCAGGGGUUAAACUAUUUCCAUGUCAUGAACCAUAUAUGUGCCAGGACAUAUAAAUUAAGAAGGCAAAAUUGGUGAGAGGUUUAUUUCUGGAGGGGAUAAUUUCUUCCCCCUAAGCCCAGAUUCAGCCUGUGACUUGAUUAUGUCUUGAAAUGUUUCUGUUCUGUUUUAGAUCAGUUUGACACCCAUGAUGACCAUGAUGAUGGAGAAGGAGAGUCAGUAGAGGAACAUAAAAGUGUUAUAAUGCACCUCCUGUCUCAGGUCCGGCUGGGAAUGGACCUCACUAAGGUAAAAGCAGGACAGUGCAGGGAAUAUUGCUCUGUAUUAUUGAAUAUCAAGUAAAGCAUCUCCUAUAGAAGCACAUUAGUAAUGGUUUAGUGGAAGACACACAGCAGCUGUGAUGUUAGUGAAGGUUUAAUCUUUACAGAAUUUGUUAGAUCGUGGAUUUUCAUUUGUGGUUUGUUUGUUUUUAAAUCUACAUUCAGGUUGUGCUUCCCACUUUUAUUCUUGAAAGAAGAUCGCUUCUUGAAAUGUAUGCGGAUUUCUUUGCACAUCCAGACCUGUUUGUAAGGUAUGGCAGAGCUACAAAUUAGGCUUAUUCACUGAACUCAGAAUUGUAGCAAAUUUAAAUCUGAAUUUUAAAGUUGUGGCUAAAAUAUUUUCUCUGAAAUAAUCUACAACUAAGCAAAUUAAACCCAAAUAGCAAAACUAAGGCUAAAAUACGCUGUUUAAUUUGAAAUUAGAUUUGGUUCGUUAAAAUUUGCAGUUUCAUAAACCAACAUGUAAGGCAUUAAAUUCUCGCACAGCCCUUUGUGUUAUUACAAUAAACCGUUUGCUUAUAUUCAUUAAAAUUUGCAGUGCUCUGCUAAUGGAACAGAUAUGCAAAAACAUUUAGAUUUUUGUCAAUCAAUGUAUUAACACUAUUAUUUGUCUACAUCUCUACUCUACCACAUUGUGUUUGCUAAGAGAAACUCCCUAAAUCCAUUCUGUAGAUUUGUGGUUGAUGGCCUCUGCCAGUGUGUGAUGGGCAAGAUCUGACCCGCUUCAUUGGGAUCCAUAAAAGUAUAUGAAUAACUCUGCCAACAGAACACAAUAGUUCUCCCAUUUGACAGACUUGUUUAGCAUAAUUUACACAAGAUACAGUGUAUCCAGGCAGGUUUUAGAGAUGAUAUUGAGUGUAAUAUGGCUAUUUUUCUACAGAUGCUGUUAAAAUUCUGUUGCUUGCCUAAACCUGGUAACGUUUUAGAUCGUGAUGGGGAAUUUGUUUUGUCCUUUCCCAGCAUUGGUGACCACAAGGAUCCCAAAGACAGGAUGGUACAGGUGGUUAGAUGGUACCUAUCGGCAUUCCACGCUGGCAGGAAAGGAUCAGUGGCAAAGAAGCCUUAUAACCCCAUCCUGGGAGAGGUUUUCCAGUGUCAUUGGGAUUUGCCAGGUCUUGAAAAUGAAGAAAACGCUGUGAGUGUUAACACUUUACUCUGGGGACAGAAAAAAACUUGUGUUUUGAUUGCAGGAGUGUCAAACUUAAAUCGUCGAUUACGGUUUGUACAUCAGAGUAAAUUGGUCAGUUCUAAAGCUUGAACUAUAUCAACACCUGCUUUACUGUAGUAUUCUUAAGAUCCAUAAAAAAAAUCCAUCAAGAAGAAAGUUUAGGAAACUGCGCAAUUUAGAGAACUGCACUUGAUUUUGUUUUGGAUAGCGUAGCGUAGAAGCAAUGCUGAGACUGAAAAUCUCCGCUGUAAUCCUCUGGAGCUAGAAGAGAAGUGCUGGUCAGCGAAUAUAGCCCAUUCCUUCAGUAUCUGGAUGACACAGUUCUGGGAGUCAACUGAUUUUUAUUAGCCUACACAUGGCUUUUUAUGCACAGCCCCAUAGCAUGGAGUCUUCGGGACAAGUUUACAGGGAAUUUUCCCAAGAUGUACUGGGUCUGAGAGAUAAUGGAGUUAUCUAAAAUUCCCAGCUCAAUUAUCUCUGUUACAUGAAAUACAUAACAUUUUAUUAAAAAAUCCCCAAAAUAUAAUAAAACUGUACAGAACCCCACAAUUUUUAUAUACCCGAAUAGCCUGAAUCUGAGCACACAACAUAUAUCCGAAAAGUGCUCAGAUCGCUAUUCGGGAGAAGAUUUCACCGGCCGACCACUAGGUGAUGCCCCAAAAGAGUUCCAGAGAAUCCAGGGCUGUAGCCGAUCUUGGUUCGGGAGUUCCUUCACAAACACCGACCAAUGCUCCCCCCAGUCGGUAGAUCAUAUCUCCUGAACGUGGUUAGUGUAGUUGUUCAGGAAAGUAUACAGGCAGCAGUACCAUCUUGAUCAGGGUUCACAAGAACGUGUAGCCAAAACUAGUUCCACACACUUGACGACCAAGUAACGCUGCCUGCGUUCAGGAGACGAAAUGGAAUGGCGGCCACCUAGGGGAAGCACUCAAGUACUCCUUAAUUGCGUUUAACAGCCAGGGGUGGUCGGUGUUCCAAGUCAAUAACGGGACACACACACAAGGGGGUUACAGAUCUGUUUGCAAGAACUCAACAUGGGUUCAGGCAACCCAAGGGACUGAUGCCAGGUCCGCCACAGAUAGUAUUAAAUGUAUUUCCUUAGCCAUUGUAUAUAAAGGUUCACAGCCCUUUAUAAUAAUAAUCUAUGAUGUUGCUUAAAUACUAAAUUACUAUGCUACUUGCCAGUGGCUGAGGAAAAUGCUAAUUUUGAGCCUUGGUUUACAGACCGUAAGAAAUGGUAACUGGCAUGCACUUGCUUUUUGGCUUCUUCUAAACUCAUGCAGUCCAUGAUUGUUUUGUAGGUUCAUUUUGCUGUGAUUUUGUGUUUGGCAGACAAAAAUUUUUUAUGGUGUUAAACAAAAUUGUUAUUAAUGAACAGAAAGUGUUUUUUUUUAAUAGAAAAAACACCCCCUCACCCCUCCACCCGCUAAAAAUAUGGUUACAUGUGAAUGAAAGCUACCAUCUGCUUCAUUUAUUUUCAAACCUUUGAUAAUACAGGGCAUGCUCAUUUAAAAAUCAUCCUCAUUAAUUCACCCCUGUAAAACUAAUGAAAGAUUCGGGAUUGGUUGUGAAAUAUCAGCAAGUCACCGCUUUACAAUGGAAAUCACUGGAGGAGUAACAGGACCCGUGUAAAACUCCAUCUUACGUAAUUACUUUAACAGUAUGUAUUUGUGUCAACCAGUUGUGAGGAAAAGCCAAAUUUAAAUGUGUGCAAAAACCACGUACUUGAAGAACGAGAGACUGAGAAUGUACUUUGUGUACUUCCUGAGCAACUGUUAAUCAGAUCCCGUGAUCAUGGACGAGUAUACUUUCUUAAAAAGUGAUAUCAAAAUGAAAUUGUGCUUCCAUUAUGCGUUUAUUACCCAAAGAAAGCAGAUUUCUAUGUACUCUCCAACAUAAGAUUUUAUCCUAAAAUAUACUACAACACUAGUAUAUCCUAAUUUAUAAAUCAACAAAUAAAAUCUGUUAGAUGUUGAUCUCUAUCUCAUCCACUUUAAUUCUUUAAACCCUCUUUUUUGUGUUUUAUCAAAGCUUUAUCGUUCAAUAUCUCUUUCCAGGAGACAGUUUCUGAAGGGCCAGUACCGUGGGCUUCCAAAAACAAUGUAACGUUUGUGUCCGAGCAGGUCUCGCACCACCCACCAAGUAAAUUUUUUUAUUUUUUUUUGUAAUUGGUUUGAAAAUAUGAUAAUUGUGUGUGUGUGUGGGGUUCUGUUUCAUUUUUGUGUGAAUUUAAUUUCCAUUUUUGUUUAUCAAACCUAAAGAAAUAACUAAAAAUAAAUAAAACUAUUUACCUGUGUAAAAAGGUUUAAAAUUAAAUUUAAAAAAAAAAAAGCAAUUGACCAUAAUAAAUUCUUAAGAAAAGUAUACUACGUGUUUCGACCCACCCCAUUCCGAAUUCAGCACUUUGGAUCCAACAUACCUAGUUACAGCUUUUCAUUUGUGGUAGCAUUCAUCACAACACAUGGGAUCUAAAACAGAGAAUAUGAGAACUCUGGCAAAAGCUUAAAGAUACUCCGUAGCUUGCCUUUCGUUCAGUCUCCUCUCAGGUCUCAAAUGUUUUUGCUUACUUGUGUCAUUACAAAGAGAACUUGUACCUUUUGCAUAUCCGGCUGAUCCCACCCAUGAACACUCCCUAUAGAAAUGCAUUGAUUCAAUGCACCUCUGUGAGGAGAUGCUGAUUUGCGCAGUGCAGUGUUUUGCCAUGCAGAUGCAAUAGCCUCCCAAUACUUUACUAUUGCAAAGCAUUAGAUUGGCUGAGAUCAUAAAGAUCGGUGAUUUCAGACGUGAAGGCAGGGCCAGCAGUGGCGAGACCAGCGCAGUGAUGGAGAAAAGGUAGGUUUUUAAAACGUUUUAACUCCACUAUGGAGGGAGGUAAGAGGGUGGUGACCUAAAUAGCUAGUCCAACAUUAUAGUGUUAGGAAAACAAACAUGCAUUUCUACUACUAUAGUGUUCAUUUAAAGGAAGAAGCAGCGCUAUCCCUGCCUCAUUCCUGUAAAUAAAAUGUUGUAUUGUUCCACCCAUCAUAAAGCAUUAUAUGAAUAAAUUGAUUUGCAGAUAUUCUUUUUAAAAGAACACUAUAGUGUCAGGAAUACAAAUGUGCAUUCCUAACACUAUCGUGUUAAACUAACUGUUCACCUCUGUGGAGAUAAAAUGUGAUUUUACUUACUUUAUCUCCCUCGCCGCUCUGGUCUUGCUGCCGGAUGCCUCACCUUCAUUGCCAAGGUCAUCAGCCAAUCCGCAUCCCCUCAUAGAUAUGCAUUGAAUCAGUGCAUCUCUAUGGGGAGCUUUUCGCAUAUCCCUGCAGAGUGUGGAAAUGCAAAAUGUAGGUGCUGCACACUGCAGUACUGACUCAGGAAGCACCUGUAGUGACAGUCUGAGUGACUGCAGCUAGAGGUGUUUGUUUACAUUGAAAAGCCUGAAAUGGUAGGUUGUAGACGGACAUUAAGCUGUAGAGGUUCUGGUGACUAUAGUGUCCCUUUAACCUCUGGUGCUGCACCAUGUGUAUAGAACAUCAUGUUUCUGCUGAUUUAUCCAUUAACUGAUUUAUUGUGCAAUUUGCUAACUCUCUGCUGACUUCAUGUGUCUCCGUCAGCUUGAAAUAUUAUUGCCGUGCUCUUCAGAUGCAGCUCUGAGUACAUCUGCUUAAAACAUAUUUUGAUGACUGGAUGCAUCAUUUUCCCACUUAUACCUCAGAAUUUUUUGUCCAGAAAAUAUUAUUUCUUUAUUUUUAACAUGGUCAACUUUUUUUAUUUUUUUAAAUUUUUUUAGCAGAUGUAGAUUUCUGCUCCCCUCCUUUCUGUAAGAUAUUAAAAAAAAAUUUAAGCCAUAAAAUUUACAUGUAAUAAAGGACUAAAGCUGUCACCUGUCAGUCAUGGUGAUCUCUGGUCCAAUUGAAAUGCCUAUAGUGAAGCAUUGCAGACACCUGGUGCAAAAUGCCACCGCACAUGAAGACAUUCAAUCAAUGAAAGACCGCAAGGUGGAAGUAGCUCAGUCUGACCACCACUUCUAGAGGCAUUAUUUCUUAGAAAUUGCAAUGUUUUACAUUAUCCAACUUUUUUACAACUUUUUGCACCAAAACCAUUACAUUGAGAUGUAGUGGUCUUGGUGCUUAAUGUUCCUUUAAUCAAUAUUUGUACUGACUAUUACUUUAUGUAUCAUGCUUUGAACUGCACAGACUAUUAGAUGAAGAUAAUUUGACGAAUGAGUAUGUAUUCAUUUUUUGUUAAUUCACAAAUAAGAAAAUUAAAGGGAUACUAUAAACACCAAAACAACUUUAGCUUUAUUAAGCAGUUUUGGUGUAUAGAUCAUGUCCCUGCAGUUGCAAUACUCCAUUCUUUGCCAUUUAGGAGUUAAAUCACUUUUUUUUUAUUUUUUAUGCAGCCCUAGUCCCACCUACCUGCAUGUGACCUACACAGCCUUCCUAAACACUUCCUGUAAAGUCAUCUAAUGUUUACACUUUACCUUUAUUGCAUUGUUUGUUUUCUUAAUGCCUUUUCUCACAGAUUAAUGCAUUUUGUCUGCUCUCUCCUUUCUUUCUUCAUCAAGUUUCAGCCUUUUAUGCCGAAUGUUAUAACAAGAGAAUACAGUUUAACGCUCACAUAUGGACCAAGUCUAAAUUUUUAGGAAUGUCCAUUGGGGUCCACAAUAUUGGACAAGGUAAGGGAUUUAGUUUCAUUGGUACAAUCUGUUGGCAUGCUGUGGGUGGAUAUAGAACAAAGUGGGGGGUGUAUUAAGUGAAAUUGUUAUUUGUGAGUUAGAAGGUAAAGCUUACAGUGUUUAGAAUAGAAUAUCUGCUGUAAAAAAUCUGCUCAUUUUAAUACAUUUCCGACUUCAACCUCCUAUUGGAAAUCUUGUGUAUAGACGGAUGCAUUACAAAUUGAGAAAUUGAAAGGGUUACUCCAGCCACCAUGACCACUCCAGCUUGAAACCCUGUACAUACAGGGAUAUUGUUAAUUGUGUGCUGGGGGCAGACCUUGCACUUUGGGAUUUGUUACAAAGCUAAUUUUUUUUUUUUUUAUUAAGUCUAUUUAAAAUGUUUCUACAUUGUCUCUCACAGGCUGUGUCACUUGUUUGGACUAUGAUGAGCAUUACAUCCUAACAUUCCCCAAUGGAUAUGGGAGGUGAGUUGGAGUAUUUUCUUAAUAUCAUCAUCAUUAUUAUUGGGAAGCAAAAACCCCACAAGUUUAUGGUGGGAAAAAAUUGUGAUUGAAAACCCCUUCCACCUGAAGUCUGUGGAUAGUUAAUACAAUGUUAAACAAAAAUCUGCACACCAGUCAAGAAUUGCUUUUCCCAAAGAAAUCACAAAUCUGCAGUGAUGUUACUACUGCAAAGGAUUCUGGGUGGGCAUAUGCAAAUUAGUUUAACAAAGAAUCUCAUCUUUGCCUCAUUCCAUUUUAAACAUGGAUUCCUUUGAGUCUGUUUGCUGCAUACAACAGCUUUGAAACACAACUUAGGAUGGCUUUGCAUCCUUUCUGAAGUUGUGUUUCAAAGAUGUUGUAUACAGCAAACAGACUCAAAGGAAUCCAUGCUUAAAAUGGAAUGAGGCAAAAAUGUGAUUUUUUUGUUCAACUAAUUUGUGUAUGCCCACCCAGAAUCCUUUGCAGUAGUAACAUCACUGCAAAUUUGUGAUUUCUGUGGGAAAAGCAAGUCAUAUGGCUUGACUGGUGUGCAGAUCUUUGUUUAACGUUGUAUUAAUUAUUAUUAUUGGUAUUUAUACAGUGCCAACUUAUACUGCAGCGCUUUACAAUAUUAUAAAAGGAGGGAAUUUAGCAAUAAAUAAUACAAUUACAAAAUGUUACAGGGGCAAUAGGUAGAUUAGGACCCUGCUCAAACGAGCCAACUGCCUAGAGGAGUGGAGUAUAAAGACACAAUAGGAAGGGCAGCAAAAAAAGGGGGACAGCAAAAAAAAUGAGGUGGAAAAGUAGCAGAACUGGAGCUGAACGUGGAGUGUGACUCUUUAGGAAAGAGCAAGAGAACGAUUUGUGACAUAGAAGUUACUCUAGGAGUCCAUAAGAAUUUCUGAAUAGAUGGGCUUUGAGGGACGAGGGGAGAGUUUGGUGGGGUAGGUAGGCUGUUCCAAAAGAAUGGAGCUGCCCUCGAGUAUUCUUGCAAGUGUGAGUUAGCUGUAAGGGUGCGAGUAGCAAACAGGAGGUCACCAGCAGAGCGGAGAGACCGAGAAGGAAUCAAUGAAGAAAUGUAACAGGGGCCAGAGCUUUAUAGGUAAGGGUUAAUAUUUUGAAUUGACAUCUAUAGGAUACAGGAAGCCAGUGUAAGGAUAGACCGUGGCGGGAUGUGAGAGGAGCAAUUAUAGAUCGAUCCCUUUUGGAAUAGAGCGAUAGUAGGGAAUGAGGCAAAGGGUAGCAGGGAUUAGUCAAGGUAUUUUUCAUCAGCCCAACAUCACUAAUAAAAAUAUAUAUAUAUAAAAAUUUUAAUAAGUCCCAUCACAAUCUUCUAUAUUCUGAUGUGGUGUAUCACCAUUCCCAUUAGUUGAUAAACCACAUGUUUUUUUUUUUUCUCUUAGAUCCAUCCUGACUGUGCCGUGGGUGGAACUCGGAGGAGAGUGCAGUAUUAAUUGUUCCAAAACCGGUUACAGUGCCACAGUCACCUUCCACACCAAACCUUUCUAUGGUGGGAAAAAACACAGAGUCACAGCGGAAAUCUAGUAAGUAUUGUAUUAACCUACAUAUGCAUAGAACAUGGGGUCAGCCGCAGUUAGGAUUGAUAUUGAUAUAGAUUAGAGAAUAUUGAUCCUUCUUGGUUACGUGCGUGCAUGCAGCAGUGUGAUGGGAGAAGGAAUUAGAUAGUCUCUGAUAGCCAGCCCCUUAGAGUAGAAAGUAAAUUGCCAAGCACUCGCCAAAUAGAAGUAAUGAAUGGAGCAAUUGGUUGGAAUCUUUGUAUUAAUGUUAUAAUGUAUUUCUGUUUCCCACAGUCCUCCAAAUGAGAAGAAAUCAUUCUGUUCUGUCGAAGGAGAAUGGAAUGGGGUCAUGUAUGCAAAAUAUUCAAAUGGGGUAAUUAGAGAAUAAUUCCUUUCUGUGCUAUCAAACACUGCAAUGGUGGCGUCUAAUGCUGUAAGCCGUGUCUUGUAGAUCAAAUGACAGUUUGUGAAACAAAAACGAAGAUUUCAGAGUAUAUAUACUUUAAUAACACCAUCUUAAAACCUUUACAAACUGUCUGUGUCUUUCACAGAUCAUUUGUGUAGCUUUGUUUUCCUAUGAAAAUCUAUUGGUUUUCAAAUCAACCUGAUCUUCCUAUGUGCAUUAUUCCUUCUCGGGUAGAUCAAACAUUACACCCCAGCAGAGAUCACUACUAGAAGAUAAUCUGCCUAACUUUCUAAAUUUCACUUUCUUAUUUGCUACUUGGAGAUAUUUGACCCAUUUGAUGAAAAUUCAAGCUCUGAUUUGCUGCUUGGACAUAAUCAGAACGUGUAUUUCUUAACCUGCCUGAGAGGUUGAACAUUAUGAUACAAUCCCAAAAUGACAUCUAUUGUAGGAAAAAAAGUCUUAAAUUCAAGGCAAAAUCCAUUAAAAUUCUCAUCUGUCUAUUAGAUGACAGAGAAACUUAAAUACGGGUCAUGGUGUAUUAUAUGAUGUUUGAUAAAGAUCAUAUGAUUUAUCAUUUGAUGCAAUUAACAUUUUGACAGACUGCAGUAGAUAAGUACAAUUUGUUACGAGAGGUUUAAUCGGACACUUCAAGCUAUAAUCCCUUAUUGUAGUGGUAUGGGUGCAAGAAAUCAACAAGGGUAGUUCCUCAUUUUUAUUUAUUUUGUCAAUCUAUUUUCACACUGUUUGAAAAUGCAAAAUGAAUCUCUAAAUCUAUAUCCACAAGAAGAAAUAUAUGUUGUGGUGCACCAAAUGUUAGUUAUGUCUCUUUAAGUGGACCAUCUGUUUAUAAUAUAUAAGCGCAGUGGAUGUACAAUCCUUUUUAAAGAAAUAUAAAAAAAGCCAAACAUUUUCUUAUUUACUACAGUGUCACACAAAGAAUGAGAGAAAAUCAUGAAUAUUUAUACAGUUCUUAAUGGAUGAACUUAUCUUAGACCCAAAGCCUUUCUUUACCCAAUCCGAUUUUGAGGGUACCUCUCCCCAACUGUCCGAGGUCAGGGGAGGACUUGAGUGGCAUGAAGGGGGGGGUCGUACCGCCAUUAGUCAUCUGUCGCCAGUAUACUAUGCAUGCCAACAGACGGCAAAUAUGCAAGAACUAACAUUCGCCAGCCAAGAACUUUUGUUCCAGGUGUGCUAAUGAAUCUGCUAAAGAGGCGUUGCACCUUUGGCAGCAAAGUUCUUUAACACCGUGUGUGCAGAAUUAUGUGUGCGUACUGUAGCAUUAUAGACGUUUCUGGAACAUUACCAUGUAAUGCAGAACACCUAUACCAAGAAUCUCUGUUGGUUUUUUGUUAUGGGCAUAUCAUGCUGCACUUACUGGGUAUAUUUGUAAUGGCUUUUUUAUUCAAUUAUUACUUUCUGUUCAUGCGGACUUAUCUAUUUUACAGGAAAAUGUAGUUUUUAUAGAUACCAAGAAGAUGCCUCCAGUGAAGAAAAAGGUUCGGAAAUUGGAAGAUCAACUUGACUAUGAAUCUCGAAGGUAAUUUUUGUUUUAAAGACCUUUUUAAAAGAAUUGUGACCAGGCCACGUGGAAGAUUUUGUUAGAGUGAUGUUUUGGAAUUCAGUAUUGGCCAAUCUUUGGAACUCCAGGUGUUUUGUAGCAAGUCGCCAUGAUGCUCUUGGAAUGUAUUCGCUUUACAAAUGUUGACUUCUUGUGUUUGUUUUCCUGUAUCUGUUCUUGAAAAAGGCUGUGGAGAGAUGUAACGUAUAACUUGAAAAUCAGAGAUAUUGAUUCAGCAACAGAAGCAAAGCACAGUUUGGAAGAGAGACAGCGAGCGGAGGCGAGAGACCGCAAAGAGAAGGAAUCUCAGUGGGAGACCCGGGUAAGCCAUGUUACUGCUUUUGUUUCAUGGUUGUUUUGUUGGGUUUUAUUUUUUGCGCAUUUUGGUGAAAAAACCUUUUACAUUUUGCGGAAGUUUCUCCAGGAAUCGUGAACGUGUAGAAUAGGUUUAUUAACUUUUUGUUUGUUUUUACUAUUUAUAUUCUAUGACAGUAGAGAAAUGAAGGAACUCUUGUUACUGCUUAUUGUAGGUUGAUAUCUUGUAAAUAUGCAUUUUAAAUCCUUUUUGUUCUUUAUUUUCAACUUAAAGGGUAACUGUUAAAUCUCUAGAAAUUACGCAAUAAGACAUUGAAACAAAAUUAUAAGAUGUUAAACAUUUUUUUUCAUGUAUGCUUUUUUUUUUUUUUAUAUAGGUUUUUCUUCCAGUCUAUGUAUUUGAAAUCUGGUAUCAUAAUAUGGAUAUAUUAUUAAAUGUAUACAUAGAAUGCAUUGAUCUUCAAAAAGAGCACAUGUGAUAAACUGCAAUAACAUAAACCCUUUAAAUACACUAUAGACACCCAGACCACUUCAUCUCAUUGAUUGUCCCUGUUCCCUUAACCCUGCAGUGUGAGAAAUUGCUAUGUUUAUAUUGCAGGGUUAAGCCUGUAUCUAGUAGUUUCAAAAAAAAAAGAGAGAUCCAGGCACUCAAGUGUUGAAGCCGCAGACAAAUUUUAAUGGAACAAAAGGAGCAGCAACGUUUCGACCUUCACAAAUGUCUUUUUCAAGCUUUUUUUAGCUUGAAAAAGACCUUUUGUGACGGUCGAAACAUUGCUGCUCCUUUUGUUCCAUUAAAAUCUGCCUGCGGCUUCAACACUUGAGUGCCUGGAUAUCUCUUUUUUGAUUGUACGUGUUGGGAUUGAUGGUCCUGCUCCAGAGCACCGGUGAUUGCCGGGAUUGAGUGCAGUUCUUAUAACUAUUUUUGCAACACUGUAUCUAGUAGCAGUCGUCCAACCUGGCUGGCUAAUAACCUAAUGAAAGCUAUUAAAUGUUCCUACUUAAAGGAACACUCCACACCCAUAAAACACUCCAGCAUGCUGAAGUUCUUUAUGGGUGAGGAAUUUCUUAUUUUAACCCCAGUUUAUAAAAGUGCCAAUUUUCUAUUACAAAUUGUCACUUUUAUAAUAACCUUAUGGAAUACCCCAUGGCUGUCAGACAGCCAGAGAGGUUUGCUUCCUCCCUUCACUAGCUCUCCUGGGCUAACUGAAGUGGAAGGUGCCCUCUACUUGAAUUGCUUGCCUCUUUCUGGCCUCAAGCCAGUGUCUUCAGGAACUCUAGCGCUUCCCCAGACAUCAGAAGCAUUCCUGACCACAGUUUGUGCAAGUUCUUUUAAUGUAUACCUCCAAUGAAUAUUUAUGAAAAAUACAUGCAUGUAUUCCUUGGGGGUAUACCUACUUAGCAGUGUGUAUAUAUAUAUAUAUAUAUAUCUGUAUGUAUAUAUAUAUAUAUGUAUAUAUAUAUGUAUAUAUAUAUGUGUAUAUAUAUAUAUAUAUAUAUAUAUAUACAGGGAGUGCAGAAUUAUUAGGCAAGUUGUAUUUUUGAGGAUUAAUUUUAUUAUUGAACAACAACCAUGUUCUCAAUGAACCCAAAAAACUCAUUAAUAUCAAAGCUGAAUAUUUUUGGAAGUAGUUUUUAGUUUGUUUUUAGUUAUAGCUAUGUUAGGGGAUAUCUGUGUGUGCAGGUGACUAUUACUGUGCAUAAUUAUUAGGCAACUUAACAAAAAACAAAUAUAUACCCAUUUCAAUUAUUUAUUAUUACCAGUGAAACCAAUAUAACAUCUCAACAUUCACAAAUAUACAUUUCUGACAUUCAAAAACAAAACAAAAACAAAUCAGUGACCAAUAUAGCCACCUUUCUUUGCAAGGACACUCAAAAGCCUGCCAUCCAUGGAUUCUGUCAGUGUUUUGAUCUGUUCACCAUCAACAUUGCGUGCAGCAGCAACCACAGCCUCCCAGACACUGUUCAGAGAGGUGUACUGUUUUCCCUCCUUGUAAAUCUCACAUUUGAUGAUGGACCACAGGUUCUCAAUGGGGUUCAGAUCAGGUGAACAAGGAGGCCAUGUCAUUAGAUUUUCUUCUUUUAUACCCUUUCUUGCCAGCCACGCUGUGGAGUACUUGGACGCGUGUGAUGGAGCAUUGUCCUGCAUGAAAAUCAUGUUUUCUUGAAGGAUGCAGACUUCUUCCUGUACCACUGCUUGAAGAAGGUGUCUUCCAGGAACUGGCAGUAGGACUGGGAGUUGAGCUUGACUCCAUCCUCAACCGAAAAGGCCCCACAAGCUCAUCUUUGAUGAUACCAGCCCAAACCAGUACUCCACCUCCACCUUGCUGGCGUCUGAGUCGGACUGGAGCUCUCUGCCCUUUACCAAUCCAGCCACGGGCCCAUCCAUCUGGCCCAUCAAGACUCACUCUCGUUUCAUCAGUCCAUAAAACCUUAGAAAAAUCAGUCUUGAGAUAUUUCUUGGCCCAGUCUUGACGUUUCAGCUUGUGUGUCUUGUUCAGUGGUGGUCGUCUUUCAGCCUUUCUUACCUUGGCCAUGUCUCUGAGUAUUGCACACCUUGUGCUUUUGGGCACUCCAGUGAUGUUGCAGCUCUGAAAUAUGGCCAAACUGGUGGCAAGUGGCAUUGUGGCAGCUGCACGCUUGACUUUUCUCAGUUCAUGGGCAGUUAUUUUGCGCCUUGGUUUUUCCACACGCUUCUUGCGACCCUGUUGACUAUUUUGAAUGAAACGCUUGAUUGUUCGAUGAUCACGCUUCAGAAGCUUUGCAAUUUUAAGAGUGCUGCAUCCCUCUGCAAGAUAUCUCACUAUUUUUGACUUUUCUGAGCCUGUCAAGUCCUUCUUUUGACCCAUUUUGCCAAAGGAAAGGAAGUUGCCUAAUAAUUAUGCACACCUGAUAUAGGGUGUUGAUGUCAUUAGACCACACCCCUUCUCAUUACAGAGAUGCACAUCACCUAAUAUGCUUAAUUGGUAGUAGGCUUUCGAGCCUAUACAGCUUGGAGUAAGACAACAUGCAUAAAGAGGAUGAUGUGGUCAAAAUAUCAUUUGCCUAAUAAUUCUGCACUCCUGUGUGUGUGUGUGUGUGUGUAUGUAUAUAUAUAUAUAUAUAUAUAUAUAUAUAUAUAUAUAUAUAUAUAUAUAUAUAUAUAUAUAUUCCAAAUGAAAGGCUAGCACUCGAGGACUUCAAUAUCAAAAGUAAAAACUUUUAAUCUGGUUUGUCAAAUAGUCGCCGUUUCAGUCCACCAUGGUGAACUUUCUUCAGGAUGUCCUGAAGAAAGUUCACCAUGGUGGACUGAAACGGCGACUAUUUGACAAACCGGAUUAAAGGUUUUUACUUUUGAUAUUGAAGUCCUCGAGUGCUAGCCGUUCACCUGGAUUCUAUGUUUAUGUGCAGCUGAGCACCGGGCAGACACUGGAAGGAGAGCUGGAGUGCAAAACUCCCAACGUAUUGUGUGUGUGUGUGUGUGUAUAUAUGUAUGUGUAUAUAUGUAUGUGUGUGUAUAUAUAUAUAUAUAUAUAUAUAUAUAUAUAUAUAUAUAUAUAUAUAUAUAUAUAUAUAUAUAUAUAUAUAUUUAAAAAAAAAUUUUUUUUUUUUAAAUAAUCCGUCUGUGCUCCACCAUUUACAUGUUGCUCUUGACCAUAACAACCACCACCAUGUUUCUUUGCAUUAUCAAAUAUUUUCCCCCAUGACAUUUUAGGGAUCGUUUUGCAUGGAUCUGACUUUGUUGUUUCCUCCCUAGUUGUUCCAUGAAGACGGAGAAUGCUGGGUGUAUGAUGAUCCGUUACUGAAAAGACAGCCUUCCUUGAAACAUUAAAAACUUUAAGUGACUUACAGAAUAAUUUGUGGCAGAACAUUUUCUGAAACCUGUAUCGUUCUUUCAAUGCCAAGAAAUGAAGGUAUCCGUAAAAGGCCAGAUGAGCAGAUACUCCCUGUAGUGCUGAGACCGCCACUUACACUGCAGUGGUUCCUAACUCAGGGAAACUGGACUUUACAAACAGAUGGACAAUUCAAACAGGGUUCCAUCCCUGAACAACAUAAUGCUCAUAUCUUAUACCAUAUGCUUUAAUGGCCCUUUUCAUUCCCUUUAACACAAUGAAUUAGACUGACAAUUGUGUAUGCCGGUCUCUCUGUUCCCAUUAUAAAGCUGUGUAAUACAGGAACACAGAACCUUGCUCAUAAUUUCAUAUUCUUAUACUCUUUCUUGAUUGCAGGACUCAAAAUUGCAAUUGUAUAUCCAAACCUUUCAAUUAUUGUAUAUAUAGCAUAAAUCUGGAAUUUUAAUACAGCAUACAGAACUAUUUCAUUCUAGAAACUGGUUUCAUUCAUUUCUGUUGGACAUUCAGUCCCUAUACCUGUAGAAACUGAUUUUCAAUCAAUUAUCAACAUGCAUUCUCAAUACUUCUCAUAUAGCUUCAUCCAUGUUAUAUUUUCCUGCAUUUGUAUUUAUUUCCUAAUAAAGGUAGAACAAAUUAUUUUAUUAGAUUUGCAUUUAUGAUUUGCAAUUAAAUUCUAUCUUAAGAAAAA